AUGUGCGGGGUGCAGCUGCUGCGGGUGUCGGUCCAUGAGCGGCUGAGUGCCGCCGCUGAAGCCUUCCUGCUGCAGCUGGAAAGAAGAAGAACAAGAAGUGGCGAAGAAGAAGAAGAAGAAGAAGAAGAAGAAGCGGCGGAAGUCCCGGCGGCACUGAGAGCGCUGCUCACCGAGCGGCUAACGGCGGCCGCGGAGGAGAUCGUCGCUCUGCUCGAGGACACCGUGGCGGAGUACGAAGAGCGUGUGGAGCGCAAAGAGCGCGAGAUCUGCCGCCAGAGGAGGCUGCUCGAGGCCGUCCUGAAGCCCCGAGUCCAGCUGACCAGAACAGGUCAGUACCGGAACCACAGAGAACUCGGAGGAGGAGCAGCAGCUAACGGUGGCUAACAGAAGCUAACAUGAGGGUUCUCCUGGACCGUAUUGAGCCGAACCGGACUCUGAUCCAGGCUGAUCCAGAGUCCAGAGUUAUGAAAACCUCUUUAUUCACAUAAAGAAGGGAACGACUCUGUCAUAGAGCAGAGAGACCGCAAAGCUUUGUGGGAGAGGAAGUUUUUCACAGUGCGAUCUCAUCAUCAGAGGGUUCAUCUUCAGUUUUAGAGAAAUAUUGAAGAAAAGUUACAGAGAGGGCUCUGUUGGACCGAGCCGGACUGACAGUUGAUAAUAAUAAUAAUAAUAGUAAUAAUAACAAUAAUAAUGAUGAUAAUAAUAAUAGUAGUAGUCACUGUAAUAAUAGUAAUAAUAAUGAAACAACAACAAUAAUCAUCAUCAUCACAAUAAUAACUAGAAAAAUUGCACUUCCUUGCAGAAAAUGCGUGGAAAUGCUGAGUGCUGAAAGCUGAAAAAGCAAUGCUAAACUGCUAAUAAAAAAUUGAGGGUUUUAAUGUAAAAUUGGUUAAAGCGGUGAAGAAGUGGAAGUUGGAUGAAAGUGAAAACUGUUUCAUAAAUUAAAAUUGCAUUCAUGCUGAAAGAGGCAAGAAAACUGUCUGAAAUUGCAAAAAAAUUGGAUAAGAAAGAAAAUGACCUUAAAACACAGAAAAGUUUAAGUUUUAGUACUAGGAGUAGUAUGAUAAUAGGUAGUUGUAGUAGUAAUAUUAGUAGUCAUGUAAGCAGUAGAAGUAGUUUUAGAAUAGAAGAAGUCGAAGUCAAAGCAGUAGAGCUCAUGGUAGAAGUAAUAGUGGCAGUAAAAGUUAGAGAUUCAGUUAAAAAAUAUUUAGAGAAGCCAGAGUAGUGAAGAUAGAAGUUGUAGUGAUAAUAAUAGUAAUUGUAGCAGUAAAUCUGGGAAUCUGUUUGAAGAAUUAAAUGAUGCACAAACAAUAAGAAUGAUUUUAAAAUGAAAAAAAAAAUUAAAAUCCUCAAGGAUUAGACAAGGUUGAAGUAUUAGAAAGGUUUGAAUCAGUUUGAAUGAGUUUAAAUUUGUCUGAAGAAUUGAAUAAUGUAUUAAUAACGGGAUUACAUUUAAAGUGGGGAAAACUUCAGUGAAUAAAAAUCCUGAAUACAUUUUUGGAGCCCUGAAUGGUUUCUGUAGGUCAAAGUUUUUUGUAGGAGAUAGGGGCCAAAGUUUGUCAAGUGCUCUGUUGAAGGGUUUUAAAUGUAACCCCCAGUGCUCUGUGUACUGAGCCUGGCUUCAUGUGUCUCAUAUGGCCGUUAGAAGCUAGCCUCGCUGGGCCAUCCAGUUGCUUGAAUCACUUGCCAUUCCUUCCCACAACAGUUUGGACUUCGGCCAAUUGGGAGCCCUAAAAGUGGGCGGGAGUACUUUCCUUGAUAGACAGACUACUGUAACCAAUCACUGUAACCAAACAUCUGACAUCAUCACAGUGCGCAACUGUGUUCCCUGCUGGGCUCUCAAGCAUCAAGUAAAAGUUUGGUAAUAUUUCAACGUGUGCAAGCAAACAAUGUCUUUUACGUCUUCUUCUGCGGAUAUAAACGAUUUCUGCCGAUUUUGCAAAGUCAACUGCAGAAUUAACAGCGUUCUGAAUGAACGGCGCUUUGAAAAGUCCCGCAGCAUGUGUUAGACGUCACCAUCUACACAUGGAUUAAUCAGGGGCUGCCUGUCCCUGUUGUCCGGGGAACAGUGGACACACAGUCACUGCUUAGCCUGGUUAUUUUCUGAUUUCUGAUACACGCUACCAACUGGCCGAAGUCCCGACUGUUGUGGGAAGGAGCGGCAAGUGAUUAACGCAACUGGAUGGCCCAGCCAGGCUAGUUAGAAGCAGCGUUUCAGUCAGCUGUGUGUCUCCAGGUGUGCUAAUUGGUUGCCAUAGGCAGUGACACACACACACACACACACACACACACACAUUGUCAGACUGUGUGUGUGUGUGUCUCGUUAAUGAUUUUAUCCUAAACAGCUGUGAGAUCAAAGGCAUUAACUGACCUACUGUUUGAAUGAGAAGCGGCCUAUCUGCUGUGAAUUUAGGGCCUCUGAACUUCUUCACAUAGCGUGAUUUCCUUAAAUCCCAGAAUGAAAAUAAGAAUAUUGCACGAAUCCUCCGCCCUUCAUGAACACAAUGAUGUGUUUUUCAUGUCUGUACUCCAAAAAAUGUGGCCACAACAGCGAGUUAAAAAAGUCUGACCCUGAGUCAAAGUCAGGAUUUUCUAGGAAAGAAUGCAUUAUGGUCAAUGGGGGGAAUCGCCGCCUAUUUGGACAGUUGGUCACCUGCUGGCCAAGGGGUAGGAUUUAAUUAUUUGAAACCUCUUUUGUGAGAAGCAGGACACAUGUACCUCCAUUUUGAUGUAUUUUUUAUGGCUGUGGAGUGAAAUUUGUGGGGGUGGGAGCGAUAUAGUCGAGCGAGGUUCUGUCGAUCAAAGAGGACAUCUGCACUCUAGCGACGUAAUCAAACACUCUAGCCUCUCCAAUACACACCCAUUAUAAAGCCUGAAAUUUGCUGAAAACCAUGAGGCGCUUAAAGCUAAAUUGUGGAAAAACUGUAAAAGGUAUCAAAAAAAUUGAAUACGGGUUAACUCUUCAUCUUCUCAUCUUCUCAUCAUCGUCAUCAUCUUCGUCCCAUUUUGGUCUUACUUUGUCUCCUCUGAUCUAAAAUCACUCACAGUUUCUUUCUGUCUCUCAGAGUGGACCACAGACCUCCAUCAGUUAUCUGUGACUGAAGAUCAGCAGGAGUGGAGCUCCAGUCUGGACCAGCAGGACCCAGCAGAACCAGAACCCCCCCACAUUAAAGAGGAAGACGAGGAAGUGUGGAGCAGUCAGGAGGGAGAGCAGCUUCAAGGACUGGAGGAGGCUGAUACCAGCAAGUUCUCCUUCACUCCUGUCUGUGUGAAGAGUGAAGAUGAUGAAGAGGAACCUCAGUCCUCACAGAUGGAACCAGGAGCUGAUGGAGAGGACUGUGGGGGACCAGAACCAGACAGGGACUCAGAUCCAGAGACACAUUUAGGACCCGUGAGUGAGGAGAACUCUCUGGACUCCAUAGAGACCGAUGACAGUGAUUUGAACUGGGCUCUCAUGAAGAGCCGGUCUGGUUCUGAGGGUCCGAAACACAGUGAAGCUGCCGAGGCUGGUACCAGGUCUUCGGUGAAGGACCAGCCCUUCCCGUGUUCUUACUGUGGUAAAAGAUUCAGCCUGAAGGGGAACCUGAACAGACACAUCAGAGACCACACCGGGGAGAGACCGUUCCCCUGCUCCAGCUGUGAGAAAUCCUUUAAAGACAGCGGGUCUCUGACGGCCCACAUGAGGUGUCACACCGGGGAGCAACCGUACAGCUGCUUAUUCUGCGGGAAGAACUUCAGCGGGAGGGGGAACAUGACCCGACACAUGAGGAUCCACACCGGGGAGAAACCCUUCAGCUGCACCAUCUGCAACAAGAGCUUCCAUGUCAAAGAACAUCUGAACAGACACCUGAAGUACCACACUGGGGAGAAACCCUUCAGCUGCUCUGUCUGUGGGAAAGGCUGCGCCCAGAAGACAGACCUAAAGAAACACAUGAGGGUUCACACUGGAGAGAAACCCUUUCGCUGUCCGUUCUGUGGGAAAUGCUGCUCUGAGAAAGGAGACCUGACCAAACACAUGAGAGUUCACACGGGAGAGAAACCCUUCAGCUGCAACGUCUGCGGGAAAAGCUGUGCCCAGAAGGGGAGCCUGAAGAUCCACAUGAGGGUUCAUACAGGAGAGAAACCCUUCAGCUGCUCUGUGUGUGGGAAACGAUUCACAGUGACUGGACAUCUGAAGAGACACAUGAAGCUGCACACGGCGGCGGCAGCCAGGCAGGGGGCAGAGCCAGCAGACGCAGAGGCCGCUAAAGGACAUCGGGAGGUGGACUCUGUGGGACUGAAACUGACGUAGUGAUUGUCGGGGGGGGUCAGUCCUUGGACCCACACAGGUCUGUGUGAUGCUCCUCUCUGCACCCAGCUGACUGAAGAACAGAAACCAGAUGGUUGUUUCCUUUAACUGCAUAGAAACUCCUUUCAGCGGCCAGGUAUGUGUUUACAGACGUCAUAAAGAAAACUGACACAGAACACAUCAUCUGUGAUUCACUGUCAGUAAAAAUGAAGAAUCAGAACUCCAGGACUUCUGUGCCAGUUCUCACUCCUCCAGGUCCUGGUUUUCCAAGUCUUUGUUGGAAGGGUAGCUGGACUUGUUUAAGGUUCUUGAAGACAUUUCAGUCAGAAUACUCGUGGGAUAAAUCACCUGAUUAAUAAGUAUUAUUAUUAUGAUUUUUAUUAUUAUUUUUAUUAUUAUUUUUAUUUAUUAUUAAUAUUGUCAUUAUUCUUGUCGUUAUUAUUAGUAUUUUUUAUUAUUAUUUUUAUUUAUUAAUAUUAUUGUCGUUAUUAUUGUUAUUAUUAUGGUGACUCCAGUCUCUGCAGGCUGAUCAGUCUCUAAAAAACUGCUGUCAGUGAACUCAUCUUACAGUCUGAAGCCCAACAAACAGGAUCUACAUAUACACUCACCGGCCACUUUAUUAGGUACACCAUGCUAGUAACGGGUUGGACCCCCUUUUGCCUUCAGAACUGCCUCAAUUCUUCGUGGCAUAGAUUCAACAAGGUGCUGGAAGCAUUCCUCAGAGAGCUUGGUCCAUAUUGACAUGAUGGCAUCACACAGUUGCCGCAGAUUUGUCGGCUGCACAUCCAUGAUGCGAAUCUCCCGUUCCACCACAUCCCAAAGAUGCUCUAUUGGAUUGAGAUCUGGUGACUGUGGAGGCCAUUUGAGUACAGUGAACUCAUUGUCAUGUUCAAGAAACCAGUCUGAGAUGAUUCCAGCUUUAUGACAUGGCGCAUUAUCCUGCUGAAAGUAGCCAUCAGAAGUUGGGUACAUUGUGGUCAUAAAGGGAUGGACAUGGUCAGCAACAAUACUCAGGUAGGCUGUGGCGUUGCAACGAUGCUCAAUUGGUACCAAGGGGCCCAAAGAGUGCCAAGAAAAUAUUCCCCACACCAUGACACCACCACCACCAGCCUGAACCGUUGAUACAAGGCAGGAUGGAUCCAUGCUUUCAUGUUGUUGACGCCAAAUUCUGACCCUAUCAUCCGAAUGUCGCAGCAGAAAUCGAGACUCAUCAGACCAGGCAACGUUUUUCCAAUCUUCUAUUGUCCAAUUUCAAUGAGCUUGUGCAAAUUGUAGCCUCAGUUUCCUGUUCUUAGCUGAAAGGAGUGGCACCCGGCGUGGUCUUCUGCUGCUGUAGCCCAUCUGCCUCAAAGUUCGACGUACUGUGCGUUCAGAGAUGCUCUUCUGCCUACCUUGGUUGUAACGGGUGGUUAUUUGAGUCACUGUUGCCUUUCUAUCAGCUCGAACCAGUCUGGCCAUUCUCCUCUGACCUCUGGCAUCAACAAGGCAUUUCCGCCCACAGAACUGCCGCUCACUGGAUAUUUUUUCUUUUUCGGACCAUUCUCUGUAAACUCUAGAGAUGGUUGUGCGUGAAAAUCCCAGUAGAUCAGCAGUUUCUGAAAUACUCAGACCAGCCCUUCUGGCACCAACAACCAUGCCACGUUCAAAGUCACUCAAAUCACCUUUCUUCCUCAUACUGAUGCUCGGUUUGAACUGCAGGAGAUUGUCUUGACCAUGUCUACAUGCCUAAAUGCACUAAGUUGCCGCCAUGUGAUUGGCUGAUUAGAAAUUAAGUGUUAACGAGCAGUUGGACAGGUGUACCUAAUAAAGUGGCCGGUGAGUGUACAUUCAAUCUGGCUGCAUCUCAAAGCUCUAUCCACAUAUAAGGCAACCCCCCCUCCCUUUUUGUUCACCCUGUUCAUUGUAAAUAAUUCAUAUCCUUCCAGUCUCAUAUCACUGACUUUCUCCUCAUCAAGCCACGUUUCUGAUAUUGCAAUUAUACUGAACUUAUUAAAUUUACUCAAAUAUUCUUUAAUUUUAGAGAAGUUUUUAUAAAGGCUUCUACUAUUGAAAUGUAUAACUGACAAUGCAUUUUCCAUUUUAAUACUUACAUUGAAUUGGUCAUCUGUGUAAUACUCACAAAUGUUGUUGUUGGUGUUAUUAUUGUAAUAGUAAUUGUCUGGAUCAAAAUUACUUUCAGGAUCAUGCAUCUUGUGCUCUGUAUAUUCAAAGGUUUUAAAGUUAAUUUUUUCAGUCUGUGUGUUGGGCAGCUGCCCACCUUGACAGUCGUUUCCACAGGAAUCUUCCUCUUCAAAGUCUCUGAAUGGAAACAUAUAAUCCUCAUCCACACUUGUCAUUUGUCUACUGUGUUGUUUUCACUGUCCGCUGAAGUGCUCCCCAUCCACAAUCCAUUGUCCAUAAUGUCCAGUCUUCACACAUUUCCAUAGGAAGGAGGAAUGUUCUCAUUGACAGUUGCGAUCAUUUCACUUUUAUUUAUAUUGUUCUAAGUCUUUGAGAUCUCUUAUCAUUACAGCUUUUGCUUUCUCGGGUGUGCCAUUCAGUCGAAUCAUUACUUUGCAAUUUCUUGUCCACGUAGCUUGUAUCUUAUUUUGUUUUCUUAGGUUGCGUGCCUGUCUGGCGAUGUCAGCGUUCUUUUUUGUUAAAUGUUCAUUCAGAUACACACCAGUCCCCUUUAGUUUCUUUGCCUGUUUCAGUAGUUCAGUCUUGGUUUUAUGGCUCACAAGCCGAACAAUGAUUGCCGGCUUUGUUUUGCUGUCUUUUUUGGGGAGGGUGUGACAGGUUGCAAUAUGAUGACUUUGAAUAUGGACAUUUUUAGUUGCGAGGAAUUGUAUAACUUGCUGUUCGAGUGUUUGCAGCUCCUCUGCUGGGGCAUCCUCACCGUCUUUACCUCCACCUGCCAUAGCUCUAGCAUAGGUUCGGUGUGAAGUCUCCAGUCCAUUUAUGAUUACAUCAUCCAUUCUUGUGUAUUGUUCAAGGUCCUCGAUUCGCCGUUCCAAGUUGACUUCAGAGUCUCAAAUAAAUAAAACAAAAUAAAAGAAAUUAAAAAAAUAAAAUAAAAUAAAAAUAAAAUAAAUUAAAUCAAAUCAAAUCAAAUGAAAUCAAAUAAAAAAAUCAAAUAAAAUCAAAUAAAAUUCUUUAUUUGAUUUCCAUCUGAGGGAGAAUUAAAGUACCGCUUUUAUUCUGAAGGACAGUGUAAGUACUUCCGGGUGUAAAUGCGUUACUCUCGUAGAACGGAGUUGGCAUGUAGCAGGAUAUGCUAACGUUGUUUCUGAGCGGGUUAAAGGUCUGUUGGUCCUGGUCCCGGUCCUGGUGUGUGGUCCCGGUCCGGUUCUUGGAUGUGUAUAAAAUGUCCGGGUUUGAGGAUCUGAAAGAUCUGCUCCUGACAGGACAAACAACAAGAUCUGGAGAAGAAGAGGAGCUCCACCGACCAAGAAAAACUGGGCUGGAUGAUGAUGAUGGGAUCAGAACACCUGAGCUGAUCAACAUGACCACAACAGGUCGGGGUUCAGGAUCUUUAAGGGGACUUUCUGAUGGUUCAGGUUCCUGUGGUCCUCAGACCUGCUGAUAUGAACCUCCCGAGUUUAAUGAAAACUUAGCAGUGAUGAAACUACAAUACUUUGAUCGUUUUAGUUGUAAGUAGGGCUGGGCGAUAUAUCAAAAAAAUUUAUCACGAUAUAUUCUUUUAAUAUCAGUCGAUAUCGAUAUAUAUCACAAUAUAAAAAUGAAUUUUUACAGUGUCUAUUGGUAGCAUUUCUUUUCCAAUACAAUAAUCUACUGCAUCUGUGAGGUCUUUGUGUCUCUUUGACGUUUCGUUGUAGGGCGUUGCUCUAGAGCAGGGGUCUUCAUAUAAAUUUUCAGUGGGUCCACCUGAAUGAAAUGCCUGCAGGCCUGGGUCCAGGGAUUUUUAUUUAUUUAUUUUUUUACAGUGCAUUACUCUUUUGAAAUAUUCACUUCAUUUGUAUUGCCAAUAACUGCCUACUUUCAAUUGGCUGUGUGCUUCCUGCGGGUAAAAUGAAUGCAAAUGACUCGGUCUACUCGCCAUAAAACACCCUGUUCUCAUUCUCUACCUUUCGUGGUUUUGAAGCCGACAUGUUUAGCUGCUGCUGCUACAACUUUCUCCUCCACAUCGGGAUUGCUCGGUAAUCUUCAUGUGUCGAGUAGGCUAAGAGGUCUGAUUUGAUUGACAAGUCAAGCGAGUAAGCAAAUGAUGUAAUGCCUUGCUUAAAUUGCACGUGCAGUUUACUGAACCAGGCACAAAGCAAGAGAGUAAGGCUGCACGAUAUUGGAAAAAACUAACAUUGCGAUUUUUUCAACCCUGCGAUAUAUAUUGUGAUAUUAAAAAUAUAGGAAUUUUCACCAGAUGACCUGAAUAGCACUUAAUGUUAUGCUGCACUGCUGAAGUCUUGAGGACAGUUAAUCUGCUCUGAUCUUACCUCUUUUUGUGAAUGUUAGAAUGGCUUCUGUCUGUCUCAGAGAUAUUUUUAGCUUUUAUUGUGCUGGGACGUUAUUGUGGCGACAGAUGAACACAGAAGACGUGUUUUGGUCGACAUCAUCCUUCUUUUAACCGAAAUAAUUCCAGAUAACUGACUUUCCUUUUCUUUUUGGCAACAAAUCUUCAUUUUCAGUGGUUUUCUCUUGUUCGUUGCUCAGUUUUCGAUCGUUGUUAUUGUUGUUGUUGUUAGCGGUGUUGUGCCGAGAAACGCAUGUCCUCCGAGAAUUGCAUGCACCUCGCAAAACGCGCACCGCUUAUAAUAGAGUGGUCCACGGAAAUGUACAAUUUAAAACCCAUACAGUUCUUAUUUGUCGUAGUCUAAUUGGCAACUGAGUAAAGGACGAAGGUGAUUGGUGGAUCGCUGCACAGCACAUGCAGUGUAUCUCAGUCAGCUACCCUUGGCUCGGGUCCGUAUUGGACUCUUUCCUGGUCCGGAAGUGGACCGUGGUCCGCCAUAUGGAGACCACUGCUCUAGAGAAAGCGGACUGAAUGGUUGGCUGUUUCGGCUGCACAAGUGUCAUGGGCUCCUCGCUCCUCUCAGGGUUUGGAACCUUUGGCGUUGCGCGUGCUCUGCGGCGUGGCGCUGCUUCAGGUGGUGAAAAAGAUUUGAGGUAUUCCCCGACUUUGUGAGAACAUGUACUCGACAUAAUUUGCAGUACACAUUACUCUGCUUCAUGUCCGACCUCAAAAAAACAAAAUACCUCCACACCACCGACGUUUUCGUGCCAGUGUUGUCGAUGAUGUCAUCUGUUGAGCCUUCAUGGUCAUUUCUGUUGGGGGUAGCACUCAUUUUAUGGUUGGAUGUAGCUGCUGUCUGCUACUACGCAGUUGUUUGAUACUUGGUUUCCACAUCAGCACAUGAUUGGUUCAGCGCCAAGCGGACCCGGUGCAACUCCCCUUUUCAUUGGCUAUUUGUAUAGUCUACCAAAACAUGGCAGAAUGACUUUUGAAAAGUAUACCUUUCUUGGAUUAGGUUCAUUGUGUCUUUUUUGAUAAAUUACGAUCAGAUGUUCUUUUAUACAGACACAGGUUUUUUAAUUCCCUUGCUGACAUGUUUCAACGUGCUGGCAGAAGUCUUCCUCAGAGUGUCACGUGAUGGUUGUGUGAUGCGUGACCUUUCCGUCAGUUUGACCCAUCGGAGCCUUCAGCUGCCUGCUCGCCCCCUGCAAUAUGGCACUCCAGGUGUGGGAUAGCAUAUAUGCCCCCUCAUACCUGUUGAUGGUCCUCGGGCCUCGCUUCCGGAUUUCCAUUGCCUCCCUGACGGAAAGGUUACGCCUUCGGAAACACAGCUGUUUUAAGACACGUCACACAACCAUCACUUGACACUCUGAGGAAGACUGCUGCCAGCACAACGAAACAUGUCAGCAAGGUAAAUAAAAAACCUGUGUCUGUAUAAAAGAACAUCUGAUCGUAAUUUAUCGAAAAACAUAUCGAGCAUGUUUUAUAUUGAUAUUGAGGGAAAUUGAUUUUAUACACAUACACACACACACACACACACACACACAUAUAUAUAUAUAUAUAUAUAUGUGUGUGUGUGUGUGUGUAUGUGUAUCAGUGGCGGCUGCUGGUCUGUCAAGGAGGGGAAGCUCAUUUUUCUGGCCUACAUAAUAUAAUUGUGUUUGUUUAUUUGUAUGUAAAUUCUACCCUUCGUUCCUUUUGAAGAAAAUGAUCUGUAACCUUGUCGUACCAACUAGGCGUCUUUUCCAGGGACUUGACCAGUGUCCUCUCAAUGGCCAGCAGAGCUAGGCAGCUUAAACGGCCUUGGUCCAUUGUGUUGCGGGUGUAAGACUUGAGCCGCUUUAAACAGGAGAAGCUCCUCUCUACACCUGCAGAUGUAGCUCCAACUGUUGCUACUAAUGACAACAGUUUGUACAGCUGAGGCAUUGCACUGUCCAACUCCAUGUCUUUCAGAAACAGCAAGAAAUCACACAGCUUUCCCCUGUUGCUCUGCAAGUCCUUGUUUGAAUAAAGGACCUGAAGUUCAGACCUCAGUCUCCCUGAAUCAAAGAACUGGCCAUAACUUUUCAGGACACUCUGAAAUGCCUCCUCUGGGAACACUUCUCUCAUCUCAUCAAAUUUCCCUGGAUUGACUAAUUCUAAGAAGCGCAUGCUUUCCAAAUUCGCAAAACGCUGAGGUAUCCGCUCUGAAAGAUUGUCUAGGAUGGCCAUGUACAGACUUCUGUAGCGCUCCCUAGGAUCCUGCAGUUGUGACAGACGGCGCUUUUUUUUUAGGGGCUCAGUUUGCGGGUCCGAUGUGAGAUCUGCUGCUUUGGCAUCGACAGCAUGGAAAGCCCCCUCUGAUCUCUUCUCUUUGACAUAAGCAAGAAGAGACUCAAUUCUUUUCUUGCAGUACAGAACAUCCAUAGAUCUCUGCUGGACAAUGUCAAACACCACAUCAGUCUCAGAGAAGAUUUGUUCAUAUGUGUACAACAUGAACACAAACUCAAAAUCCUCCAGUUUCAUCAGAAAGCCUCAGAAUCUAAUGUGUCAUCAUCCAUGGUCUUAUCUGCAAUGAUCUUCUCAAAAGUCUCCAAGAGACAUUUUAAGGGAAGCUGAGCUUCCCUUGCAGCCACUGAUGUGUAUGUAUAUAUAUAUAUAUAUAUAUAUAUAUAUAUAUAUAUAUAUAUAUAUAUAUAUAUAUAUAUAUAUAUAUAUAUAUAUAUAUAUGUGUGUGUGUAUGUAUAUAUAUAUAUAUAUAUAUAUAUAUAUAUAUAUAUAUAUAUAUAUAUAUAUGUGUGUAUGUAUAUAUAUAUAUAUAUAUAUAUAUAUAUAUAUAUAUAUGUGUGUAUAUAUAUAUAUAUAUAUAUAUAUAUAUAUAAUGAUCGUUAUUGUUUUAUCACCCAGCCCUAGGUCUAACUGAUCCAAACCAGAUCAGACCGUCUCAGCUGAGGUCUUAAUGUCACCGUCAAUCCGUCCCCCUUUAGAGAUCUUCAUCCUUUCAUUUAUCAAUCCUCUUUUUCCAUUUCUACUAUUGUAAAACAAAUUCUGCUGCACAGAAAAAAAAAAAUCUAUAAAUGAAAGAAUUCUUAAAAACAUCCAAUGAUCAUCUUUAAAGAUGAUCAAGGGUCUGAGGCUCUGAGGGUCCUCCUCAGAGAAUUUGAGCUCCUCACAUUUAUUUUCUGACGUCCUGGUGAACUUUGACCCUUUCCUACUCCUUUUCAUUAAACAGCUCCUGUCUGCUGUCCAUGUCUCUAAAUGAAGACAGACAUGUACUUGUGUUUCUGAAGAUCUGUCACUCUAUAAUCAGAGAUAUAACAGUAACCCUUUCAUCAUCCAGAGGUCACUCAGAGUUUACUUGUUUACUCACCAGAUCAUUGAUUUUAGAGGAUGAUCAUAAACGAGUGAAAAGAGGAUGAUGGUUUGAAGGGGGAGAGAUGUAACGACCAGCCUAGGGGUUACUGGAGGUCACAUAAAAAGUUUGACCACUCCUCCGUCACUUUCAAGGUGACACAGCACAAAACGACAGAAACAGGAUUUGCAGUCUUAAAGAAUCAGUUUUUAUUGUUCUCUUUUUUUUCAUUUACAAAUAACUCAGGAAAUUACCUCAGGGAGGUGACGCAAAAUCAAACAAUUACAAAAAAAACACCCAUAAAUCAAAAUACCUUACCUGACAUUUACAAUAAAAACAUAUACAAACCUAAAUCUGACUACCAACUCAAAAACAGGAGAAAACAAGGGCUAACUCUCCCCUACACAUACCGACUGCUUCUAACAAUACAACAACCCUCUAAGGUCCCUUAUUAACAACAAUCCGAAAUCACACAAUAUAAUUCAACUAGACGAUGGCUCAAGACGCUGUGCUCUGGCGAGACAUUGGGAGUGAUGAAGGAGAGUGUCGGCAUCCCUGCUCCUGCAGCUAAAUUUAAAAUGCCACCCAUCAGCUCUCCGCCAAUCAUGCCUCCACUCCACAGCAGUCCUCCAAUGCGCGUCUGGUGCGUCUUUACGCUGCUGUCCAAUCCGGACGCACAAUUUCUGCAGUACAGCUCAGAGAAGAAGAGGAAGAGAGGAGGGAAGAAACAAAACUCUCCUCUACACAAUAAAACGAUAAACAAUUCAAUAAUUAAUACAAUUUAAAUGACACACUGUCAUAACAUCUCCCCAUCUAAGAUCGAGCACUUCUUCCCCUAAAAGAAAUGCUUGAUCAAUUAAGACCCCACUCUGGACAAGGCGUCCGUGACAACAUUAUCUAACCCUUUGAUAUGACGAACCUCAAUAUUAAAAUCCUGCAACAACAGGGACCAACGCAUAAGGCAUUGGUUGUUGUUGCGCAUGCGCAACAGAAACACGAGCGGAUUGUGAUCCGAGAACAAAACAACUGGGUCAGAACAACAAUACAAUAAUUUAUACAAUUUAAAUGAUCCCUGUCACAACAAGAGAUCAGAGAUGAUUUUGUAUUUCAGUCUCUGUAAAUUUCAUCCCUGACUUCCUCUUCACUUAUGUCAGCUGACUUUAUGGGACUCUUUUUUUUUUUUCAGUGAGUCCUACAGACAUCCAGCAGGACCCAGCAGAACCAGAACCCCCCCACAUUAAAGAGGAAGAGGAGGAAGUGUGGAGCAGUCAGGAGGGAGAGCAGCUUCAAGGACUGGAGGAGGCUGAUACCAGCAGGUUCUCCUUCACUCCUGUCUGUGUGAAGAGUGAAGAUGAUGAAGAGGAACCUCAGUCCUCACAGAUGGAACCAGGAGCUGAUGGAGAGGACUGUGGGGGACCAGAACCAGACAGGAACUCAGAUCCAGAGACACAUUUAGGACCACAGACUGAGAGGUCUGCUGGAUCUGAGACCACAGGACAAGGGUCAGGUUUAAACUUGGAGGGUAAUCGAGCUGAGACAGACAGGAAGUCAGUAAAAAAAACCCACAGCUGCUCUCACUGUGGGAAAAAAUUCAAAACCAAAUGGCUUCUGGCUCAACAUGUAAGAAUCCACACAGGAGAGAAACCUUUUAGCUGCUCUACCUGUGGGAAAAGCUUUAAUGUGAAAAGUUCUCUGUUCACUCACCUGAAAACUCAUCCGGCGUAUAAAGAACAGAUAAGAUUAAAAAACCGAGAGAAAGAAGAGAAAGAUCUACCAAGCUGCUCCAAGUGUAGAAGAAGGUUUGAACGGAAACAUAAUCUCAUCAGACACAUGAGGACGCACACAGGAGAGAGACCCUUCAGCUGCUCCAGGUGUGGAAAAAGUUAUACUCAGAAAGCAACUCUGAAAGCUCACAUGACUCUGCACACAGGAAGUGAUGCGACACACGGUCAAGGCGUCCAUGAAGGUGUGGACUCAGAGAGUCUGACUGAACACACAAGAGAUCCUGUUGAAGAGAGACCCUUCAUCUGCUCUGACUGUGGAAAAACAUACACCCGGAAGUGUCAUCUGAACCUCCACAUGAGGGUCCACUCAGAGGAAAAACCCUUCAGUUGCUCUGAGUGUGGGAAACAGUUCUACAGGAAAUUCUGUCUAACUCUUCACAUGGCUCAUCACAGAGGGGAGAAACCCUACAGCUGCAGCGUCUGUGCCCAGAGUUUCUGUUGGCAGACUCAGUUAAGGAGACAUGUUUGUGUCGACAGUCAGGGUUCAGGACUUCAGCGAAACCAGGAGGGGAGAGAGACCGGCACAGAAACCAGCAGGAGGGACUGUGGAGGACCAGACCCAGCCAAGGGCUCAGAUCCAGAGAAAGGAGUCCAGACUGAAAACUCUUCUUCUUUAAAGACUGAAGACAGUGAGGACCGAAUGGAAACCCGAGGACGUCGGUCAGCUUCAAACUCCGUCAAGAAAAGAAAAGGUAAAGUCAGGAGAAACCACAGGAAUGCUCCUGAGAACCUCCAGCUGCUCUGAGAUAAGAAACAGAUUGAAACUGUUUUGACAGAUGUUUCCUCCUCCUCUUUUGUUUCGCUCUGAGUUCUUUGAGUUGGACGAUGGUUGAUUUGGUCUGACUGUGCGCAGCAUCAUCACUUUUUCAGGUUUUGUGUAAACUAGUGCUGGGCAAUAAGAGAAAAAAUGUAUCAGGAUAUAUUUUUUUCUUAUCAAUCAUAAACGAUAUACAGUGCAUCCGGAAAGUAUUCAUACCACUUCACUUUUUCCAAAUUUUUUUUAUGUUACAGCCUUAUUCCAAAAUGGAUUAAACUCCUUUUUACCCUCAAAAAUUCUACACAAAAUACCCCAUAAUGACAAAGCGAAAAACUUUUUUUUAGAACAUUUUUUAAAUUUAUCAAAAAUAAGACACUCAAAUGUUGCAUAUACAAGUAUUCACACCCUUUGCUAUAAAACUCAAAAUUGAGCUCAGGUGCAUCCUGUUUCCACUGAUCAGCCUUGAAAUGUUCCUCCAACUUGAUUGCAGUCCACCUGUGGCAAAUUCAGCUGAUUGGACAUGAUUUGUUAAGCCACACCUGUCUAUCUGAGAUCCCACCGCUGACAGGGCACGUCAGAGCACAAACCAAGCCAUGAAGUUGAAAGAAUUGUCUGUAGACCUCAGAAACAGGGUUGUAUCGGUGCACAGAUCUGGGGAAGGUUACAGAAAAAUAUCUGCUGCAUUGAAGAUCCCAAAAAGCACAGUGGUCUGCAUCAUUAAGAAAUGGAAGACGUUUGGAACCACCAGGACUCUUCCUAGAGCUGGCCGCCCAGCCAAAAUGAGCAAGCAGGGGAGAAGGGCCUUGGUCAGGGAGGUGACCAAGAACCCGAUGGUCACUCUGACAGAGCUCCAGCAUUCCUCUGAGGAGAUGGGAGAACCCUACAGAAGGACCACCAUCUCUGCAGCACUCCACCAGUCAGGCAUUUAUGGUAGAGUGGCCAGACAGAAGCCAUUCCUCAGUAAAAAGCACAUGACAGCCCGCUUGGACUUUGCUAGAAGGCACCUGAAGAACUCACAGACCAGGAGAAACAAAAUUCUCUGGUCUGAUUAAACGAAGAUCAAAAUCUUUGGCCUGAAUGCCAAGCGUCAUGUCUGGAGGAAACCAGGCACCGCUCACCACCUCGCCAAUACCAUCCCUACAGUGAAGCACGGUGGUGGCAGCUGUGGGGAUGUUUUUCAGCGGCAGGAACUGGGAGACUUGUCAGGAUCGAGGGAAAAAUGAAUGCAGCUAAGUACAUCGAAAUCCUUGAGGAAAACCUGCUCCAGAACGCUCGAGACCUUCGACUGAGGCGACGCUUCAUCUUCCAGCAUGACAAUGACCCUAAGCACACGGCCAAGAGGACAAAAGAGUGGCUUCAGGACAAGUCUCUGAAUGUCCUUGAGUGGCCCAGCCAGAGCCCAGACUUGAACCCGAUUGAACAUUUUUGGAAAGACCUGAAAAUAGCUGUGCACCGACGCUGCCCAUCCAACCUCACUGAGCUUGAGAGGAUGUGCAAGGAAGAAUGGGGAAAAACUCCCCAAAUCCAGGUCUGCCAAGCUUGUUGCAUCGUACAUAAGAAGACUGGAGGCUGUAAUUGCUGCCAAAGGUGCUUUGACCAAGUAUUGAGUAAAGGGUGUGAAUACUUUAUAUGCAACAUUUGAGUGUUCUUAUUUUUAAUAAAUUUAAAAAAUGUUCUAAAAAAAGUUUUUCGCUUUGUCAUUAUGGGGAUUUUUUUGUGUAGAAUUUUUGAGGUUAAAGGGGAAUUUAAUCCAUUUUGGAAUAAGGCUGUAACAUAACAAAAUUUGGAAAGAGUGAAGUGGUAUGAAUACUUUCCGGAUGCAGAGUACAUUACAUUAUAAAAAAUUUAAUUUAACAGUGUUUAUUGGUAGCUUGCAUAGACUGUAUUUAAAGUGGACGCCGUCUGCCUCCUUGCUGAGUGAAUCCACUCUGAGAACAGCACCCUCUGGUGACGGGCUGCAGUAUAGGUCAUAAAUCCCGCCCCCUUAUGGAGCUGUGGACAAACUUUAUAAAUGAAUGACACAGAAUAUAAAUGUUUCGACCCCCUGGUUGUGAUGUUGACAUGUAGUUACUGUCAGACUGGUUUGUGCUCAAGUCCUCUUUUUUCUGUACAGCUCCAUUUUUAAAAGUUAUUAGGGGGUUCAUGUUUUCUAUGAUUGACACUUGAUACAGCCUAUGGGCGUACCAAGAUUGAGUAGCUCACCUGGUAUAACGCUGUUUGAGACGGGCGUCAUCACAGCGACUCUCUGUGACUCUCGCAUCGAAUGCGCACAGUGUUGGUAUCAGGAAAUGGAGUUUGUAAAUUACCUCUUCGCUGUUUUUACCAAAUAUUCACCUUCAUAUCUGGGUUUAUUGUGUGUAAAUGUCAGAAAUUAGUUUGAUGAUGAUUCACUGUCCAAGUUUGAUUUUAUAUUGUGUUAAAGGUGGGGUAGACAGGAAUCUGUUAAAGAAGCAUCUUUUUUUGUGAUGUAUAAACAAAAAUCUUUUAAUAUCAGUCAAUAGUUAUAAGUUAUUGAUGACAUUUGGUAAUAUAGCGAUAUCUCUGUGUUCUCUUAUGUCUGUGUAGUCAACAUUUUAACAUUUUUGAGCGGUCCGCUCUUUCUGACUGUAAACAAAGCCGUUCUCUGCCUCCCCAACCUGAUUGAUUGUAAAGCAGACGCUGCUCCCCCGUGUCGUUGACGAGCCCAAACAAUAUCGGACAGUAGGAACCAACCAGAAAGUUCGGAAAAUUGUCUGAAUCCUCCUUUGGCCACGACUGCCAACACAAGCAAGAAAAUGAAGUAAAUACCUGAGACUGGCGGAAUAACAGGCGCUUAAAAAGGAGAUAGACCGGACAAGAGCUAAAAAGCUGAGUCAACAUAAACGAUGGGGGAUGCUUUGGGAUCUUUGUGACCCUGUAACCUUUCUGCUGGUAAGCCACAAAGUAAGCCAACAUAAGUGACAUUAGUGUUUCUUGUCAAACUGGACCUGCUGUAGCAUGUUGUAGCGCAGCUGAACUGUCCUCCCUCGGGUUCUGGACUAUGUGACUUUAUCCUCGUUGUAGAAGUUCUGAAAACAUUGUGUUUGCUGGUAGUCUGUUGGCAUCUACAGUAGCACCAAUGCUUUUGACUUUCACGUUGACUGGGCUCCAUUUGUAAUUAUCCGAAGUAUUUAUCUGCAUUAUAUCUGAAUUUAAUUGGAACAAUAAAAGUGAGCAGGAGCGUCUGUUUGUGGGCGGGGCUUGCUGGAAGAGAGGGAGGGGAGAGGAGGAGCUGAGGGGAAAACAGGUUGGGAGGGGUAGUGUUUACAUUCAAGAUUUCUCCUUAAAACUGGAACUUCAUCGGGUCCUGACUACACCACUUUUAUUGUAAUGUUUACUGUGAACAUGACUAAUGCUAUCUUAUGUUACUCCAUGUUAUUUACGGUGUGAGCUGGACUGAUUGUUGCAGAACCACAGUCAAAUAAAUCCACUAAACUGGACAUCUGCAUCCGUGUCUUUUAACAGGGACACUCAUAACCAGAUAAACCCCGGAGAACGAACUUUUCUCCUUUUUAAUGACGACUAUUGCUAAAGCAUAUUGACCAUGUUUUAUGUUAAUAUCGAGGGAAAUUAAUUUUAGCUAUAUAUCAUUAUCGUUUUAUCACCCAGCGCACGUGUAAACACAAACUACCUACUUUUCUUAUCGCUCUUUGUGUGUUUCAGGGUCUCCUGCAGAUGUCCAGCAGCUGUCCAGGGUUAAAGUAGAACCUCCUGAGCAGCAGGAGUGGAGCUCCAGUCUGGACCAGCAGGACCCAGCAGAACCAGAACCCCCCCACAUUAAAGAAGAAGAGGAGGAAGUGUGGAGCAGUCAGGAGGGAGAGCAGCUUCAAGGACUGGAGGAGGCUGAUACCAGCAAGUUCUCCUUCACUCCUGUCUGUGUGAAGAGUGAAGAUGAUGAAGAGGAACCUCAGUCCUCACAGAUGGAACCAGGAGCUGAUAGAGAGGACUGUGGAGAUAUGAAGACAGCGAACGAAAAACAGGAAAAUAUUCCAAAAAAGAAACCAAAGAGUGUGAAGAAACUCCAUCGCUGCUCUGUGUGUGGGAAAAUUUUUAAAACAAACCAGCAUCUGAUCAGACACUUCAGGAUUCACACCGGAGAGAAACCCUUCAGCUGCCCUGUGUGUGGGAAAAACUUCAACCUGAGAGAAAAUCUGUCGAAACACAAAAUCAUACACAUCGGAGCGAAACAGUUCCCCUGCUCUCAGUGCGGGAAAAGCUUCAUCCGUAAAGGAGAUCUGAUCCGACACACCAGAAUCCACAGCGGAGAGAAACCCUUCAGCUGCUUCGACUGUGGGACGAGCUUCAACUUUAAACAAAACCUGACCAGACACAUGAGAAUUCACAGCAGAGGGAAACCUGUCAGUAACAGACUUCACCACAGACGACAGACAGAACCAGAACCAGAGAAAAACAUUGGUCCAGAGACACAUGAGGGACCAGAGAUCCAGGUCGAACUGGAGGACUCUUCCGGAGCCGAAACUGACGACAGUUAUGACUGGAGAGAAACCAGAGAACAUCCAUUAGAUUCACCCAAUGAGAAACCAUUGUUUUUAGCCAAUCACGAGAAAGAGUGACAAACCCGUCAGCUGCUCCUCCUGAGGACAGGAACCAAUCAGGGUCAGGAACCAGUUAGAGGUCCAGGAUCAGGCCUCACUGGGUUCAGACAAAAAGAGUCUCAGCGUGAAGCUCACACACACACACAGACACACACACACACAGGUCUGACCCACAUGUCGGUUAAACAGCUGAUAAAGUUCAUCAGGAUGGCCCUCAUUUAUCAAACUUGCGUAGAACUGAGCGCAGAUCUGAGGAUUCAUCGUACGAUAGGACACACGUGAGCUUUAUGAAAGGGUUCGUAUGUGACCAAUCCCAACACCCUUAAAUAUUCGUGAUUCAGAAGCCUCGCCCGCUGAGGUCAAACAUGAAAGAAGAGAAAUAUUAAAAAGAUCAGAAACUGGAUAUCCUCACAUCUGUGGUGGAAACUAACAAGGAUUUGCUCUUUGGAAACAUCAAAACUGGUAUAAAAGCAGUCCAGAAAACUCCUGUCUGGAGAAGGAUUAUGGUGGCGGUGAACAGCGCUGCCGCGGAAUAACGGACAGUGGCUGAAGUUUGAAUAAAUCAUUAGUCAAUAAGUUGCUCGUGAUGAUAAAUUAAUAUCUCAUAUAUGCCUCAUAUUUUUUAUUGCUAUGACAGAGGGUACAUUCAGUGGCGUUCCUAAGCAACUUGGCACCCUAGGCAGGAUUUCUUGUAGCCCCCCGCGCGCAACUUAUUAGACCAACCACAAAAUAUUCAUCAUAAACUCACACAGGGCACAGGGUAUCUUCAAAUCUUUAGAAUUUUAAAACCGCAGUUGCAGUGCAAUAUGCAUAAUGUAGUAAUUGUACUACAAUAAACUAAACAGCAGCCAUAUACAAAAUACCCUGGACAACCGCAAUCAACAGUACCCCACAAAAUCCUCAAAGGAAAACAAAAUGGCUCAAAAGACAUAUACAGCAGCAUUGUAAUUUAACAUCAGUCAAGGAAAACAAGUGUCAAAAACAUAAAUUGCAAUAUUAAUAAGUUUAAUUAUAAUAAUUGUACUACAGUAAACAGGGCCAUAUACAAAAUACCCUGGACAACCUUAAUCAAGCCCACAACAUCCUCAAAGGAAAACAAAAUUGCUCAAAACACAGCAGCAUUGUCAUUCAAUCUCAGUCAAGGAAACAAGUGGCAAAUAUCUGUAAAAUAUUUUCAUGAUGAGUCAGUCAUCACUGCACAGAGAAAUUAGUGUAAAUCAUUAGUCUGUACAGCUCAAAAAAGAAAGGAAAAAAAGAGGCAGAAAAGCCAAUAUGGCCGGUGUUACGCCGUAGAAUGCAUCCCAUCCACUCAUUAGCUUCUUAAAGUGGAAAAAAAUGAUCUCAUAUUUAAAAAAAACACGAGUGUUGGAUCAUGACAACAUGUCAAAUGGAGCAGCAAACUUUCGUUCUGUUCUUAGGUAUUCAAAAAAAUGCAGGGGCAGCAAAUAUUCAGAAUCAGAGGGCUAUUGUUUUCAGCAUAUCUGAAUAGCCUGAAUGAAAUCAUUAAAGGCACAGGCUUUAGAAUCAGUCCAGUGGUAAGGAAAACUUGGAUUAUUUCGCCUUGUUGUGUUCUUUCAACUGGGCUCCCGUCAGGGUGGGGGGCAUUCUACGGCAGGGGUGCAUUGUAUGGCACAACACCUGCCGCGGAAACAGGGUCUUAAUAAAUCUCCCUUAAAUCUGUAAAUCUGUAACUUCAACUAAAACAUCAGCAAAUGGCUUGACACAAACGAUUUGCUUAGCUAGUACGUUGUGUUUUUGAUCUGCAUUCUGCAACAUGCUGGACUGCCAUGAUCUGACGACUAUGAAUGAAUUAAAAUUCAAGACUCGUCUCGACUUUUUACUUUGGAGAAGUCAAGCACUGAGGCAUUAUGCCUCGGCAAGAAAGCAUGUUAUUGCCUAACAGCUGAGGCAUUAAGCCAUGAUAAUAAUUGACGCUGCUUUGCCUGGCCUGCCUUGGCUCAUUAUUGCCUUGUUGGCUGUGCUUGGUGUGGUCUCUCUGUGUGGUGAACUGGUGGUGGCGAUGCAUAAGCCGCGGCGGCGCUGCGGGUGUGUUGUGUUACAAGUUACCUGGCUGUAACUAGUUCAGUUAAACAGAGAGAGAGAGUUACCAACCCAACUUACCUCAGAAGCAAGUGCAGUACAACUACGAGGAGAGAGCAGGGGGGCGGGGAGGAGUCGUGUCCUGUGUGCAAUCCAUUGGGGACCGUGGCAAAAUUGCAGGCAGGUUGCAGGCAGACAGACACUUAAGCCCAGUUGUUACUGUUGUUAUAUUGCUAUGUUUUUGUUGUUGUUUUAUAUUGCGAAAUAAAAAGUCCUUUCUGCUCGCGGGCGCCCCUAGCAGCAGCCUACUCCGCCUAAUGACAGGAGCACCACUGGGUACGUUGCUCCUAUUAUUGAAAGUAUUUAGUUUUAAUUUGUAGCGUCUUUGUAAUGUAGUGCAGACUGGAGAGUCUGACAGAGGCGGAACAAAAAUAAUUAAUAACCUCACAGAACGGUGUGUUGCUGUCCCUGAGGCACAUUUUUAUGUAUUGGAUUUUUAUCACUGAUUAAAUAGCAAGAGCACUUUCUAAACUUAUACUUUACAUGUCAGAAUCCAUGGAUAAGGUCCUGUCUCCUCUGUACAGCACUCCAUUCACCAGUACAACAUUGUGCAAAACAGUACUGGCCCAAAUGAUGUCCCACACCCUUUCAGGAGUGUACAACAACGUCCCCGCUGCUGGGCCAAGACAGAGACACCUGCCUUUUAGGAGUCAAACGCUGAGCUCCACAGUGGUGCGUGUGUGCGCAAUGUUAAAAUGGCACUCCUGUUCUGUGGCAGUGUUUCUGGGCAGAGUUAUCAAAUAGGCCUAUUCACUAAGGACAUAACAAAUGUAUUUUGUUUUAUUUACGUCUUAAUAUUUAAUGAAAUCUGGCUGAUUGUGCUUAAUGACAGGUUUGAGGUUUGUUUAUCAAUUAUUUUGAGACAGACAUUUGCUGCACCGCAGAUCCACACUGACUCAAACUUGUGUACACGAUGUCAGACCUGUCGUGAGAUUUGGUCGUAGUGUACGCUCAUGUGCAGAUUGAUAAAUGCCGAUCCUCACUUUGCAAUUUACGUACGCAAGGUGUACAUACGUUUUCUGCCGUACGCCAGCUUGAUAAAUAAGGGCCACUGAGAUUGACGCACCCCUCACUAAUGUGUUUAAUCAGUGAGGUGUGUGUGUGUGUGUGUGUGUGUGUGUGUGUGUGUGUGUGUGUGUGUGUGUGUGUGUGUGUGUGUGUGUGUGUGUGUGUGUGUGUGUGUGUGUGUGUGUGUGUGUGUGUGAGAGACCAGACCGGAGACCUGUUAGACUCAAUACUGUUGUCCUUGACCAAAGUAAGUCUGGUUCUCGUCUCAGUGGGUCUGGUUCUGGGUCUGAUCACAACUCUUUACCUUCUUCUAUGAAACCACUUUGAGUUUUUUAAAUAAAAUUAAUGUUUCUGUUGGUUUGAAAAUAUUUCUUUUUUUAAAGUCUUUUGAAAUUUGAAUAUUUUUUCCCUCUCAUCUUUUAUUCUGAAAGCACACCGAAAGCAGUGUAAGUGUUUCCGGGUGUAAGAGCAUGUCUCUCAUAGAGCGGAGUUAGCAUGUAGCAGGAUAAGCGAACGUUGUUUCUGAGCGGGUUAAAGGUCUCCUGGUUCCGGUCCUGGUCCGGUUCUUGGAUGUGUGUACAAUGUCCGGGUUUGAGGAUCUGAAAGAUCUGCUCCUGACAGGACAAACAACAAGUUCUGGAGAAGAGGAGCUCCACCGACCAAGAAAAACUGGGCUGGAUGAUGAUGAUGGGAUCAGAAAACCUGAGCUGAUCCACAUGGCUACAACAGCAGGUAAGUGAGACCUGGACCUCUACAGAACCUUCUCAGAACUUCCUCAGACUUGAACCUUUAAUGAGCUGCAGCAGGAACCGUCUGAUGGAGAUCCACAUCAGAACUUAGAUAUUAGAUUAGACAUCUAUAAACACAAAUAACAGAUCAGGGUCUCCUUGGUCCUGGUUUUGGGGUCCUGAUGGUCCAAAUGUUUUCAAGUCAGGACCACAUUAGUCUAGGGCUGUGUCCGAAAUGGCAUACUGCCUACUAUCUACUUACCUACUCAAGCAGUACCUACUGCAUACUGACUACUCAAAGAUGAUUUGAGUAUGCCGCGGCUGCCCGAGCGUUUACACACAUACAUACUACAUACCCCAGAAUGCAUUUCGUGCCGGCCGGACGCAGCGCCGGGAAAAUUUAAAUAGUCCUACAACAAGCUACACAGAACGACUGCAUUCCGGACAAAUGAUAUAAAUUCAUUCAAUAAUAAUAUUUUUUCUAGCGAGAAAGUAAGUGUUUACAUCACGAUUAUGAGCCCAGUUGUUUGAAAUAGUGGCUGUUUGUAAAUUUGUCUCGGCGUUUUCGGAGACCGAAGCGUCCGCUUGGUCGGUGUUUGCGUCUAUUUACCGUAAACACCGGGCAGCAGCAGCUCCCUCUUCACGUUUCCAAAUUAUUGAGAAGUGUUUUCAUAAUCAACAUCUACACGACACAAACCGGGCGGCAGUGGAUGAAAAAAAUCACACAAACAUCUGUGUAUCCAUGGUGAUAAUGCUAUACACCACCUGCUAGGCGUGUGAUGAGCAGCAGAGGGCUGCAAAAUGACCAACACACAACAUAAUUAUUAUGACCUCGUUCGGUUAUUCCUUGGCAAAUACAUCAUUUCCCGACGACAUUCUUUUCAUGUACAAUGAUCAUUUCAGAAACCAUCAGAUUUUCAACCACAAGUAAGAAUUAGUAAAGCUCACAUAGAUUGUCAACUGGAAACUCCCCCGUUUGUAUAUUCUGAACCAUGUGCUCUCUACCAAUAAUAAUUUUUAUUAAUCAGAGGUCUGUGCUUAAUAUGAGUGACCACUUUGAUGAUGCAUUCAGAGAUGAGAAGAUGCUCAAACUUAAUACUUAAAUAAAUAAAGUCAAUUCAUACGAAUAGUUAAAAACAUUACCUAUAAUCCUAAUUUAAAAUACAAAUAAAUCUGGUAAAAAGAUCAAAAUGAUAAAAAUUGUGUAAUGUAGACUGACUAAAUAUUGUUUAUCUAUUUAUAUAUAUAAUUACUAUUGCAAUCACAUGCCAUCUAUUUCUUUUCAGCCUCGGGAAAGAGGGCCAUAUUACCAGCUGAGGUGCGCAAUGCAUUGUGGGGCAGAAGCAGUACGUGAAGCAAGCUCCGUUCCACACUCAGAAAUUGAAGCCGAUUGAGUAAACAUCCGGGCAUUUCUCGCAUACACAAAAUUUGCAUACUGUACAGUGUGAACGCACUGCCUACUCAAUUCAGAGGCGGGGUUAGUAGGAGUAGUAGGAGUAGUAGGAGUAGUAGGCCAUUUCGGACACAGCCUAGGACUCUUCUCCUACAGAGCCAUGCUGUUGUCAGAAUCUGGUUCUGGAUCAUAUGAAGGUCUUGAUCCUGGUCUGGGAUGGACGCAGAUGUUCCUCCUAAACCUGGAGAUCUUGUUUGAAUCUGAGGAUGCAGCAUCUAUGAUUUCCAGUUCUUUGUGAAAAGGACAACUGGACUUAGUUGAGACCUUUUGCCUAAUGCCCUGAAGAUCAGGACUUUCCAGUACAGAGAUGUAAUGAUCUGAUCUUCUGUAAACGAUGAACUCAGGAACUUUAUUCUGAAUCUGUUGACCUGUUACCACACAGUUUCUCACACUAUCAUCUGAAUAUUUUAUUCAGUUUAUGAACGUUUUAAAUAAAUUAAAAAAAAAGUGUGUUUAGUUUUGGUGACAGAAAAAGUUCUGAGUCGAUGAAACAGAAGGUGACAUAAAUUAACUCUUUCAUAUUCUGAACAGACGGACACAGAAAAAAACUGAGUUCAGCUGCAAAUCGACACAGUGUUAUAACCAUGACAAAAGGAUGAGAGGAGUGCAUUUUAUACAAAAGUAAAUUCAUUUAUUUAGAAUACAAUAGAAUUCAACUUUAUUGCACAUGUCACAAGUACAGAGCAACGAAAUGCAGCUUGCGUCCAUCCAGAAGUGCUUAGCAAGUAUAAGUAUUAGGGCCCGACCGACUUGCUGGCGAGCCGAUUAAAUCGGCCCAUUUUAGCCUGUUUGAGACAAAUCGGAAAUCGGCCAAAUAAAAUGCAAAGAGUAAUAUUCGGUUUCACUUCGAAAAUAUUCCACCAUUUGAAAAGUUACCUCACUUAUCCUGUAGAUGGCGCAGCGACCCCAUGACAAUCUUCAUCCACUACCUCACAGCACAGCAGAGUGAUGGAUCUGAAGCAGACAGCUCAGGGACGCACAGAGGAGAGUGGUCCGCCUCAACGGUAAAUAAACCGGUUUGUGAAAUACACAAUAAGUCAACAAGUUUCAGUUCAACCCACUUCACCAUGUUCCCCGCUGUGCUGGUCUCCGUCACGCUGAGUUAAUGGUGAAGCACCAUGUAAUAUGCAAGCUAAAGUUAGAGUUAGCCACCUGCUAUUAGCCUUGUUACACUGUAAGCCGUGCCCCCAACGGUAGAAUAAACAACAGUACACAUUACGUGAUCGAGCUACUUAUCUUACUGAGGCAGCUGCAUGUCUCCAGAUGAGACCGGACCGGAAACUAGUAACAUCAGUGAAGAUGCAGAGGCACCGACGGGGGGUGGGGGGGGGUUGUAAACGCUCUUCCGGUCCAAGGUUGAUCAGUCUGUCUUCCUGUCAGCGUUAAGAGCAGUAGUCUACAGUAUAUCUACAGUGUAUAGUAUACUGUAGAUAUCUACUGUAUAUGUAUAUUUGAUAACUAAAUCAUAGCGGUCGGCCCUAAUAGGUAUAUUUUCAAAUGUACACGGUAUGAAAGAAUAUAUACAUAAGUAUGUACAGGCUAUGAACAGAUUAUACAUGUGGUUAUAAAUAUGAAGGCUAUAGACAGACUAUAAAUAUGAUUAUAUGACGGAUAAAAUAUGCAGUAGUGCAAUAUUGGAUGUAUUUACAGUAGUGCAAAUGAGGUUUGAAUAUAGGUAUAGAUAUAAAGUGCAGGUAAUUGUAGACAGUUGUAAGUAGUGGUUCAGUGGUUAUGAGUGUGUGUGUGUUUGGUCCUUGAGUGUUAACGUGGUGCAAAUUAAAGUAAAGCAAACGAACAAAAACGUCAGGAAUGAGGUGUGUUGGUCUGUAAUGUCACUCAAGUGUAUGUGGGUGUGUGAGAAUAAUGUGUUGAAAAGUGCACAAACAAAAGUAACUCAAUGAAAUGUGUACAAGGAUCUGCAGGCAGAGCAGACAGAGACAGAGAGUGGACAGAGAUAGAAAGCAGACAGAGAGCAGACAGAGAUGGAGAGGACAGAGAUAGAGAGCAGACAGAGAAAGAGAGCAGACAGAGAAAAAGAGCAGACAGACAGCAGACAGUGAUAGAGAGAGGACAGAGAUAGACAGCAGACAGAGAUAGAGAGCAGGAGGUAAUAGAGAGGACAGAGAUAGAGAGCUGACAGACAAAGAGAGCAGACAGAGAUAGAGGUCAGACAGAGAGCAGACAGAGAUGGAGAGCGGACAGAGAUAGAGAGCAAAAAGAGAUAGAGAGUAGACAGAGAAAGAGAGAGGACAGAGAUAGAGAGCAGACAGAUAGACAGCAGACAGAGAUAGAGGUCAGACAGAGAGCAGACAAAGACAGAGAUAGAGAGCAGACAGUUUUAGUUUCUAUACUUUUAUGUCUUAUUUUAUUCUUUUAGUCCCUCAGUUUUUCCAGUGUUUCCUCCUGGGAGCUGCUUCACCGGGAGCGGGUUCUGGUCUGUUGGUGGGGGCGCCGUUCUGGGGACAGCUCUGGCCCGGGUGGAACCAGAGAGCUCUACACCUUGGUGCGGAGCCUCCUGUCUGCCUGGGCUGGUGGUCCCUGUGACGGCGCCCCCUGCAGCAGCAAUGGGCCGGGAUGCCUCCCGGUCGACGUGGCCCCCAAAGGUAGCGUCUUCCUCACCUCAGAUCUCAGUGCCCAGUCAUGUCUCCUCACCAUCAGCUGCUAACUGUGUAGAUGCGUAUGUAUGUGAAGUUGUGUGUGUGGAAAUGUAUGUCUAUGUUCACGGGUGUGUGUAUGGGUAUAAUUGUGCGGGUGGGAGGUUUGGGGUUUUCUUGGAGUGUGCAGGACUCUGCUCAGGACUUUCUAUGACUCUGUGGUAGCAUCUUCACUUUUCUAUGCAGUGGUCUGCUGGGGGGCAGGGAGCACCGAGAGGGACAGGAAGAGACUGAACAGACUGGUCAGGUGGGCCAGUUCUGUCCUGGACUGGUCUUUGGACUCCCUGGAGGAGGUGGGUGAGAGGAGGAUGUUAGCAAAACUUGUAUCCAUCAUGGACAAUCCCUCUCACCCACUGCACCAGACUGUGGGGGCCUUAGGCAGCUCCUUCAGCAGCAGACUUAGACUCCAACCUUGCAAGAUAGAGCGCUACCGCAGGUCAUUCCUCCCUUCUGCAAUAAGACUUUACAACGAACUGUAAUAGAACUGGACUCACACCACCACUUUUUUCUGGUACUUGUGUAUAUUGUAUAUAGUUUUAUUUUUUUCUCCCUUUUUCCUUUUCUAAUUUUUUUCUUAAUUAUUACAUUUAUUUAAGUUCUUAAUAUACGAUAUUUAUUUUUAUAACUUCAUUUUUGCACUUUGUUUGUGAUGCUGCUGUGACAAAAAAAUUUCCCCCAUGGGGGAUCAAUAAAGGAAUAUUCUAUUCUAUUCUAUUCUAUUCUAAAGCAGCUCUAUGACUUUAUUUACUUAAUGACUUUCUUCUCCGAAGUUUACAACUUUAAUCUCCAAGUCUUUUGAAAAACAUUCUUAAUGUGGCCUUAAUACUCAGAUGUAGUUUUAUCAGCUUUCUUAUUUCUAAUGUUUUUGAUUGUGGUAGCAGAGCGGAUUGGUUCAUCUCUAAAGACUAUAAUGUUUGGUUUGCAGCUGCAGAUUUUAGUGAGUUAAGAGAUCAUGCGCUCAUGCAGCCUGAGCUGAUGGUCUGCUGUUUUUGGAUUUCUUAUAUUUUCUUUGAGGGCGCGCUUCAAGCAAGUUCGACCUUUCACCCGAAAUGCGCAGCUGUGCAGCGGCAUGCAAAGAAUUCUGGGAUACCAAGGCCACGAAAAAGGGGCGGGGGCAGUGUGGUUUUGAGACCGCAUAUGAAGCGCGCUCAGAAUUAUGAGCCAAAUGGGACACCGUUAGCGCCGCGUGAUGAUGUCACGCACACUUGAAAUGCGCUGUUCGAUGGUGCAGUCUCUGAAAUGAGACACAGCCUGUAUAUGUAGGAGGCGGAGCAGCAGGUCCAGGUGCUUCAUAUCAGAGCAGACUUCACUCAGCCGAUCUAGAAACACAGGGGCGGUCACAACAGUCACACAGAGCCAGUCUUCAACUAUGGAAUCAGAACCAAAUUUUGACUCACAGGCUCCAGUUUUUUACAGGUUUGGUCUGUCCAGUCUGCAGAGAAGGAAAAAUGAACCAGCUUUAGGAAACCUCUGGAUGUUUUGUGAUCUUGGCUUUUUUGUGCUUUUGGUUUCUUUCUUUUCUUUUCUGUCUUCUUUAUCUCAAACUUUAAGAAAAACAACAAAAACACAGAACAAAAUAAUGAAUCUGUACACCAAACAACUGUACAUGUCAAAGAUAAAUUUACACAAACAAAUGUUUGUCAAAAAUAAACAGUUUGAGAGGAAGCAGAACGAAGAAAAGAGCUUAUCUAGUCCUGACCCUCUAAAAAAUCUAAUUAUAUAAAUUACAAAGAUCUGUAUAAGAACCUCCAUAUUAUGCACUAAGAUAUCUGCUCAACACUAUAUAGGUUACUCAUUAUGAUUAUUUGCAUGUUAAAAUAAUAAUCAGUGUUUUAAUGUCAAACUGUCAGACAAAAUUUGUUUUUGUGACGCUGAAUUUAGUUUAUAUGAAGUACAAAGUUUCCUUUGUUACCAGAGCUGCUCCAUGAAGCUGUCUCUGAGGGUUGGAGCAGAUGGACAUCGUGGAUCCUCUGGCUUCAUGUGGACCCCUCCAUACUUAAAGGUCCUCCUCCAGUUUAGAUCUUAGUCACUCUGAAUCCAGGCGGGGUCUCCUCACAGAUCUGCUCAAACUUCAGUUCAGUCAGAGCGAUCUAAGACGGAGACAUGAAGAAAGAGUGAACUGACUGUUUUUGUGUGUUGUUGUUUCUUUCAGUGAGUCCUGCAGACGUCCAGCAGAUGACUGUGACUGAAGAGCAGCAGGAGUGGAGCUCCAGUCUGGAACAGCAGGACCCAGCAGAACCAGAACCCCCCCACAUUAAAGAGGAAGAGGAGGAAGUGUGGAGCAGUCAGAAGGGAGAGCAGCUUCAAGGACUGGAAGAGGCUGAUACCAGCAAGUUCUCCUUCACUCCUGUCUGUGUGAAGAGUGAAGAUGAUGAAGAGGAACCUCAGUCCUCACAGAUGGAACCAGGAGCUGAUGGAGAGGACUGUGCAGGACCAGAACCAGACAGGGACUCAGAUCCAGAGACUGAGAUCAAGACUGAGUUCUUCUCUGCUUCAGAUACAGAUGACAGUGAAGCUUGGACAGACCCCAGAGCGCUUCAGUCAGGAUCGAACUCUGUGGAGGAGAAGAUCAACGAGCCAAUCCGUGAAAAGAAACCCUUCAGCUGCUCUCAGUGUGAGAAAACCUUCAAAAAUAACUGGUUACUGACCAGACACAUGACAACACACUCAGAGGAGAAACCCUUCAGCUGCCUUUUUUGUAACAUGAAAUUCAGUCGGAAUUAUAAUCUGACCCAACAUCUGUUAGUUCACUCAGGAGAGAAACCAUUCGGCUGCUCUGAGUGUGGGAAGAGGUUCGCUCAGAAGUCGAAUCUAACGCGCCACAUGGCGAUUCAUGGGGGACAGCAACAGGUCAGCUGCUCUCUGUCUGAAGGAGAAAAACUGACCAAUCACAUCACCGUUCAGAACACUGGGAAACCCUUCAGCUGCUCCGUCUGCAAGAAACAGUUCAUGAGAAAACAAGGCCUGACCAAUCACCUGGUGGUUCACACCAGAGAGAAACCGUUCAGCUGCCCUGAGUGCGGGAAAAGAUUUAAUUACAAGUGUAAUCUGUCGCUACACAUGGCCCAUCACAGAGGAGAGAAACCCUUCAGCUGCUCCGUCUGUGAACUGAAAUUCUCUUGGCAUCCACAGUUCAAGAAACACAAGUGUGUUGGUGGUCCGGCGUCAGAACUUUAUCAGAACCAGUCAGAGGAUCAGAGAGAACCCGAUACAGGAGUGGAUCAAGAAGACAGCUGGGGACCAGAACCAGCCAAGAACUCAGACCCAGAGAGUUGUUUACAGACUGAGCCUAGGACUAGAACUGAGGACUCUCCAGGAACAAAGGCUGAAGUCAGUGACAGUGUUUGGCGGGAGAGCAGAGAGCUUCACUUCGACUCUGGAGAAAACACCAUCAUGGUCGUCGAUAAGAAAACCUUCAACUGCUCUGUGUGCGGUAAAAUAUUCAAAACCAAACAGAAUCUCACCAUGCACACCACCAUCCACACCGGAGAGAAACCAUUCAGCUGCUCCACCUGUGGGAAGAGAUUUAACCGAAAAGGAAGUUUGACCUCACACAUGGUCCUUCACACCGAGAAAAAACCCUUUUGUUGUUCUGACUGUGGCAAGAGAUUCAAUCAUAAGUCCAACCUGACCUUUCACACGGUUCGACAUAAAGGAGAGAAACCCUUCAGCUGCUCUGAGUGUGGGAAAAAGUUCUACAGGAAUUACAGUCUAACACUUCACAUGGCCAACCAUCGGGGGGAAAAACCAUACAGCUGCAGCGUCUGUGGCCAAAGGUUCUCGUGGUCUCCACAGUUAAAAAAACAUAAAUGCAGUGGAGGUCAGGUCUCAGAGCCAAUCAGAGAGGCAGACACAGCGACCGACACCAAGGACUGUGAUGGACCAGACACCUCGAGAGUCUGGAAUUCAGGAGGGCACUUACAGUCAGAAACUGAGUCCAAGAACAAUAAGUCUGCUGGAGCUGAGGUUGAGGGCGAUUAUGAUUGUAGGGAAACCAGAGAGAGUCAUUCUGAUUUAAACAUCAAUAAAAGGAGAGCUAACGCUAACAAGAAAUCCCUAAAAUGCUCACUUUGCAGUAAAAGCUUCACAUGGAAGCACCAACUCACCAGUCACAUGAUUGUUCACACCGGGGAGAAACCGUUUGGCUGCUCUGAGUGUCAUAAAAGAUUUAACCGAAAGUCCAACAUGCUCCGUCACAUGGCCAGUCACAGAGGAGAGAAACCCUUCAGCUGCUUUGAAUGUGAGAAGAGAUUUACACUCAAAGCCCAUCUGACCAGGCAUAAAAUCAUCCAUAUGGAAGAGAAACCCUUCAGCUGUUCUCAGUGUGGGAAAAGAUUUCACAAAAAAGAAGGUCUUAUUGCUCACGUGUCGAUUCACACAGGAGAGAAACCCUUCAGCUGCUCUGUUUGUGGGAAAACCUUCAACCGAAAGGAAAAUCUGAUCAGACACAGAAAAACUCACACAGGAAAUAAUCACCUGAUCCGUUUGGAGUGUGGUACAAGACUUACUCAAGAGUCAGAUUUGACAUUUCAUAUGGCACAGCACAGAGGGGAGAAACCCUUCAGCUGCUCCCAGUGCCAUAAAGGCUUUAGCCAAAAAGACAGUCUGACAAAACAUCUGAUAACUCACAAGGAGGAGAAACCUUUCAGCUGCUCCAUCUGCAGGAAGAGAUUUACAUGUAAAGAUCAACAGAUCGCACAUUCACGAAUUCACAGCAGAAAGAAACCUUUGCGUCACUCUGAGCACAGGAAAAGAUUCAAACGCAGGUCUAAUCUUCACAGAGGGGAGACACCGUACAACUGUCGUGUUUGUGGGAAAAAGUUCUCAUGGUUCAGAAAACUUCAGAGACACGUGUGUGUGAGAGGUCAGGGUUCAGGGCCGCAUCUGGACCCGGUACAGGAUUUUACAGAGGCACAACCAGAGGCUGAUCCUGUGGACUGUGGAAGACCAGAAACAGGCUGGAAAUCCAAUCCAGAGAGGUACUCAGGAGCAGAGAUUGAGGUCAAAAUCGAAGAGUUUUCUGAACCCGAGACUGAAGUCAGCGAUGAGGGUCAGAGGGACUUAGUCUGAGGUCCACCUGAACCCUCUGAGACCUGUGAGCAGCAACAUGAGGCUCUGAUGAAUCCUGGUACCCCCUAGAAAUCAACAAAAACACUCUCAAAAGGGGACCAAACUGGAGGACCAAAGCCCCAGAUCAGUCAGGCCGAUACCAGCAAGUUCUCCUUCACUCCUGUCUGUGUGAAGAGUGAAGAUGAUGAAGAGGAACCUCAGUCCUCACAGCUUCAUCAAAGACCAAGUGACCAGAUGGAACCAGGACCUGAUGGAGAGGACUGUUCUGGACGACCAGAACCAGACAGGAACUCAGAUCCAGAUCCAGACUGAACUUCUGUAGUAAAAAACACUAAAAACAUUUUAAUGGUAAAAUCCUGUAAAAGUGUCUUAGUGCUGUAAAACUGUUUUGAUCAGUAUAACUGAAAUCUUGAUACGAGUGUGUGUGUGUGUGUGUGUGUGUGUGUGUGUGUGUGUGUGUGUGUGUGUGUGUGUGUGUGUUGGGGGGGGGGUCAGUUUUUUCUUUGAUUUUGUAACUCUGAACUUUUUCUUCUGUUAAGUAUUUAAACUUCAGUGAUUGUAUUUGGACCCUCGUCUGUGUGUGUGUCUGUGUGUUUGUGUGUGUCUGUGUGUUUGUGUGUGUCUGUGAGUGCGUGUGUGUGUGUCUGUGUCAAUUUGUGUGUGUUUCUGUGUGUGUGUGUGUGUGUGUGUGUGUGUGUGUGUGUGUGUGUGUGUGUAUUUUCCAAACAGGGCAGCACUGAUACCUCUGACCUAGUGAUGGGAAGAUCCGUUCUUUUGACUGUACUGAAACUUUAGAAUAUGUUCAUUGAAACGAUUCGUUCAAAAGAUUCAUUCACUGAAUUAGUCAGUUCUUCAGAGCCCCAUCCUGCCGGUGCAGUACACCAGUGAGUGAAACAGCGGCAAGUUCGCUCAUUGACCGAUUCCCUCCCCUCCCCUGCUGCUGAAGUCACAGUGUCUGUGUCUCACUGUUGGUGGAAACAACACAGCAGCCAGCAGCACGCCCGCUAAACAAGUGUCGUUCUUUUAUAUGGCAGAAAAGUGGAGAGAUUAAAAAUAUAUGAACAUGGCAGCUGUAGCGGGGAUUCGGACACUUUUGAAGAUAUCAAAUAGCGUAUUUCUUUAAAUCGGCUGAAAUUAAAUCCUUCUUACAGGAGAGUUUAUACACGUGUAUUAAUGUAAAGGUGCUAUAAUGACCUGUUUUAUCUUCGCCUCAGUCAACCAACCGCUGCUCGGCAGGAAGGGAACAACGCUACAUCCCUCCCUCCUCUGCCAGAAUAAAGUCGUUCAGAAGUCGUUCGUUUCGUUCACUGAUACAUAUCGUUCAUUCGCUGUGAGCAAAUCAUGAGACUCCGCCCACCUGCUGGCUGUGUGUCAUUCGCCUAAGAGUCAAAGGCAGCAGUUCCACUCCUGACCGGCACACCAGGCUGAGCUCAACUGAACUGAAAAAGGAACCAAUCAGGUCUCUGAGUGAUUCAAUUCAUGUCGUUCACUUAGCAGUUCUUUUGAACGAAUCAUUCGUGAACAACACAACACUACUCUAACCUGAUGAAGUCAUCACUCUGGAUUUGGGACAGGAGUCAAACAAAGACUUGAGCUGAGGAAUGCAGAUAAAACUAUGGUAGAUUUCAUAGAUGCAAAAAGGUGCAAAAAUGAACCAGCAGAAGUCAGAGUGAAGUUGGCAGCCUUCAACCACAUCUCAUGACAGAUCAGCCGAUGGACCUCAGAACCAAACAAUUCCAAAUCCUUUAUACUUCUCCAACGACGUCAGAUAUGGUCCUUUGUAGUGUACUUUACAUUGGUGUCUGAUAGCCAACAACGUGACUUUUCCUGUAAACAUGUUUUGCUCGCUGACCGGCUCUGCCAAAUUUCCAUGUGUGACAAGGUCGCUGUGACCUCUCAGGCCGUGGCCUUCAUCCUGUUUUUCAACAUGUUGCAAAACAGGCCAUUAAGUCCGCUCUAGACUUUCUUUGCUCAAAUCUAUUGUCUAUAUUUAUAUUUAUAUUUAUAUUGUCUAUAUUUUCCCCUACAUAAUCCCCCUUUUUAAUCUUACAGGAUUAAACCCCCACUGAUGCCCUUGGACAAGUACAUCUAUCUUGUCCUAGCUUUGGUUACAUUAAAAAUAAAUGAGUUACGACAAUGUUAUGCAGUAUGAUAUUGGUACAUCAACUAUAAAUGCAUCUGUCACACCAUCAGAACAAUUCAACUUGUAUUUGUGAUCAGAACAUUCACUUUUAAUAAACACAAUGUUUAAUCAUUCUUUGAUUCAGUUAACCUCUUUCUGCGGCGUAGUGAUAUUUGCACAUGCGCAAUCGAAUAUGCAGAGGGGUGAAGCGAUUUUUGUCACGUGGACCAAUAGGAGCCGAGUCUCGUUGCCAUAGUAUCAGAAAUACACAAACAUAGCGACGAGCGCAUCCAGCAGCGAGACAAGCGAAGAGGAAGAAAAGGAAAAAAGAAAACAGCCUUCAAAAGUGCAUCAAAAAGGAACGAAACAAUGUUAUAUGCAUCUAUCAUCUGUCCAGAGUGAAGACGUUCUCGACUUUACAAGGACACGUUGGGAAACUUACAGAACUAGUAUUAGAAAGUGUCUUUCUCUACAGGGUGAGACAAAAGACCAGCCAGAAAUGUACAUAUAUGUGAGUAACACAAAAAACAAUUAUAUGGUGCUGCUGUUUUUGCUUGUAGAAACUGCUAUGUUGAUUCUGGCAAGACAAAAUCUUUCUCAGAUGUCAUAAAUACAUCUACCUAACAUCUGAAACAGUUAUUGGUGCCUUAGUAUACGCAUAAGAGAAUUCAGAGUAUGAAAUGUAGCAAAUUUCUUGAAGAAAACGUCUCAACUCAAGUGAUUUGCACCCAGCACAAUGAAAUAUAUAAAUUAAAUUUAGCUAAAAGCUUAUGUUUCAUACAUAAAAAUGACACAACCUACUGUGUAAUAAAAGCAAUAAAAUAUAAACAGCACAUCAUGGCCAUAAAUGGCUGAAAGUCAGUCAAAUUGCUACCACGCUCCCCCAAAAUUGGAAUAAUGGAAAAAUGUAACAAGACAAAAAUAAAUGCACAAAAGGUCUGAAUUAAUUCAAAAUAUGGUAUAAAACAUUUAUUCAAGUAUCACAGUGUCAAAACAUCUGACAUUUAUCAGUCCCUCUAGAAUAUGAAAAGAAAGAUCAAAACACAAACGCAGACAAAUGUAGAACAGAUAUAAAAAUAAUAAAAAUCUCAAAUCUCAGUGUAGCAAUCCUUUAAACAAAACAAAUUGUACAUGGUUACAUGGUGCGUUUAUUACUCAGCACUAUCUAUAUUUAUAUUUAUAUUGUCUAUAUUUUCCCAUACAAAACCACCUGCACCCUCAAUUCAGAUUAGAUUAUAAAAUAAUCUGUCCUUUGGUGGUGGUGACAAAAGGUGACAUGAUGAAAUGAGGUUAAAACAGGAUGAGUGAAACAGUGAAAAAUGGUCCACAGAAAAUUAUCAGCGCUUAGCGUAAACAGUUGUCUCACUACAGCGGUGAGAUUUAAAUAACCCGCCAAACAUCCCAAAACCACACCCCUCAGUGACCAUCCCAUGACGUACAUAUCCUAAACAAAGUUAUUUUAGCUCCUACAGUGAGUGAUUUUAAAACUUUAUCAUGGUGAGGAAGAGGAACCUCCGUCCUUCAGCUUCAUCAUAUUGUCUUCUCAGUUUCGUCACGCUGACAGACAGAGAGGGGGCGGAGCUUAGCUGACCUCAUAUGGAACUAACCCAGGUCUAUCAGAAAGUCCAAACUCUGAGAUUAGAGGGAGAGGAGAAGAAGAGAUGAGAGAAACUUCACAGAGCAGGUCUGUCUGUUAUUAGAUUAAAUAUGAAGUUGACCCUCAGACUCUCGACUGACCUUUGACCCCCGUCACAACUGUAGAAACCCACUCUCCCCACAGACUUCAGAGGGUUCCCCUGAUCCUGAGUGGAUCCUCACUCUUCGGUGAAUAUUUUUAUCUCCAUGAGUUUUAGAGUUUUUAAUGUAAAAUGUUGAAUUAUUUGGUGUUUUCAUCACAUUUACUGAGAUUUCUUUCUCCUGGUUUCUCUUUCACUCAGGUGUUUUUUACUUUAGGACAGGGCCAGAGUCAGCACCUUUAAAAGAGCAGCAUGUGUGUGUGUGUGUGUGUGUGUGUGUGUGUGUGUGUGUGUGUGUGUGUGUGUGAGUGUGAGGUUGGAGUUUUCUCCCUCUGUCUGUUCAGUUGUUUUUUGUUGAUGAAUUAAAUAACCCCCCUCUGAGACCGGACCUCUGACGUCUGUGUCUGAGGAAGACUCAGAGACCCCUUUGUGGGUUAGAUUUUAACAGGGUAAUUCUACACUAACCUUAAACCAGAUCAGACCUGUUCAGUCCUCUAUAGUACCACUUUCAGUGGUCAUGUGACCCAGAACACAGAAAUGAGCGGAUUAAGAAAAAAGACUUUAGAAGUUAAGAAAAAAGGAGGAAAAGAUUUUGAAAUAAUUUAAUUUAUUUUUAAAUAAUGUAAUUAAACUGUGACACUUUACAUCAAAUGUCAUGAUAGCGGAGUUUUUGUCAAACCAUGUUUAAAUCUCAUGUGAACGCUGCCAGCCAAUGAUCGCACACGUGCAGCAGUUUGAAACAGGUGAGGUGUAGGAGAGAGGACAUUGUAUUGUCAAGGCUGAGGAUGGGACAUCGUGCGUUGAAUGAAACAUUGAAAUUAUUGGGGAAACAUCAGACAGGUUUAUUUGAAGGGUGUGAGGAGUAGGAGUCAGUGGAACAUGUGGUUCUGAGGUAUAGGAGGUAUCGGAGGCAGAGGCAGAUAAUGAGGAGUAGGAUAAGGGAGUUAGGGGUGCAGGAAAUCACAUUAAAAGGAUUACUGGGUGAGAGAUCACAGGUUAGGAUUUUGUUAGGAGUGUUCUCAAGAAUCUGAGGAUAGGUAGGAUGAGAAGGAUAAUUUUGUUUGUUUGUACGGAAUGGGGUAGAGUGCUGGAAUAGAUUGUAAGUCUUGUCUGACCCACACUCCACGACAGGUGGCGAUAAUGCACCAAAAGCUGGUUGCUGGUUGAUAUUAUAUCUCAGGUUUGUUUCCCUUUUAUUAAAGUGUUCGUUUUACAACAGACACUGUUUAAAUAUAGUUAACAGCUUAAACCGAGCUGAAUCAUCCCAAACUGUAAAGUCAAAGUAUCAAUCCAGUGUCUGUGAGGCUCAGCAAAAAGACAGGACAAUCUUCGGUUGUCUGGAAACUUUGGAUAAAUAUAGUGAUCCGAUUCAUGAAUGAACAUGGAGCAUCUAAAUCCCGGGACAUUCAUGAAUGAAUGUGGACCAUCAAACUAUGGAAGAUUCCCUAUGGGAGAAAUGACAAUAAGGGAGGAGAGCGAAGGGAGAUAGGGCUGAAAUACGGGAGAAAAUACGGGGAACAAAAACAAAUAGUAGACUGACGGAGGGUUGGCAGGUAUGAGUUAACAGCAUUUGUUUAAAGUGUUUCAGUUCAAAUGGUUCAUUAAGUUCUUAAGUUCAUAAGUUCUCAAGUCUUAACCUUGUUCUGGUCUUGUAAUCCCAGGUCAGGGUUUUUCAUGGCAAGCUAACCAAGGAUUAACCCCCGACAGUCGACAUCCCCCUAACCCAUCAUCAACAUCAUCAUCAUCGUUGUCAUCACCAACAUCAUCAUCAUCAACACCAUCAUCAUCAUCAUCAUCAUCAUCGUUGUCAUCACCAACAUCAUCAUCAUCAACAUCAUCAUCAUCAUCAUCAUCAUCAUCGUUGUCAUCACCAACAUCGUCAUCAUCAUCAUCACCAACAUCAUCAUCAUCAACAUCAUCAUCAUCACCAACAUCAUCAUCAUCAACAUCAUCAUCAUCAUCAACAUCAUCAUCGUUGUCAUCACCAACAUCGUCAUCAUCAUCAUCAUCAUCAUCAUCAUCAUCACACUCACUGCAACCAGUGGGUGUGAUGAUUUCAUCAUCAUCAUCAUCACCAACAUCAUCAUCACCAACAUCAUCAUCAUCAUCAUCAUCAUCAUCAUCAUCGUUGUCAUCACCAACAUCGUCAUCAUCAUCAUCAUCAUCAUCAUCAUCAUCAUCACACUCACUGCAACCAGUGGGUGUGAUGAUUUCAUCAUCAUCAUCAUCAUCACCAACAUCAUCAUCACCAACAUCAUCAUCAUCAUCAUCAUCAUCAUCAUCAUCAUCAUCGUUGUCAUCACCAACAUCAUCAUCACCAACAUCGUCAUCAUCAUCAUCAUCAUCAUCAUCACCAACAUCGUCAUCAUCAUCAUCAUCAUCAUCAUCACCAACAUCAUCAUCAUCAACAUCAUCAUCAUCAUCAUCAUCGUUGUCAUCACCAACAUCAUCAUCAUCAUCAUCGUCAUCAUCAUCAUCAUCAUCAUCAUCAUCAUCAUCAUCAUCAUCAUCAUCAUCGUUGUCAUCACCAACAUCAUCAUCAUCAUCAUCAUCAUCGUCAUCAUCAUCAUCACACUCACUGCAACCAGUGGGUGUGAUGAUUUUGUCAUCAUCACAUCAUCACCAACAUCAUCAUCAUCAUCAACAGCUCCUCUGCCUCCGUUAAAGGUGGGGCUGCUGGACCACCACCCGUUUUUCUGGCAUCUGCCCUCUUUCUGUUUGCUGAGUGAAAGUCUAAUAUUGAGUGUACUGUGUGUUAGUUUAAUAUAUGUACAUAUACAUACUGAGAGUUAGUUUAAUAUUCCUAAUCAUUUAACAGAACAUCAUAAGAGAGUAAAAUUCAUUUUUGAGUGUGAAAAGAGCAUUUUCUAAGGGAUCAAACUGCCACUUAAUACUUACUUGACAAUGUAAAACAUGAUCAAAAUGAGAAAAUGCAGAUGUCUCACCUGUUUGCACAAUGUUUUUAUAUUUAAUUUUCAGCUGCUGCCAAGUGCGCUUUUGUCCCGCUGGAUUGCACCUACGUAAAAUAAAUUAAUUUGCUCCAUGCAAGCAGUUCCCCUGCAACAGUCUGUCAUUGUGAUUGCACAAGACUAGAUUUAAAGUUACGCAUUGACGCGAGCAGCGAUUUCCUCCCAAGCCCUCUCCCUCUCCUUUGCAGCUGCUGCUGUAUUGCACUUUCUUUUAAAAACGUGCUGUAAUUCGCCGUUGGCUUGCUGCUGCCCCCUCCUUCUCCCUGUUUCCAUUGGUUGAUCAAUGAAUCUGGGCUCCACAGAUGCUGGCUGUUUAUGUCUGGCGUGCACCUGCUUAACUCCAGGUCAAACUACUCGGAGUUGCUAAAACUGACUCAAAUCAGGUGUUGUGAAACCGGAAAGUCUGAGUUUCCUAUCUCAGAGUAGAUCAACUCAGAGUUAAGGAUUUGACUCAGAGUUUGUUGAACCACCUACGUGAAACGGACCCCAGAUCUCCACCUCACCAAGUCUCCAGAACAGUCCACGAGUCCAGACCUGCAGACCUUCUCCAUGUGGCCUUCCUGUAGAGCCCAUGGGUCCAGGUUCAUCCUAAUGUGGGAUCAGUGUUUUAGCUCGGACUCUUCCCAUGUCACAGGUCAAAGGUCAGUUAGUGCUCUUGUUCUGACAGUGUCCAAAUCCCAAUCUGACCCCUACACACUCGCCCUAAAUGAAGUUCCACUCACAGCUGUGGAGUGCGCCUCAAUUGAAAUGGAAGGGUAUAAACAAGACAGGCGGGUAUGGGAUGUCCUCCUCAAUCCACCGAAAAACAUAAAGAUUCAUUGCCAUCGCAACACUAAGAUGCGUCCUGUGCAUGCCAGCGUAAACAGGUAUCAUGUUCAGUUCUGAGCCGCUCUGGCUGCCUUGUUUCUUCAUCCUCCCAGUAAAAUCAUAAAUCCAGGAACCAUCACAGUGACAGGAACCUAAAUUAUACUUCUGGUUGUUAGUGAUUCCACAGGUCUGUAAACCCCUUUACUAUUUGACAUGUUUCUGACCAAUCAAAUCAAACCUCAGCACAGACCUUAAUUUGAUCUUUCCAAACCACGUCUUUUAUGAUUUUUUUUGUCAGUGAGACAAAGGUAGACACAAACAGAACUUAGAUUUGUUUGUAGUGUCCUCCUCCUCCUCCUCCAUUUUUGCCGGCGCAUUACCUGUAAAUCCCGCCAUAAGUGUGCACCAGUGCAGACUCACUAUUAAAGGGCUUCACUUGCCCUCCUCACUCUGUGGUUUGGGAUGGCCUUCAAUAUGGCAGAGCCUCCGCGGGGAUGCACAAACGGAGGGGGAGUGUGUAGGGCGAGUGUUUAGGGGCGGUUUGGGAUUGGGACAGUGUGCUGCUGCUGAAGGGUUCAGGUGUGUGGCUCCAGCUGCAGUCCUGACAUGGACCAGCAGGUGGAGCCAGACUCCAGGUGAUCAUAGUUUGUUGUCCAAGAUCUCCUCAUGUUCUUUUGGACUGAAACAAACUGGAGUCUGAACCUGGACCCACAGUCCUCAGAGACUCAGUCUGACAGUCCUGGUCUACUGAGUCACAACCCACUGAUCAGUUAGUAUCAGAGGAUGAAACCACAGAGAUCUGCUAAAGAACUGAAAUAUGAGUUCAGCUGCCAGAAACCAGUUUUUCUCAGAUCAACAUCAGAACAGAACAAGAGCAGGAGACCGAGACCGAGUCCUACCGGUCCACAACAGGACGACCCAGAGGAGAGAGAGAGACACACAGAGGAAAAUCAUUUAAGACAGUUUUAAUGUUUUUCAAAAACACUCCAGACCAACUUCACUCGUGUUUUUAUUAAAGUUCUGAUAGAGGAAGACCAAACAGGUCCAAAGUUCUGAUAGAGGAAGAACCAAACAGGUCAGAAGUUCGUCUGGAGGAACAACCAAACAGGUCCAGGGUUUUUUGUAGCUCAAAUUGAGGCAGAGGUGGCACCAUCCUGACCAUGCGCCAUGACGUGCAUGUAUUUUGUAAAUUCAACUGACUCACUUUCUUUUACAGGCAACAUACUUUAAGUUAAGAGUUCAAAAAAGAGUGUGACCAUUAUCAUGUUAAAGCAUUCAUUUAUUAAAACUAUAUACAUACACAAAUCAGCUGGCAACUUUAAAUUGAAAGUACACUUCAUCCACACAUCUCACAACCAGACACAGAACAUUUCAGCCUCCUCUUUUUCAUUCUGUAGAACCUCCUCAUGCACUCCUUGUAGUCCAAGGCCUCCUGGUCUGGUCCAUCAAUGGCCACCUUACAACAGACAUCGAAGUACCUCUCCUUCUGCAGAGGUGUCUUCACCUUAAACAAAACAAUUCAUCAUGCAUUAAGUAUUUUUGUAAUUAUUCUGGUAAAGACAUCAAAAACACAAGCCACUGGCUCUGUGUUUUUGAGAAGAUCUGGAAAGAGGAAUAAACUGCUCCACCCCAUAGACAGUACCUCCAUCACCUUCACCCCAGAAAAGUGCAACUCAUUCCUCUCCUCUUUUCAAUCCAAAAUCAACACAAGCUACAACUUCCUUCCCCCACCCUCCAUUCCCAGCUCCUCCCCUCAUCCUAUCAGCACUCUCCCGCUUCUCACCUGUUUCUUCAACCGACGUGACCAACAUCAUCUGCUCCAUGUCAUCAUCCACCUGCAUCCUGGAUCCCAUCCCAUCCUCCCUCAUCAAGCACUGCCUCCCCGUCAUCUCUCCCAUCAUCACACAGAUCAUCAACUCCUCCCUCAACUCCGCUACUGUUCCCCCUUCACUCAAACUGGCCGCUGUCACCCCCAUUCUCAAAAAACCUGGACUCAACCCUGACGACAUCAACAACUUCCGGCCCAUCUCCAACCUCCCUUUCCUGUCAAAAAGUCCUUGACCGUGUCAUCGCAUCACAAAUCAAAGCCCACCUCAACAAUAACAAUCUUUACGGACAGUUUCAAUCAGGAUUCCGCACCCACCACAACACUGAAACUGCCCUCAUCAAAGUCACCAACGACCUUCUCAUUUCUGCUGACUCCGGCCAACUCUCCAUCCUCAUCGUCCUUGACCUCUCCGCCGCUUUCGACACCAUCGACCACGCCAUCCUCCUGUCUCGCCUACACUCCCUCCUCAACAUCACAGACACCGCUCUUAACUGGAUCCACUCAUAUCUCACAGACCGGAAUCACUUCAUCCACAUCAACAACUGCUCCUCCACAACUGCCCCCGUGCCCCAAGGUGUCCCCCAGGGCUCGGUGCUUGGUCCCCUCCUCUUCAUCAUCUACCUCCUCCCUCUUGGCCACAUCCUCUGUCAACACAAUCUUCCCUUCCACUGCUACGCUGAUGGCAUUCAAUUAUACAUCUCUUCCACCUCCAUCACCCCCCAGACCCACCGCUCCCUCUCAAACUGCCUCUCUGAUGUCAAACACUGGAUGGACAGCAACCUUCUCACAGAUCUCCUCAUCAUCGGCCCAAACUCCCUCACCUACACAGUCACAGACUUUCAUCUCUAUUGACAACUCCACCCUCUCUCCUCCGACUGUCGGAACCUUAGUAUUUUCUUCGACAGCAACCUCUCCUUCACCCAGCACGUAAAGCAAAUCACCAAAACAGCCUACUACCACCUCAAAAACAUUGCCCGCCUCUGCCCCUCCCUCUCCUACCCUGCAGCUGAAACCCUCAUACAUGCAUUCAUUUCCUCCUGUCUUGAUUACUGUAACAGUCUCCUCCAUGGCACUACCUCCACUCUCCUCAAUAAACUUCAGCUCAUCCAGAACUCUGCCGCCCGCCUCCUCACCCACACACGCUCCCACCAACACAUCAUCCCCGUCCUCCAGAACCUCUACUUCAACUUGAAGUGAUGGCGAAUUGGUACUCCUUUUGCUUUCUCAAAAGAAAAAGAAACGUAGCACAUGGGUGCAUCCAAUAUUACAAAAAAGAAGAGAAUUUGGUGAGUUUCACUGCUUGGUUCAGGAGCUGCAACUGUACCACGGUCGCUUCAGAACCUAUUUUCAGAUGUCUGUUGGACAAUUAGAAGUUCUGCUGAAACAAUUAGCUCCAAGUUUGAAGAGACAGAGGACUGGACACUAGACACUAGUGUUGAGAUGGCCUUCUGUCAUGAUAUCAUGUACUGAGUCGGGGCCAGGACCAGAUAAGCUCAUGAAACUAUGGCAACAACCGCUUACAUUAGCACAGAUGAAAGUUAAAACAAGGACGUUUAGCAAACUGUUAAAGCACACAACACAUAAGUUGUCUUUCAGGUUGUUAUCUUUCUAAUAUUUGUGUCUUUUAUCAAAAAGCAUUCUGUUCUCCGACACAUAAAAAAUCAGCCGGUCGGCCAUGUUGGAUAUACCGGUGAAUUUGACGUCACAACAACACGCAAUCUGAUUGGUCAGAAGUGGACACACAAUAUGGGACUUUGGAAAAAUCGACCGUGAUCCAAAAAAAUAAAUGCCACAAUAUCACAGGAUGGGAAAACGUCGCUAAUGUGAUCGCUUGUAUUGACAGGAUACGGGUUCCAAAAAAAAUAUUGACGUCCAAAAUAAUCGCACAAAAAAAAACGCUUCCGGUGUGAAAGGACCUUAAGAAGAGAGGUGGAGUCUCUAAUCUAAAGCUGGAUACCCGGAUCUUCGAGUCCUUUUUUUUUCUCUGAGUCCAGUUUUUACUGACGCCAACAUCAAACCUGGUUUUCAUUUAAAUGAGUCUCUUUAUUGUUGAACAUCUAAACAAAAUGAAGACUGUGUUUUUGAUUCUGGAGUGAAGGUCUAUCUCAGCGUCUUGGUUUUCCACUCAUGCAAUUCUAACAUUGAUCUGGAUCUUCUCCUGCUGGUGUCUCUCCUCAGGGAACUCCAGCUGAGUGGAUCAGAGCCGCUCAGUGGAUCGUCACCCGAAUGAUGUCCUCACUGUCCUCAGUCUUGAUUACCAUUUGACCUCCUGGACCAGAGUCUCUGUCUGGUUCUGGUCCCCCCUGCUCCUCUCUGGUCUCCUCUGGCGGGUCUUGAUGGGACUCUAAAGGGUUAAAACUCAAACACUCCAGUCUGUCGAACUGAAACACACUCUUCAUGUGGGUUUUCAUGUGUCGGUUCAGAUAUUUCUUGCGUUGAAAUCUUUUCCCGCACUCGGAGCAGCUGAAGGGUUUCUCUCCUGUGUGCAUCCUCAUGUGUGUGAUCAGGUCACAGUUACGGCUGAAGUUUUUCUCACACUUGGAGCAGCUGAACAGGUUCUCUCCGGUAUGCAUCCUCAUGUGUGUGGUCAGAGGACUUUUCUGGGCGAAUCUUCGGCUGCACACAGAGCAGCUGAAGGGUUUUUCUCCUGUGUGACUCCUCAUGUGUGUGUUCAAAGAGCUUUUAAGGGCAAAUUUCUUACUGCACUCGGAGCAGCUGAAGGGUUUCUCUCCUGUAUGAAUCCUCAUGUGAAUGGUCAGAUCACCUUUCUGGGUAAAUCUUUUACUGCACUUUAAGCAGAUGUACGGUUUCUCUCCGGUGUGAAAUUUGAUAUGUGUGGCCAGAUCACUUUUACGACUAAACCUUUUCCCACAGUCGGAGCAGCUGAAGGGUUUUUCUCCUGUGUGUACGAUCAUGUGUCUGUUCAGGUUUUUCUUCAGGGUGAAUCUUUUGUCACAGUCAGAGCAGCCGAAGGGUUUCUCUCCUGUAUGACGUAACACGUGCCUUGACAGAUUGAUGCUGAAGCUGAAGCUCCUGCUGCACUGAGAGCAGCUGAAGGGUUUCACUCCCCUGUGGCUUCUCAUGUGGUUUGUCAGAUUAUCUUUACGAGGAAAUGUUUUCCCACACUGAGAGCAGCCAUGAGUUUUCUGAGUCAUCACUGGGACCUCCUCAGACAUGUCUCCUCCAGAGUUUGAAGCUGACUGAAGAUCAGCUCUCAUUCUCCUCUCAUCACCCUCAUCAGACUCAGAGGAGUCUUCAAGUUUCACCUCAAUCUCUGCUCGUCUCCCUGGAUCUGAGUCCCUGUCUGGUUCUGGUUUUCCACAGUCCUCUCCAUCAGCUCCUGUUUCCAUCUGUGAGGACUGAGGUUCUUCUUUAUCAUCUUCUUCUUCCUUAUCAUCUUCACUCUUUACAAUGACAGGCACGAAUGGAACAUCUGCUGUAUCAGCCUCCUCCAGUCCUUGAAGCUGCUCUCCCUCCUGACUGCUCCACACUUCCUCCUCUUCCUCUUUAAUGUGGGGGGGUUCUGGUUCUGCUGGGUCCUCCCGGUCCAGACUGGAGCUGCAGUCUUGCUGCUCAGAAGGUUCUUCUCCACCCAUAAUCAGCUGCUGGACAUCUGCAGGGGAAUCUAAAAUAUAAAGAGAGAUGGGGGACGCAGUGAGACAGCGAUCAGAGGAUAGGAGGACAGAAAACUCCAGAAAACGGUCAAACAGAGACAGAUGGUGUGUCCCAAAUCGCAUACUUCCAUACUAACGACUUAAAAUUUUGAGUAUACUCAAUGCAAAAUGGAAAGAAGUAUGGAUAGUAUGCGAAAAUUGAGUAGGCAAAAGUACCCGGAUGACGUACUGGGUGAAUUUUUUUGAUGACUUUACUGAAUUGCUGUCUAUAAUCUGUAUUGACUUUGAGUAGUGAUUGUUGGUGAUUUUAACAUUCACGUUGACAACCCCCAGGACAGAGGCACCAAAGAAUUGUGCUGUCUCCUUGAUAACUAUGGUUUGACCCAACAUGUAACAGAGCCCACACACAAUAGAGGUCACACUCUAGACUUCAUUAUUUCCAAGGGCCUGAACAUACCCAAAAUCAUGGAUACUGAUGUUGCUAUCUCUGAUCACUCCUGUGUGUUUUUGAGAGUACUAUUUCUAUGCUAUUCACUACUAACUACUACUAGAGGUAAUCACCAAGCGGCUUAUCACUGACAACACCAGUGAAAUAUUUAAUCAGGCUUUGACUCUUCUCCCAGCUCUCUCACGGCUCUCGGUCAAUGAGCUUGUAGAAGACCUUUGCUCUAGAAUCACAAAUGUGAUGGUUGCCAUUGUGCCCACCAAGGUGAAAAUAGUCUCUGGCAAGAAAAGAUCUCCAUUAGAGAUGCACCGAUCAAUCGGCCGCCGAUUUAAAAAGCCGGUUUUAUAUCCAACCGGCCCCAACCGGUGACCGGCCGGUCACUGUCGUAAUUUGCCGGUUUUCCCCGAGCAAACUGACCCGCAUGCGCGGUGCGUAUCAGCUCAGAGCAAAACUGCUAAAAAUUAGCAAGACUCAGGAGGAAAACAUGUCGGUGAUUUGACACUGUGUGCCAGAGCGACCCAAAACACGCUGUUUGUAAUGCUUGCAAGUCAAAAGUCAGCCGUGGAGGAUCAACGCCUAAGACAUUUGGAACAACAAACUUAAUACGCCACUUGGAAAAGAAGCACCCAGGCUUGUUUAGCAAAUAUAAGGAAUACACUGCCGCUAAGAGGAGGGAUGCAGCAGAGUCGCAGCGACCACAACAACCCUCCGCCGUGGCUCCUAUGUUCGACAUCAGCACUGAAAAGUCCAAAGCCACCACUAGGAAAAUAAUGGAGUUCGUGGCACUGGAGGACCAGCCGUUUAGCGUAGUACAGGGUAAAGGCUUCGUAAAUCUGAUGAAACACCCUACUUGGUAAUUUGUACCGUGGACUCAGGUGUUUUGUCAGAUUUACGAAGCCUUUAUCCUCAAAAGAUUCAUUUACAGAAUCACUGAAUCAUUUAGCGUUUGGUGGGAGAAGCCUGUGACUCCAACCUCCUGAACUGAUACACAGCUGAACAGUCCAGGAUUUAGUUCAGAUCAUAGCUUCUGGGACCGGGAGACGAGAGUGUUUGUCUGUGUGGCUUUGGCAAACAGGUUUGUAAAAAUGAACUUGCUCAUAAGUCAUGAUGUUUUAAGUGUACUGUCCUACGGUAUGCUAUUUAUCAGGUCUGCUCAGUAAAUUAGACUCAGUGAAUUAUUUGUUCACUGAACAUUGAGAAGAAUUCACACUGAACAUGCACCGUUCCCUUGCAAACUGCUGCAAUGAUAAGAUGCUGCGGGUUUAAUGCACUCCCUGUUACAUGCUGUGUCCUAUUGUAUGAAAGUUGUUGUGGCGGCAAUUUAGCAGUGAAAAAAAAAGUAAGUUUGUCUAACAAAAAUGAUUCCAGAGAGUGUAGUUCAAUGCGUGAUUCGUUCACCAAGGGAUUCAGGCGUUGGUGAAUGUGGUCCCUCGUUCGCCGACUGCUCACACAGCAAUGCUGCAUGCUAUAACAUCUGCCCUGCUGACAGCUAAACUGAAGUGAGAAACGAACGAAUCACUUGAGGAGUGAUUUGGUUCAGUACAUUCACUUAAAAGAUUCGGUUCUUUUGAACGAAUCGUUCGCGAACGAUACAACACUACUCCGGGUAGAAGCUCUAGGAAACACCGCGAGUUCCGGGGAAAUCACCAACAUCCAACGUGAAACGAACCGCGAAAACAGACCGAACAUCACUGCUACAGAUCCAAAAUAACUUUACCGGAACCGGGUCAGACUCUCAGAAAGUUCAACAGCCAGGAGAAAAGUCGGGAAAAAGUCAGUUUUUAGCGGCAGAUAACGAAGGUGACCGGACUGGGAGGUUCUGAGAAGGUUCUGUUCAGCCCCCCCAGGAUCUUCUGCUCUUACCUGCUGCUCUGGUCAAGUGGAUCAGCUCAGAUGUUCUGAUCCCAUCAUCAUCAUCAUCAAGCCCAGUUUUUUUUGGUCGGUGGAGCUCCUCUUCUUCUCCAGAUCUUGUUGUUUGUCCUGUCAGGAGCAGAUCCAAGAACCCGGACAUUUUACACAUAUCCAGGAACCGGACCAGGAUCACACACCGGGACCAGAACCAGGGCGGUUUUAAAGACUUUUAACCCGCUCAUGGAGGACCGGAGCUCAUCAAUCCAAGCUAGCGUCUUUACGGAAAAGAAGCUUCUCAACCCGGAAGAGAAACAGAAGUUAGUGUAAACUCGCUUGGCCUUCAGAAUAAAAGCCCAGCUAUAAUAGUGAAACUGGAUGUGGAUUAUCUCAGUCAGACUCUGCUGACUGAGACAAAUGGAUGAAACUUUUCUCUUUCAGUGUUUCUGCUCAUAUUGACAGAAUUUGACCAAAUCUCUCCCUGGACGUUGGUCUGGAUUCUCAAACAUAAAGAAGUUCUCUCUGGUCCGUGAAAAAGUAAACCCGUGGAGGAUUUCUUAACAUGUGCGCAGGAAGAAAAGACACAUUAUGAUGUUCUCCUGAUGAAAACUGGUAAUCUAUUAUUAUUAUUAUUAUUAUUAUUAUUAUUAUUAUUAUUAUUAUUAUUAUUAUUAUUAUUGUCGUUAUUUUAACAGUUAUUAUCAAAAUGUUAUUAUUGUCAUAAUAUUGUUAUAUUAUUUUUGUUCUUAGGAUCAAUUUUAUUUAUAUCAUCAAUAUUGUUAUAAUAAUAAUUAUUAUUAUUGUUAUUAAUAUUAUGUUUAUUAUUAUUAUUAUGUUUAUUAUCAUUCUUAUUAUAUUCGACAGACUUCAAUUUAAAACUCUAGGAGUUUUUUGGUUUAAAAUCAUUGAUUCUGUUAUUUUAUUGGAGGCUGCACUAAUCACAAUGGCAGGUUCAUUAGGAUGAAGUUUAAAGGAACAUUUCACACACUGAGAGGAGGACACUGCUGGCUUUAUAGAUAGAAAUAACCUCAAAAAUAACCAUGACAACAGUAUUUUUUCCACGUAUUUUUAUGUGUUUAUCGUAUGACAUGAGAAGGAUCAGAGCAAACAAAACAGAGGACUCAUGGGGAUAGAGGGUCAUCAUUUUGGAUGUUGGGUCAGAGUAAUCUGAUUGGCUGAGAGGAACUCCAUUAGGUCUGAUCCAGAGAUCGCCAUCACUGUUGGACUCUUACUGUGAUAUAAUCGACAAUAAUAAUCAGUCUGGAUCAGACCUGCUGAAGACACACACAGUCAGAAGUGAAGGACACCUUUUAGGUUACUUAGCUGUAGAUCACUAUGAUCCAGUUCGAGCAUUAACGAAUCUCACGUUAAAAAACUGAAUAACCAGUAAAAUUAGUCUGAGAUCAUGUCACACACAGUUCAUUUCAAACAAAAUCAAACAAACAGAAAUCCUCUUCAAAGGUAUUUAUUUAUGGAGAAUAUUAAAUUCAGGUGGUCAGAUGUUCUUACAGUUAAAAUCCCACUCUGAUUUUUAGAGAUGAACUCAUCUACAUCCACACAAACUGUCAUUCUUUACCAUUUAUUUUAACAUCCAUCAACAGAUUUCCACAGAGAGCAGCAUGAAACCAGAAGCCUCAGGAUUCAGAGGUCUGGGGUCUACAGGGUUCCUCUUCACUGUGAACUGACAUGUGUUUGUCUCGACUCGCUUUCUGGAUAAAGAGUUUCCCACACUUGGAGCAGGUAAAUGGUUUCUUUUCACUGUGAACUGACAUGUGUUUUUCCAGAUUGACUUUUUGGAUAAAUGUUUUGCCACACACGGGGCAGCCAAAUGGUUUCUCUCCAGUGUGAAGUCUCAUGUGUCUGAUCAAAUUACCCUUUUCAGAAAAUUUUUGACCACAUUUAGAGCAGCAAAACGGUUUCUCCCCUGUGUGAACUGACAUAUGUCUGUUCAGAUGUCCACUGAGGAUAAAUCGUUUCCCACACUUAAAGCAGCUGAGAGGUUUCUCCUCCUGGUGAAUGGACAUGUGUCUGUUCAGUUGAGGUUUCGAGCAGAAGCUUUUCUGGCAGACUGAACAGCUGAAUGGUUUCUCUCCUGUGUGAAGUCUCCUGUGAUGGGUCAGAUUGGCUUUUUGAGUGAAACUUUUCCCACAUACAGAGCAGCUAAAUGGUUUCUCCAUACUGUGGAUUGACAUGUGUUUGUUCAGAUUUCCUUUUUCAGUAAAUCCUUUACCACAAACGGAGCAGCGAAAUGGUUUCUCUCCUGUGUGAACGGACAUGUGUUUGGUCAGAUGCCUUCUUUCCUUAAAUUUUUCAUUGCACACAGAACAGCUCAAUGGUUUCUCUCCUGUGUGAACCAACACGUGAUGGGUGAGUUGUUGUUUAUUGCAGAAGCUUUUGAAACACACAAAACAGCUGAAUGGUUUCUCUCCUGUGUGGAUUCUCGCAUGUUGGGUCAGGUGACCUCUUUGGGUAAAACUUUUCCCACAUACAGAGCAGCAGAAUGGUUUCUCUUCACUGUGAAUGAACAUGUGUCUGGUUAGACCUCCCUUUUCAGUAAAUGUUUUCCCACAAACCGAGCAGCAGAAGGGUUUCUCUCCAGUGUGGAGUUUGGUGUGUUGGAUGAGAUGUCCUUUUCGGUGAAAUCUUUUACCACACAGAGGGCAGCAAUGUGAUUUUAAUCCAACGUUACACGUCUUUUCUUUGGCAUUUUCCUUAAAAUUUAAAUGAUCUCCAGUCUCUCUCACAUCAUCACUGUCAUCAGUCUCAGGUUCAGUAGAGUCCUCGAUCUCCACCUCGAUCUCUGCUUGUAAAGAACUCUCUGGAUCUGGUUCUGGUCCUCCACAGUCCUCUCCAUCAGCACCUGGUUCCAUCUGGUCCCUUGGUCUCUGAUGAAACUGUGAGGUUUGAGGUUCCUCUUCAUCAUCUUCACUCUUCACAUAGACAGGAGUGAAGGAGAAUUUGCUGGUAUCAGCCUCCUCCAGUCCUUGAAGCUGCUCUCCCUCCUGACUGCUCCACACUUCCUCCUCUUCCUCUUUAAUGUGGGGGGGUUCUGGUUCUGCUGGAUCCUGCUGGUCCAGACUGGAGCUCCACUCCUGCUGCUCAGGAGGUUCUUCUUUAACCCCGGACAGCUGCUGGACAUCUGCAAAAGAGACAGUGAAAAACAGACAAGCUCAUCAAGAGAAGCUCUUAGUUUCUGUUGAAACAUUUUCAGACUGAAUCUCUAAAUGAUCCAAACUCUUCGAGAUGAAGAUGCUGAAGAUCAACCUCAGAAGGACUGCAGUAUGGUGUCUCUAUAGUGAAAAUCACCACAUGGACUCAGAGUCACUUCAUAACCCAUCGACUGUGAACACUAAUGGAUCUAAAUCUGAGGGUCUCUGUUCUAAAACUGAAGGAUUUCUUUUAGUUUAUCGGUAAAUAUAAAGUCAUGGAUUUCCCUUUAAGGAUCAACAAAGUUCUUUUGUUUUUUUAUUUAUUUGAUUAGAACAUUAGCACAUUAAUUGACAUGUCAGCAAAAUCCUGAAUCGAAAUAUGCCUGAGUCAGCAGAAACAGAGUUAGCAGAGUCAGCAUAAAUGUUCAUUUUAAUCUGCUGUCCUUUGAGGUUUAAACCAGUGGUUCUCAGCUGGUCUCACUCUGGGACCCACAUUUUCCCAUAAUCUUUAAGUCGCGAGUCAUUUUUAUAAAAUUCAAACCAAGAAAAUGUAUUUUCAAUAUUAAAAAAAACAACUCAUAAAUACACUUGUUUUAUUGAGUAAAGUGCAUUUCAGAGCACAUGUACUGAGGACGACAGCUACUCAAGUUGCUUAUACAGAAAGUAUCAAACAUCAAACAAGAUACGUUUGGUGUGACAAUCUUUGUAAAAAACUCUCUGGAUCUGGGUUAAGUGAGGUUAAUGGUCAGGGGACCAAUGGCGAAAAUGGGCCGAAAACAGCAGAAUAACUCUUUAACUGUUCGUCUGAGAAAAAAGUCUAAGUGCUCAAAAUCAAAGAUCUCGUUAAGAUAAACGUGCCUGUAAAAUUUCAGGCAGAUCGGACAAAGUUGACGUUCGUGGUGCUCUGUAGGGGGCGCUAGCAAGCCAUCUUUUAUCCCUUUUUUUGGGUCACUUUAAAACAUUGCAAUUUUCGCCGGGCCCGACCUGCCUGCAAAUUUUGGUGAGUAUUCGAGGUCGUUCAGGGGGUCAAAUUUGUGUUUUCGGAGGCGAAAAAAAUUAAUAAUAAUAAUAGUAACAAUAAUAAUAAUAUUAAAAUAAUAAAACAAUAAGACUACUACUACUACUAAUAAUAAUAGUACUACGACUAGUAAUAAUAAUAAUAAUAAUAAUAAUAAUAAUAACAACUUUAUUUCUAUAGCACUACUGUAAUGUCAUCCCUGAAGUCAGCAGCAGGUCUGAGGACCACAGGAACCUGAACCAUCAGAAAGUCCCCCUAAAGAAACUGAACCCAGACCUUCUAUGGUCAUGUGGAUCAGCUCAGGUGUUCUGACCCCAUCAUCAUCAUCCAGCCCAGUUUUUCUUGGUCGGUGGAGCUCCUCUUCUUCUCCAGAUCUUGUUGUUUGUCCUGUCAGGAGCAGAUCUUUCAGAUCCUCAAACCCGGACAUUUUACACACAUCCAAGAACCGGACCGGGACCACACACCGGACCGGGACCAGGACGGACCAACAGACCUUUAACCCGCUCAGAAACAGGGUUAGCUCAUCCUGCUACAUGCUAACCGUGAUCCAGAGAGAGGAAGAGCGCUUCACAUCCGUAAACAGUAAAUCUUCAAAAUAAAAGCACGCGGAGAUGAAAACACAGUUUGUUUUAAAUUGUAUUUUUAGACUCGAGGAAACCAAGACCAGGACUGGUCAGAUCUGGAUUAUCAAACCCCUCUGGUCAGCAUUGAUCAAUAAAAGAUAAAAAACAGAAACAGCAGAAAUUAAAGUUAAAGCAGGUCUGGAGGUUUUUACUGUUGGAGGUUCAUGAAUCUGUAUGACAGGAUUUAUAAUCCUAUGUUGUCUUUGAAUUAAUCUGAAUAUAAAAAUGGUUUUUAAUCAAACAGAAAUUUAAACUCCUGUCCUGUCAUCUGAAUGUGGUCAAAAAUAAUUUUAAAGAUUUUGAAUUUGUAAAAACAGAGAAAUAACCGGAGAAUCAGAUUGAUGUCCUUCCAGAUCCUGAAAAUUCAGCUGAACACUUUUAUCAUUUUUAGUCUGUUUUUCUAACUGCUCUACACUCCUGAAGAGAAACCCAAGUCUUUCAGCUUCCAGGUCUCGAACCUGUUAGUCUGAUCUUCCUGUUACAGAGAAAACACAAUAACCGAAUCUAGUCCUCUUCCUGUUCUGGGUUCAUAGUUCCCUCUUUGAGUCCUGGUUCUGUUCAGAUGUCCGGGUCAGAUAGAGGUGACACUGCUGUUUAGGUAUCUGUGGUCAUUAGGGUGAUCAUCAGGGCGAGGUCAGCUGUCAGAGUGACACAAGAGUGAUGUAAGAGUGACACAAGAGUGAUGUAAGAGUGACACAAGAGUGAUGUAAGAGUGACUCAAGAGUGAUGUUUGGAGUGAGGGGUUGGUAUCUAGUGUGAAUAAAAAAAGUGAAGUGUCUGCUCUUCAUGAAUCUAUGACAUAGAUGCUGCUCACUCAUGAAGAACUGAAGAGUGUAAUAACACCUGAAGACACACAGAAACAAAUCAAUCAGUGAUUGGACCACCGGUACCUUCAGCUCUUUUCUGUUUUUUCCCUCAAAUUUUGUUCAGCAGGUUUUUCUUUUUCUUUAGACCUGCUGAGUUUUGACCUCAAAUAAAAAUAAAAAGGUUUCCUUCAUUAACAGUUAUUUUUUAUUAUUAGGUCAUUUAACUUGGAUUUUAACUUCGGCUUUUAUUCAAGAGUACCCAGAUGCAGCGCCAAGAUGGCGGACCCAAAGAUAAAAAACCACAUUUACAAAACGCAAUAAGUUUCCGCAUUACCUCCGAUUGGCGGACCCAAAAACAUGAACUUUGAACUUCUGCUUUGCGAUGCCAGAACAGUAGGUGGCGGUAUGCACCUAAACUUUCUGACGGCAAAAUUUACAGAAGAAGAAAAACUCUCAGGAAGUUUGAAAAGAAGCAAGCCGUCCGCAUUCAUUCAAUCUCACAUCCGACCCACUCAAACUAACCCUAACCCUGCAUUCCAUUGUUUCCAUCAUGGGAAAUCUAAGUGACGCUCUCAAAUUAACAGGAACAUUGCGCAGAAGAUAUGUCCUGGGCAAUGGACUGAGAAAACGGGCAGAGAUUUGGAGGUAUUUGUGCAUGCUCUAUAUUACAGUUGAAAAGUGUAUAACAGCUUUCCAAUGCUGUUACUUGUGGCGAACACCUUUUUGCUUGAGUUGAUGCGUGCCCGCAGGUGGAAUAAUGUCACAUGUCACACACAUUUUCUGUUGUUUUGAUUUAUUUACUCAUUCAUCAUUUUAUGUGCGCACCUCUCCUAAUCAACCCACCCAUUAAAUAGACAGGCACAAUAGCACCAUCUGCUGGCACAAAAAAUACAUAACAAUAAACUGCAAAACCCCAAUCUGGCUCCUACAAAGUCUAUGUGACAAGAUGAUUAACGUUUGCUUUUGUUAAAUCAGGGCUUCCCCAGCCAGGACUUCGGCUCAGACUGUGGCAUAUUCAUGUUGAUGGUAGGUCAUAACGAGCUGUAAUGCACAAAUAUUGUAUCUAGAAUAACUUUCCAACAUGGACUUUUUUAAAGUUAUCUCACAUGCUGUCUCAUAAUUUUUUUUUUUGAAGUCUGCCAUGUACAUCGUUAUGGAGUCACAGUUUGACUACUCAGUUGUAAGUACUUUUCAACACGCAGUGUCAUCCUCAAGAUUGUAUUUUGUAUUGUGCACUAAAAUGAAAUACAAACAACAAUUUCAGCAUGACAUGCCUGUUUGGCGGCGAUGGUGGUGCCUGUUGCUCCUGGAGAACAAUUCUUUGAACAGGUAGACAGUUUAAGUAAACUAGAUGUCCUAAUUAACUGGAAGACAAUCAAUAUAUUGUACUUAAAGAUAUAUUGUCAUUACAGUUGUGGGAAAAUCUUCGCCCACUGGACCAAAGAAUGUCAAGAGCUCAUUGCUGGAAAGCAUACUCCGGUCUUCAGUCUAAAGAGGAAGGCAGAGCAGCAGGACAUAGAGUUUAGAAAAUUGCCUUGUAAAAACAGUAUUAUCUCAGUGGGAGUCCUUCAAAAUGCACACAGUUGUAUGGAUCAACAUUGUCUCGAUGUAUUUGGUAAUUGAUGUUACUUUUCAAAUUGACUUGUCAAGGAAACCAUGACGCAGACGGCAUCGGAUGUCCAAAGAAUGUGCAUGGCAGAUUCAAUGCAAUUCUGUGUCUACCAGACAUCGAACAACACAGGAGAGAGGUGUGUUGCAGACUCAAUUUAAUAAAUGCAAUUAUCGGGGCCUAUUCAGUGAUUUUCCAUGAAGUGACCACUUUUACAUAUAGUUUAAAUGCACGAAUCAUGCAGGAAAAUUAUUUAUACAUUCAAAUGUGCUGCAGAGGUAUAAUCAAUUGGACAGCGUGUUUGUUUAAUAUUAUGUUUGUCUCUCAUUUGAUCAGAUUGCUUUACCCUGAGGGUAGACGACAUUAAACGACUCAGUGACCCUUUAUGAAUGAAUCACAUUUAACGACUCAGUGACUCUUUAUGAAUGAAUCACAGUAAACAACUCAGUGACUCUUUAUGAAUGAAUCACAUUAAACGACCCAGUGACUCUUUAUGAACGAAUCACAUGAAACGACUCAGUGAAUCUUUAUGAAUGAAUCACUUUAAUUGACUCAGUUACUCUUUUUGAAUGAAUCACAUUAAACGACUUAGUUAGUCUUUAUAAAUGAAUCACAUUAAACGACUCAGUGACUGAGAGAGUUGAAGGUAAACUGUGAACAUGAUUAUUUGGUAUGAUCUUCAGUCCCUUUAGAAACACAGAAACACACUUCUCCUUUGAACAAAUGCACACUAACACACAACAAAGCAGACAGUCGUGUGUUCGACACUCAAUACUUCAAACUUUCAUUCAGGUAAAGGUGGAAUAAUGAUUGUUGUUGAUUCAAGUUCUUUAGAGAAUGGAUUCAGGAUCAGCAGGUCGGACCUGGACCUCAGUAAAAAUCUGAAACGGCAGGAUAUUAAAAAAAAUGCAUGGUUUAAAUGAGGGUGCUAACCGGACUUCUUUUUGGAUUUAAUUUCUGAACUUCUCCAUGAAUUUUUAAAUCAUAUGAACUUUUUAGGAACUUAACUAUGAAUUUCUCACAGGGCUAUUUUCAACCAGUAUAUAAAUAUCAAGUUUUGUUGUCAGGUCGUUUGUCUAUGAAAAAGUAUGAGGGCUAGCGUUUUUUUGAUAUUUAAGUUGACCCUCCGUACACAGUACAAUUUGUUUGCCACUUCAAAGUUAGCAGAAAACAGAAGUAAUUUAUUGUUUCACUUAACUGAUUCUGGCUGGUUAGCGGAAGACCAGUGGUGUGCUGUAGAAUGCACUCAUGCAUCCACUCAUUAACUUCCUAAAGUGGAAGAAAAUGAUCUCGUGAUAAAAAAAAAAUAUUGGAUCAUGACAACAUGUCAAAUGGAGCAGCAAACUUUUGUUCUGUUUUUAUAUGUCUCAAAAAUGCUCAUAUAGAGGUGUACUUGGGUGUAUAAACUGUACAGUAAGCUGUAAAGGUAGAGAACAUUAUAUCUUCAGGACAGCAAAUAUUCUGAAUCAGAGGGCUAUUGUUUUCGGCUUAUCUGAAUAGUCUGAAAUCAUUAAAGGCGCACGCUUUAGAAUGCGUCCAAUGGUAAGGAAAACUUGGAUUAUUUUGCCUUGUUAAGUACUUUCAACCAGAGGUCAGAGGUGCAUUCUACAACGCAACACUGGCGAAGCGUGUCAAAGACUCCAUGAAUCCUUAGGUGUUUGGUCAUGUUGGUCGUACACCCUCCUUUACAUGAUAUAACUGUGUUGCUAAUAUUGAUCUGAGAAAAGAGUUCAUUCUUCCUGCAAAAGUUACACAAACUUUUGACCACCGCUGCUGUGGGUUGCAAUGCACUCUCUCUCUCUGUCUCUGUCUCUGUCUGGCUUCAUCUCAUAUGCUUCAUCUCAUAUGCUCGUCUUCGUUGGUAUUUAGCGGCGUCUUCCUCGCUGGUGUUCAGCGGCUAUUUCUUCCGGUCUGUGAACUCCGGCAUUGAAAUUUGGAAUUGAAAUUUUAAAAAGUGUUAGUCCCGAUCCCCAUCGAUGCUCGAGACUCGAUACUCAACCCUAGUGCAGAGUCUUCAAUGUCGUCUUGCUGCUUCCUUGCACUUCAAAGUUAGAUUUUCAUUAAGUGUAAAAGUCAUGUCUGCAGAUAUUAACCAAGAGAGACGAUGAAGACAUGAAGAUCUUCAGAUGAGUCCUCAGGUCCUCAGCAGGACCAUGCUCCGCUUCUAUGGAUGAUGAAGGGGUUUUCCUGGCUGUGCUGAGUCAUGUGUUUUUUCACACUCUCUUUUUGGGUAAAUCUUUUCCCACACUCAGAGCAGCCGAACGGUUUCUCUCCUGUGUGAACCAGCAUGUGUUUAGUCAGAUUUCCUCUUUGAGUAAAUCUUUUACCACACUCGGAGCAGCUGAAGGGUUUCUCUCCUGUGUGGAUUCGCAGGUGAGUGUUCAGACUUCCUUUCUGGGUGAACCGUUCACCACAUUCAGAGCAGCUGAAGGGUUUCUCCCUGGUGAGACUGUCUAAAUCUCUGUUGACAUUAUCGUCAUUGGUGUUUGUGUCCUGAGCAGAGCGGGGGGGUUUCUCUCCUGUAUGAAUGCGCAUGUGUUUGCUAAUAUUCUUCUUAUGUUUAAAUCUGCGGCCACACUCGGAGCAGCUGAAGGGUUUCUCCUCACUGUGCACUAUCCUGUGGUUGUUUAGGCUCCCUUUAGAAUUAAAAACUUUCCCACAUUUAAAACAGCUGAACGGUUUCUCUCCAGUGUGAAUGAUCAUGUGUUGAAUCAGAGGGUAUUUACGGGCAAAUUUUUUACCACACUUGGAGCAGCUGAAAGGUUUCUCUCCUGUGUGAGUCUUCAUGUGUUCAGUCAGAUGUCCAUUUCUUUUAAAUGUUUUCCCACACUGAGAGCAGCUCUGUGGUUUCUCUCUCAUCUUCGAUCCUUUCCGUUCAGUCCUGACCUCGGUCUCUGGCUGUAAAUGUUUUUCCAUAUCUGAGUCCCUGUCUGGUUCUGGUCGUCCACAGUCCUCUCCAUCAGCACCUGGUUCCAUCUGUGAGGACUGAGGUUCCUCUUCAUCAUCUUCACUCUUCACACAGACAGGAGUGAAGGAGAACUUGCUGGUAUCAGCCUCCUCCAGUCCUUGAAGCUGCUCUCCCUCCUGACUGCUCCACACUUCCUCCUCUUCCUCUUUAAUGUGGGGGGGUUCUGGUUUUGCUGGGUCCUGCUGGUCCAGACUGGAGCUCCUCUCCUGCUGCUCAGGAGGUUCUUCUUUAGCCCCGGACAGCUGCUGGAUAUCUGCAGGAGAGACACAAAGAGACACAAAGAGAGAUCAGAUGUGACUCACUGACAGUAAAUGUGGAUCGGUCCGUCUUUCGGUCUGAAGCUGCUGGUUCUGUAAAGUUGGAACCUUGAAGUCUAAAGUCAUAAAAACACAUUUUCAUUUUUUUUAAAUUUUUUUUUUUUAAUCAAGUUAAAAAGUUCAACCGACUUGAAUCUAGAACCAGAACUCUGGACCACUUAGCAAUUGUCCAGUUCUUUGUCCUCUCAGUCCAGGUGGGACUCUGAAGACCUUGUCUCUGGUUCAGGAGGGUCUUGACAGCAGGUCCACUUCCUAGUCUUGACUGUGUGUAGUGGCCCAUCUCCUGCCUCAGUCCGGUCCUUGUGAAGCUCCCCUAAAGUUCUUGGGCUCUAUUUUCGGUGAGGCGACGUGGCGCAGGCGCAGCGUAAGUCAGGUCCACCGCGCCGACAAGGCAUUUCCAAGCACAAUUUUGGUGAGUGCGCAGCCCGGCAUAAGUAUCCCCCCUCCCUAAUUCAGCUCCUCCCAGCAGCGUGAGUCGUAGGGAGGGAGUGGAGUGGGUUUAACACAGCCGAGACCUGUAUUCACCAAUAGGAGGUUUUCAGUCACGUGAUCCUGACUUCGCGCGAGGACCAAAUGGAGGGCAGGAAGCGACCGACUGCAAUGGAGGAGAUAAACCGGUUUAGAUGUGUGCCGGUAUUUAGCCUUAGAUGGAGUUUACCACCCGCUUUGGGCUGCAAAGCGGGUGAUCAGCUCGUUAUCAAGCUCUGUAAUGGCUUAAUAACGAGCUAAUCAUUUGAAUCAGGUGUGUUGAAGCAGGGAAACAUCCAAAACAUGCAGGACAGGGGGCUCCAGGACUGGACUUGAGAACCACUGCUGUAGGCAGAGAUUAAAAAGCCAUUUUUUCCGUCAUUUUUCAGUCAGCUUCUUAUGUUUUUCCCCUUUGUGUAACACUACUUUGGGCACACGAUAAAAGCUCUUGUUUUUUUCCCUGUUCAAUCGAUUCGAGCAGCCGUAAACCGAGUAAAACAUCGGCAUGUUGCUGGUCUCUAUCGCCGCAACUCACUUCCUGCCCUCCAUCUGUAUUGCGCGCGUGCCGCGUAACACGGAAGUGACAUCAAGUGAAAACCUCCUAUAACAUAGGCUCCUCUCCUCGCCUUUAAAUCUGCCACCGGCGAGGCAUAUUACAAUUUUUGUAAAGUAGUCAAAGAGAUCAAGAGAUGUCUGAAGACAGCAAUGCCACACGAUGUGUCGCUGUAAGCGCUGCAGAGGGCGUCCUCCACACUGUCUCAUAUGAGCACAAAUGGAUUUGGUGUGUGGCGAAUGCAGACGGUGCAAUUGGACUGACCGGGUUCUGGCUGAGGUGUGUGGGGUGAGGAGUUAAGUGAGGUAGGAGGGGGCUGCACCGUGAAGACAGAGAUGGGUGUGGAGGAGGAUUUUGGAUUUGAUGCGGAGAUGGACAGGGAGCCAGUGCACAGUGCGAAGGAUGGUGGUGAUGUUAAAGGUCCCAUGGCAUGCCAAUUUCACACAACUUAAAAUAGUCCCCUGGUGUGUUAAAAUCAUGUCUGUGACGUCCUUCGGUCAAAAUUCGAUUUGGAUCAAUUAUUUUAGUGCUCUUUGUAUCAGCUAAAAACAGCUCUGCUCAAAGUUGGCCCAUGUCUCUUUAAUGAAAUGAGCUGCACCUAAGCCACGUCCACUUUACACCCAUCUCUCUGGAAGGGGCUGUGGCUGUGCUCCGAUAGCCAUGUGCUAAUGUUUGCACUGGCUCGGUCAUGGCUGCAAGAAGAUCGCUCGUACAACCCUACCAGUUUGAGCCAGAGUCUGACCCAGAGGGAGAGGCUCCAGAAGAAACUCUGAGAAGAAACUUGAAGCGACCUAGUCGACACAUCCUAUGUAUUAUUCAAAGCCGCCAGGAGGGUCACACUUAAGGAAGAUAUGAAUGUAGAAAAAAUUACAACCAGAGCUCUGCUACAAUGUAAGAUUUUGGUGCUCUAAAACUUCUCUGAAGCCUUUGCUAAUAAAUAAGAUGGCCGACCGUCCAGCAUUAGCCGGGACGUCCCAUAUUUGAGCCAAAAGAGGCGCGUCGCCGCACGGGUAAAUGCUAAAGCUACAUGCUGCUCCGGAGGAGGAUUUUGUCCCCCGUCGCCUUUGUUUAUCAAAGCGAGGUGGCCGUGCUGAGGCACCGGGGGGAAUUUAGGCUAAACAGUAAAUCAAACUAAAACGUUCAUACUUACAGAUGCCACGUUUGUAGUAGGAUCACGGAUAGUUGGUACGGAUCCAUUCUUUAUCUUCAGACAUCUAGCAAAUCCAGCAUUGAACUGUCCCUCGUUGAUAAAACAGUCCGAAGUGAAAUGGUGCGCACAUACGUACAGAUAUUUUGGAAGUGCCGCGGGUACAUUCCCAUUAUAAAUAAAAUCCACCAUUUGAGUCCUCAAAUCCUCCGACGAGGGAGUUUUCAAGAGUUUUGUGCUCGUUUGUGCAGCCAACAACAGAGCAAACGCUGCCUCUUUUUCAGAUCGUACUUUCGCCAUGGUUCUAACCGGAGCAAUGCGAGCGAGCGGCCGGGAAUAAUGGCGCUGUUUUGAUAAUUUAGUGGGCAGGGCAGUGGGCGGCUCCAUGGGCAGUGCCAUCAACCUGCCAGCACUGACAUGACGUCAUGUCAGUGGAGUUUUCAGAACGGCUCUGAGCACACAGUUCCUAAAUACGGAGAUCACUACAAAACGACUGGAUGGAAUUUUUUCGAACUUGGGGGGAUUGUAGCGGUUUUCUUUCCCUGAUAUGCACCCCCCUCCCAUUAACAAAGUCAGUUUUUCAUGCCAUGGCCCCUUUAAUUUUUGUAAUAUAUGACUCCACAACGACAAUAAUAAUUUUGUUUUAUUUCCUAUAUCAGGAAUUUGUUUCAUUAAACUGAGGAAAACUCUAAAUCAAUUAUUUUAAAAAUCCUCAAAGAGAAACAGAUGGGAUUAUAAAGCAACAAAACAGAGAGAGGAGGAAAUGCAGCUCAGAGCCAAGACUGCCAAUCACCCCCACUAACCCUCCACACAGAGGAUCGAAAGUCCGAUCCUGCCUUUUGAGCUUCAGGAACACGCUGUCCCACAUGAGGACCAGAUCCUGGAUGAGAGGAGGAGCGCCGGGCUGCUUUACUUUACAGAAAAAUUUAAACAUGAGAAAAACUUUGACAUAUUUAGACAUGAGAACAACUUUACCGACAUAUUUAGACAUGAGAAUAACUUUAUCGACAUAUUUAGACACGAGAAUAACUUUAUCAACGUAUUUAGACAUGAGAAUAACUUUAUCGACAUAUCUUAAACUUCAGGAAUGAAAACGUUUUAAUUUUAAGUAUUUAAUUUUCUGACCUGUCUGUUUUUGCUUUGGUGAAGUUUCAAAUUCAUUUUAGAAAUAUUUUCUUAAUCAAUAUUGUAGCGACUGUUGGGGUUUAGGUUUGUUUGCAUCUGUGACUCGUGACAAAAUCAGUGACAAAAAAGUAAAGAAAACAUGCUGAUCCGGGUCCAGAACUUCUGCCUUUAAAUGAAAAAGCGAUACGAUGAAAUGAGGUCAAAACAGGAUGAGUGAAACAGUGAAAACAGUCAACAGAAAAUGAUCAGAGCUUAAUGAAAACCACCUAUCUGACUACACAGGUGAGAUUUAAAUAACCCGCCAAACAUCCCAAAACCACACCCCUCAGUGACCAUCCCCGGAAGUGACAUACCUAUAAAUCAUAUCCUAAACAAUUGUAUUUUGGCUCCUACAGAUUCAAUAUAGUUUUUCUCCUUUUAAAUUUGAUAUCACUCAAUAAUUAUUAACAUUUAAAAAUAUUUGACACGGUUUCAGUGAUAAAACGAGUUAGAAAGUCUGUUUUACACAACUGAUCCAGUUCAACUGAAGCCUUCACUGACCUCCAUUCAUUCUGUCUGAACCCAGAGACCCUAAACCCAAAACCUGAAUCUCUUUGGAGAUCAUUUACCUAACUGUGGACCUUUAUUACCGAUUAGAUUACGGUAAAACAUCAUCAUAACAGGAAGUCCAGAAAAUCUUCAAACCUCACUUUCUCAAAUAACCUAUAGGUCCAGUUAUCUGAACCAGAACUCUGACCUGCUCUUUCCCGUUUUCCUGUUAGAAUCACCAGCAGCAGUCCUCUCCUCCUCCUCCUCUCUUCUUCCUCUCCGGAUGUUCUGGUCGUUCCGGUUCGGGUCGCAGCGAGCAGCUUCCGCUUGAAGAACUCCUUCAGGUCCUCAAAACCUCCUGACAUCUUCAAAAACCGGAGGAGGACCACAGAGAAGAACCAGGACGGGUUUAGACCUUUAUUCUGCUCAUAAAGAACUACAGAGAGAGGAGCCCCGAGACCCGGAAACAAAAGCACAGUUUCCGGCAAGAAAUGACCUUCAAAAUAAAAGUACAGUGCUGCCGGUUGAACACUGAGGGAGGACCCAUUUACAGCUGAUUUUUAAAAUUUGUUAUGAAGUUAUAAAAAAUGUAUACUGAAGAUAUGUACAGUAUACUGUAGAUAAACUUUAGGCUACUGCUCUUUACACUGACAGGAAAACCGACUAAUCAAACUCGGACCAGAAAAGUGUUUUCAACCCCCCAUGUCCCCAUGUCUCAUGCAGACAUGCAGCUGCCUCAGUAAGAGAAGUAGCUCGAUCACGUAAUGUGUACUGUUAUUUGUUUGUUACUGGCACGGCUAACAGUGUAGCAAGGCUUAUAGCACAGUUAGCUCUAACUUAAGCUUGCAUAUUACAUGGUGCUUCACCGUUAACUCGGUGUGACCGAGACCAGCACGGUGAGGAACAUCGUGAAGUGGAUUGAACUGAAACUUGUUGACUUGUUGUGUAUUUCACAAACUGGUUUAUUUACCGUUUAGGCAGACCACUCUCCUCAUCCCUGGGCUGCCAGCUUCAGAUCCGUCACUCUGCUGUGCUGUGAGGGAGUUAGUGGAUGAAGAUUGUCAUGAGGUCGCUGCGCCAUCUACAGGAUAAGUCAUGGAACUUUUCAAAUGGCGGAACAUUUUCGAAGUGAAAACGAAUCUUAUUCUCCGCAUUUUAUUUCUGAAAAUAUCGGCGAAAAUCGAUGAGUUUUGGCCGAUUACCGAUUAGUCUCAAACGAGUUAAAAUUGGCCAAUUUAAUCGGCUCGCCGAUAAAUCGGUCGGGCCCUAAUAAAUAAUAAUGAAUAAACAUGAAUAAUUGUGAAUUUUCAUCUUCAACUGAGUCUGACUGUUAACAACAUCCUGGAUCAACAAAUCUGGAUGACUGCAGGGGGGUAUUGCACAAAAGUAGAAUAACGAAAUCCAGGAUAACUGAGCAAGCUCGACUCCACUUAGUCUUAGGCUGUGUCCAAAAUGGCAUACUACUCGUACUACUCAUACUAACCCCGCCCCCUAAUUGAGGAGGCAGUGCGUUCACACUGUACAGUAUGCGAAUUUUGUGUAUGCGAGAAAUGCCCGGAUGUAUACUCAAUCAGCUUCGAUUUCUGAGUAUGGAGCGGAGCUUGCUUCACGUACUGCUUCUGCCCCACAAUGCAUUGUGCACUUCAGCUGGUAAUAUGGCCCUUUCCGGAGGCUGAAAAGAAAUAUAUGGCAUGUGAUUGCAAUAAUAAUUAUAUAUAUAAAUAGAUAAACAAUAUUUAGUCAGUAUACAUUACACAAUUUUUAUCAUUUUAUCAUAUUUUCAUCUUUUUACCAGAUUUAUUUGUAUUUUAAAUUAGGAUUAUAGGUAAUGUUUUUAACUAUUCGUAUGAAUUGACUUUAUUUAUUUAAGUGUCUAUUAAAGAUGUAUUUAUUACAAGUUUGAGUACCUUCUCAUCUCUGAAUGCAUCAUCAAAGUGGUCACUCAUAUUAAGCACAGACCUCUGAUUAAUAAAAAUUAUUAUUGGUAGAGAGCACAUGGUUCAGAAUAUACAAACGGGGGAGUUUCCAGUUGACAAUGUAUAUGUGAGCUUUACUAAUUCUUACUUGUGGUUGAAAAUCCAUUAGGAAGUACAAAGCUGCCCUGAAAAAAAGAUGCCUUUGUCUUCUUGCAUGGCGGCGCUCUAUGGUUUUCAGCCUACACCAGGCAGAACUACCUAAUGGUUUCUGAAAUUAUCAUUGUACAUGAAAAGAAUGUAGUCGGGAAAUGAUGUAUUUCCGUAGGAAUAACCGAACGAGGUCAUAAUAAUUAUGUUGUGUGUUGGUCAUUUUGCAGCCCUAUGCUGCUCAUCACACGCCCAGCAGGUGGUGUAUAGCAUUAUCACCAUGGAUACACAGGUGUUUGUUCAUUGGCACCGCUGCACAGCUGACUCGGCGGAGCAGACGCGCAUUUAAUUUGCCGUUGGACGAUCAGUUACAUGGAGGGAACCCUGUAUGUCCAGGAGAUCUGAAUGGGCUUUCCUUCUGAACAGCCGCAAAGUCUUCAGGUGCCUGCAGAAGAUGGUGUUACUAUUAGUUUGACACCUGAGGACUUUGCGGCUGUUCAGAAGGAAAGCCCACUCAGAUCUCCUGGACAUACAGGGGAAAUGAUUUGGCCAAAAAUCAGGGAAAAAUUACUCAGAAAUACAGGGGAAAAUUACCUAGAAAAACGGACCCAAAAUUAAUUACUCAGAAAAGCCGUUUGUUUUAAACUGAAGUACAUACAAUAUGCUUCCGUACCACUCGAGCUGUCAUCAUUAUUAUUAAAGGAGUUACUCUCCACUAAUCAACAGUUGUACACUUUGCUUUAAAUGAGGCAAGUAGAAGUGCAUGUUACUCAGGAAAUGUAGAAUAUAAUUUUCUGCAAACAAUUAUCCACAAUGUGUGUCAGUGUUGUCUAAUUAAUGUUUUUUCCCAUGUCAUCUUUUUCAAAUCUAUUUUUUGUAUAUCCUUCAUAAAGAACAAACUUGUCUGGCCAGAGAAGGACCUGGCAGCAAGUCAAAAUCAAAUACAAGAACAUUUUACAGGCAGUUAAGUGACUUUAGUCAAGAUAACAAUGAACAAAUGCGGUGAAUAGUUUAAGUGUCUGCUGACAUGUUGAAUAUCUGUAUAAUUGUUGCAGUAAAAAAAAAAAAGCCCAUAAAAGUGGCACGGGGGGCGGCCCACCAAGCCAGGAUUUCACCCCAGUGGAGGAGCUGGCCCUCCACACGAAUGAAGGGAGGCCAGUGAUGGAGGGGAUCCAGGGAGGGACGGCCACAGACUGUGUCCCAGCAACACAAACUGGCUGCCUCAUACAAGGUACAUAUUGCAGUACUACUGCACAUGGAACACAAUUAAAUGAAUAUAUUAUACUGUCUGACUUUGGAUUUCCUUGCAGUGUCUGGGAACACAAUGACACUUCUGGAGCCACCAGAAGAUGAUCCGGUUUGUACAUUUGAUUCAAAUCACAGGCUUGGCAUGUCCUGUCAAAAAUCUUCAGAGAAAAUAUGCAUGUAUGUGUAUGGCAGGGGGAAGGCACUUCUGCAGCGGCGGGAUGCACUUCAGCAGAUGAGACCAUCUCAGUAGACUCCAGAAGGCAUGAGGUACCAUGUCAAUUUUUUGAAAAUAUCCCGAUUUAUUUAGUCCAUUGAGGUCAGUGAUAUGGUGCUAAUACAAAAUAACGUGUCACAGGACCCAGACUCUGCACAGCCUCCUAGGCUGCCUGGUAACAUUGUGAGUAUUAAGUAAAGCUACAUUUUGCAUAAAUUGUGCUCUGCUAAUUGAUAUUUAUUUUACAGAAUGCACACCAGAGAAUUCACCUGAUAAUACAAGAUAUCAUUUAUUAAAGUACACAGCAGGGGUGAAGACUCAUAAUGUCCAAGGUGCUUAACAAUAAAAAGUGUGGCUUAGCUUGUGAGAGUCUCUCGAACACUUGACAAGCCCGAAAGACUCGGGAAUCAUAGACUGAGCCCGGCCACCUGGCCUCUAAAUUGGUCACAAGGCAGUCAGCAUCACAGAUCAUCUGAAACGAUAAGAUGUGAGAUGUAACCGAUUACAGCCCUUUAAUGCACAUAAGUAAUUUAUGUAGGUCAGAGUAACCACAAAAAACUCUCACCUGAACGUUGAUGCUGUGGAAGGAUUUCCUGUUAAUGUAAUCCCCCUCAUGUUCCCCUGAGGGGCGUUUAAUUCUCACAUGGGUGCAAUCUAUUGCACCAAUGACAUUAGGGAAGGCUGUAACAAAAAUAGUGAGUAUCCAAUUGUGCCUGAUGAAAUUCGAAAGUAGUGGUUGCAAGUUGACAUGGAUGUUACCUGCAAUCUUGUCAAACUCCUCCUUGAUGUAGAGGGGUCUUCUGUGGCCAGGGAAGGUGAUAAAUAUAUGUGUGAGUGCCUUCAGAGCCAGACAAACACGUCUUAUUGUGCGGCAAAUUGUUCCUUUAUUGAGGUUCUCUCCAAGCUCCAGCUCGCAAGGAACCUCAAUGUCACACAAACCAUCUGUGGUACGGUGAGGGCAUGGCUUCGUCCCGUCUGGUGCUGAAUUUUAGGACCCAGCAGCCUACAUAAAUAUCGGAGUCCAUCACCAGAGAAGCGAUUUCUCUCAAAGAGAUAUUCGUCUCCAAAGGCCAAUGGGUCCGACCUGUCCCAGAACACUCUUUGCCGCCUAAAUGCUCGUCUAAGGAUUAGGGCUUCCUCGUCCAAAACAUCCUCCGAAAAAAGGGCAUGUCAUGAUGAAGAGGAAAACAGGUGAAUGGGAGUUGAACCUAUAUACUAUACUGUUGCCCUCGUCACAGACUGAAUUGAAACCACCUUCGCUAUCUCAUCAGCCAUUUUUUCUAAUCUCAAUAACUUUAAUAUUACACAAAUUCAUCAAACCUCUGAUGGCAAUUUGACAAGCACUCUUCAUUUGCAUAGCAAUGUAACACUAGAGCUGACAGUAAACAUUAUGCCACAUGAAUUAAUAUAAAAAGACAGUCAACAGACUGCAAUAAAAUGACAAAUUUCAAUAUAUCUGUAAUAUUUUAAUGCAGGACGAUUACAAUAAUGCAACAUAUUUAGAAAGAGCAUGAAAAUGCUGUGAAACAUACUAAUUUCUUACAGGCUUGACAGUCAAACUACCAGAUGAACCACUAGGAUUAAUCUUGGCCUAGUUGUUAGCCUGGUCUGGAGCAGGCUAGCUGCAGAGAAUAAAUCACCAUAGUAACUUGACCACGUUAAAUUUGACCUGCUUUCAUAUCCCGGCCUAAUCCCUUAUCUUGGAUUUGUGCAAUACCCCCCUGAUCUUCAGGUCCUCCAACCUCACUCAGUUUUUUUGUGAUGAUUCCAGAAAUCAGCUGAUCUGUUUGGACAUGUGAACUCUGACCUGUGUGGAGGUCUCACUCCUUGAGCAUCAACUCCAGUCAGAUGAAGAUCCUCCACGUCCAAAACACGUGAAAGUUUUAGAUUAAAACUGAUUUAAAAUGUUAAAAAAAAACAUGUUUUUUUCUCUCUUUUUGUUGAAGCAGUCAAGAGUACACACCAACACACACACACACACACACACACACACACACACACACACACACACACACACACACACACACACACACACACACACACACACACACACACACACACACACACACACACACACACACACUUCAGAUAUCACUGUUUACAGUUUUUGACUCACAUGCUGAUCAGGAACAAAAACAGGGGGAUAAAAACAGACACUCAGACCAAAAACUCUAACAUGGCCGCUCUAAUCCCAGAGACAUGGAGAUACCUAUGGCAACACCACUGAGACAAACUUCACACAGAACUACAGGAACACAGUUUACAGACUUCAGGAUCAGGUUUUAGAGAAAAGCUCAUUAGCAGAAACAGAUUCAUCUUUCGGACGUGGAGAAGUUCAUGUGAAGUCGGACUGAAAUAAUCCUCCUGUUUCAGUUUUCACGGCUCCUGUUCACGUCUGCGUACGUCACAUUAAAGGUUCAUAUUUCAGUCUCGCUUACCUUCAUCCUCUUACAGAUUCAGUUUAAAAACAGAAGCAGAACAACAGCAGACAGGUUCAACUGAAGGUCCCGUCUCCUUCAAACCAGCUGAAAUCUGUCAACAUCAUUGCAGAGUUUCUUCAUUUACAGGAAACAAACAAGAAGCUCAAGUCCAGGACAGUCCAUGUUGUGGUCUAGAACAUGACCGGGGAACCCUUCAGAAGAACUCAGACCGGGUCAGUCCACAGAGACUUGAGGAGCAGCUGUUAGGAUGUGAGUCUGGAGGUGUGUUCACCGUUGGAGGAUCUGUGAGGGUCUGAAGAGACUCCAUGUGGAUCCUAAAAACUCUCCUCUGCAGACCUUCACCCUCUAAGUCUGCUCUCUCUAAGUACUGAUCUCCUGAUCCACUUUGUUCUCUGGGGUCAGAGCCUCCUCCCUUCACUAAGGCCCGAACUACACGUAUAUGGAUAUUUAUUUAUCAGGAUAUUUUUGUACUCCCAUCUAAAUAAAUAUAUCUGUCCACACGUGUCAGUUCUCAAAAAUAUCUGCGUCCACGCGUAGCCUUCAAACUCAAUCCUAUCUGGUGCCGCUUAAAAAACAUUCAGGAACAAAGCUAACUGAUUGGCCGAUGAAUCCUAACAGCGUGAUGCGUCAUGCAUUGUUUGCGGAAGCUACGCUAGUGCGUCGGGUCCAUGUAACGGACCAUGUGACCAGUAAAAGUAUUGGCCGCAGCAGACGCGUCUGUGAGCUGCUGACUGGUGGAUGUAAUUGUAUAAAACAAGGUUCACUUGCAGGGAUGAAAUUAGCCCCAAAAGGGCAAAACAAACGUAAAGAAAACCCUGUCUGUCCGCCAUCGUUGUUGUUGUUUUUCUUUUUAAUUCACAUGCGCGAGCUGCGGUUUGACGUCAUCGAUCCGUAAAAGUCCAACCACACGGAUCCACUACUGAUACGGGCUACGGAUAUUUUUUUAUUUCUCCACUUGUUUUUCCGGAUUCAGAUUUAUCCGGUUUGAGUGUUCCAAACUCCCGUCUUGGUGUGGUAGGGAGGCCUAAUUGGACAUAAAUAUGUGCGGUUUGAAAUACAUCCGCAUUCGUGUAGUUCGGGCCUAAGACCAGAGAAGGAGGUGGAGGUGCAGCGAUCGCUCAUGCUCAUGUUUGUAUCAUGAUAAGGAGACAGCAGCAGCUUGUUAGUUAGAGAGAGAGAGACACAGAUUUACUGAGUCAGCCCAGAGAAACCGGACUGAUGCUCCAACAAACCUGUAGAUUUAUCCAAAGACACUUAAAUACAGCAUGAAAAUAAAGUUACAAGGAUUCCGCCAACAUUAAAUUAGGGUGAUGACACCGCUGUGGUGGUUCUGUGAGAGCUUCUUCUGUGACAGUCAAGAUAUUCUGACCCUGGGCCUAAUUUUCAGCAGGAUUAGAGAUUUUUGAAUCAUCACUAAACUUAAACUACUUCAGUAAAAUCUUAAAGCUUCACCAACAUCAGUGAUUAUAGGGACACAGGUCAGGACCAUCCUUUGGCGUUACUGCACAGCUAAAAUGGCUGACACAGCUAUCAUCGUCUGUUUGAGGUCAUCAUGUGACACUGCAUCACUGCAUCCUCACACCUCAGCAGAUCAUUUCACUUUACUUAGACUUAGACUUAGUUCCUCUCGUUCCUGUGAACAUUGGGCGAGGAGUCCCCUCCAUUUGCUCCGGUCCCUAGCGACCCUUCUUGCUCCAUGCCAGCUGACUCCCAUCUCACUCAGGUCUUCCUUGGCUGUUUGUCUCCAUGUCUUCUUUGGCCUCCCUCUCCUUCUUUUUCCCUCCUCUGGCAUCCAGUCUAUUGCCACACUUGCCGGUCUCUCUCUUGGCAGUCGGAGUACAUGUCCGGUCAUUCUCUUUCGCCUGUCAGGGAUGAUGUCAGACAAGGGUGUUACACCUGCCCUUCUCAUCACCUCUUCAUUGGUGGUGUGGUCUCUCCAUGAUAUCUUUAGGAUAGAUCUGAGGCACCGUCGAUGGAAGACAUCCAACUUCUCACAGGCGUAGGUCGCUGUAGGGAUGACCACUGACAUACAGAGGUGUAGCUUUGUAGCCGUGGUGAUGGAUUUCGAUGACCAGAUGUUCCAGAGUCGUUGGAAGACUCCUGCAGCUUUGCCAGUUCUGGUCUGUACGUCUGUCUCCACGUCUCCAGUAUUUGAGACGUUGCUUCCGAGGUAUGUGAAGUUCUCGAUGUAUUGUCUUGUUUGCCCAUGGUGAGUGGUGGAAGGUGUUGAUGUUGUGCGACAGUCAUGGCCUUGGUCUUUUCUUGGCUUAUAAGUAGACUGACUUUUGCUCCUUGCUCAUGCAGGUUGUUUGUCAAUUCUUGGAGUGCAAUGUGGGUAUGCUAAAUGAGGACCAAAUAGUCUGCAAAGUCUAGAUCUGCCAGUCUUACCCCUCCCCACUUGAUGCUGUGGUUUGCCCCGAUGACAGUUUUCCUCAUCACAAAGUCAAUGACUGUAAUAAAAGGUAGGGGUGACAGGAUGCAACCUUGUCUUACACCGGUCACGAUUUCAGAGUCAUCGUUUGUGCUGUUGGUGGUUUUUACUCAGCAAGUGGAGUUGUGAUAUAGGGCCCUGAAGAUUUUGACAUACUUUCGUGGUAUACCGUAUAGUUGGAUAAUAUGCCACAGUGAUUCUCAGAGGAUGCUGUCGAAAGCUUUCUUGAAAUCGAUGUAAUUAAUCCUGAGGGGUGUCUGGAAUUCUUGGCACUGUUCUAUGGUGUUUCGGAGAGUGAAGAUUUGUUCGGAGCAGGAUCUACCCUUUCGGAAGCUGGCUUGCUCUUCCCUCAAGAUGGUAUCUACCUCGUCUUUCAGGCGUUGGAGCAGCACACUGCAGAAUACCUUGCCAGGGAUAGACAGCAGCGUGCUUCCCUGCCAGUUGUUAAAAGGCUGUUCACUUUAAAUUUGGACAAAAAGAUUCAUGUUGAAGGAUUUUAGGGAAGAACAAAUUUAGGUGACAAAUCUUCUUCCAGUGAACAGCCAGCCGGUUUCUCCUCUUAUCCUCAUGACCCGGAGCUCUGGAUGACAAACGUUUUCUCUCCGCUGUGACGAGACAUGUGUUUAGUCAGAUUUGCUUUUUGGGAGAAUCUUUUACCACACUCAGAGCAGCUGAAAGGUUUCUCUCCCGUGUGAACUCUCAUGUGUGUGAUCAAAUGUCCUGUUUCAGUAAAACUCUUCCCACACACAGAGCAGCUGAAUGGUUUCUCUCCGGUGUGAACUCGCAUGUGUUUCGUCAGAUGUUGUUUCCACAGAAAGCCUCGAUCACACCAAGGACAGCUGAACGGUUUCUCCCCUGUGUGGACGGUCAUGUGUGUCGUCAGAUUGAUCUUUUGGGUGAAUCUCAUGCCACACAUGGAGCAGCUGAACGGUUUCUCUCCAGUGUGCACUCUCAUGUGUGUGCUCAGAACCUCCUUUUGACGAAACUUUUUCCCACACUCAGAGCAGCUGAAGGGUCUCUCUCCUGUGUGAACCCGCAUGUGUUUGAUCAGAUGCUGUUUAAAGAUGAAGCUUUUUUCACACCUGGAGCAGCUGAAUGGUUUCUCCCCAGUAUGAAGUGUCAUGUGUCCAAUCAUCCUCCUUUUUUCAGUAAAUCUUUUCCCACACGCAGAGCAGCUGAAGGGUUUCUCUCCACUGUGAACAUACGUGUGAAUGGUGAGUUCCUUCUUGGUGGAAAAGCCUUUACUACAAACCAAACAGCUGAAGGGUUUCUCUCCGGUGUGGCGUGUCAUGUGGAUGGUCAGAUCAGACUUCUUGGUAAAUCUUGUACCGCACAUGGAGCAGCCGAGUGGUUUCUCCCCAUUGUGAACAUACAUGUGUUUGUUCAGAUUUCCUUUUCCUGUAAAUCUUUUCCCACACUCAGAGCAGCUGAAGGGUUUCUCUCCUGUGUGAACUCUCAUGUGUGUGGUUAGAUGGUCUUUUUUGUGAAAUGUUUUCCCACACACCGAGCACAGAUGCGAGACCUUUUUUUCAACUUCUUCCAGAGGACCAUGAUCCCCAGUCUCUCUCAGAUCAUCGUCUUUAGACUCAGGUCCAGAAGAGUCCUCGAUCUUGACUUCAAUCUCUGCUUGUAAAGAACUCUCUGGAUCUGGUUCUGGUCGUCCACAGUCCUCUCCAUCAGCACCUGGUUCCAUCUGGUCCCUUGGUCUCUGAUGAAGCUGUGAGGACUGAGGUUCCUCUUCAUCAACUUCACUCUUCACACAGACAGGAGUGAAGGAGAACACCUCCUCCAGCUGCUGCUCUCCCUCCUGACUGCUCCACACUUCCUCCUCUUUAAUGUGUGGGGGUUCUGGUUCUGCUGGGCCCUGCUGGUCCAGACUGGAGCUCCUUUCCUGCUGCUCAGGAGGUUCUUCUUUAACCCUGGACAGCUCUUGAACAUGUGAAGGCGACCCUGAAUGAACACAGACAUCACAGACAAGUCAGUACAGUUAUCCUUGAUGGUUUCCUCUUUAAAAUAAAUUACAGAUCAAUCAGUUUUAUUAGAUUUUUAUUGUUUAUUUAAAGUUUGUAUUUCUUUAAAUCAGUUCCUGAUUGUUUGUAUUUGUGUGGAGUUGACAUCAAACAUUACAGCAAGUGAGAGUUCAAGUUGAGUGUUUAGUUGGACUGACUCUGAUUGAUCAGCUGCUUCCUUUCUAUUCCUUCAAAACAAAAAGUCUGUGAGAGAAUGUGUGAGCGAAACAAAACCAAGACUAGAUGGUCCUGAUCUUCAGGGCGUUAAAAACAGACAGGACUCUGGAAUGGAAAACACCGCAUGGACUAAGGCUAUGUUCACACUGCAGGUAAAUUCCAAUUUUUUAACUAUAUGUGACACAUAUCUCAUUUUUUCAUGUGAGUGUGAACAGUGCAGUUCUUGUUUCUUCAAAUCCGACCAAGGCCUCUUUUGUAUGUGGAUAUAAAUCGUAUAUGUAUCCGAUGUGACUGCAGUGUGGACGCUCAGGUCGCGUUCAUCCAACCUAUACGUCAUCAGUAUGCGACAAACGUCACCAUUGUUCAACACAAACAGGCGUGGAAAGCAAUUUGUACUUUGUGCGCAUGCAGGUCACUUCACGGACGCACUCCGUUCACAUUAGAUGCCGUAUUCGUUGUUGUAAUGUGAACGACCGCACAGAAAGAUCGGAUUGCACAAAAAAUCCGAAUUAGGCAUCAUAACCUGCAGUGUGAACGUAGCCUAAGAAUUACUUCAAAAACCAUUGACUGUGAACACAGAUCAUCUCUGCGCCCUCAAACUGAAAUGAGAGACUCUCCUGCUUUAGGAUUCAACAUGAGGAGCCAACGGGACCGGAUCAAACCGGUUUGAAAUAAAACAGCUGGAGCCUCAGACCACAGUGGAUUCUGGGUAAAUAAGAAUCAACAUCUGUCUUAAGUCGACCAUAAGUGUAGAAGACUGGGAAAGGGAGUGUCUUCUAGCCUCAGGUUUAAAUGGUUGGUAAGGACCUACAUCAGGCCUGUUAAACUACACCACUUUAAUCCUAAUAUUCCUGACUGUUGUAUCAAAUGUAUGGAAGAAGUGCGUACACUGUUGCAUUGUAUGUGGAGCUGUCGAAAGUUGAUGUUAUUUUGGAAAGAGGUUCUAGAUUUGAUCCUCAAACUGACAGGAUUAAAUAUACAGGCUGAGGCUAAAUUAUGUUUGUUACAUUAUAUCCUGAGGAUUUUCCAGUGACUGUGAAGAAAGGCAAACUAUUAAUUUCUGUCUAUUACAAGCCAAACGAGUGGUUGCUUUAGCAUGGAAGGAGACCCAGGGACCCACCGCUGGUUGAUGGAUUACAGAAAUGACAUCUAACCUGGCACUGGAAAAACUGACUUACAUGGCUAAAGGAGAAAUUGAGGACUUAUGGGUGUGGUCUUCCUUCUUAUCCUUUAUGAAUAACCUCAAUGGGCACCUUCCACCACUCACCAUGGGCGAACAUGACACAGAGUACGUCGAGAACUUCACAUACCUCAGAAGCAACAUCUCAAAUACUGGAGAUGUGGAGAAAGACGUACAGACCAGAACUGGCAAAGCUGCAGGUGUCUUCCAAGGGUAGAUCCUGCUCUGAACAAGUCUUCACUCCCCGAAACAUCAUAGAACAGUGCCAAGAAUUCCAGACACCCCUCAGGAUCAAUUACAAUGAUUUCAAGAAAGCUUUCGACAGCAUCCUCUGAGAAUCACUGUGGCAUAUUAUCCAACUAUACAGUAUACCACCCAAGUAUGUCAAAAUCUUCAGGGCCCUAUAUCACAACUCCACUUGCCAAGUAAAAACCACCAACAGCACAACCAAUGACUUUGACAUCGUGACCAGGGUAAGACAGGGUUGCAUCCUGUCACCCUUACUUUUUGUUACAGUCAUCGACUUUCAGAUCUAGACUUUGCAGAUGAUUUGGCGCUAAUUGGCCAUACCCCAGUUGCACUCCAAGAAUUGACAAACAACCUGCAUGAGCAAGGAGCAAAAGUCAGUCUACGUAUGAGCCAAGAAAAGACCAAGGCCAUGACUGUCGCACAAAAUCAACACCUUCCACCACUCACCAUAGGCGAACAAGACAUAGAGUACGCCGAGAACUUCACAUACCUCGGAAGCAGUGGCGAUUGCUCUAAGACUGCAAGGGAAGCUCAGCUUCCCUUAAAAUGUAACCACCACCCCCCCCCCCAAAAAAAAAAAAGAAAAAGUGGUGAAAUACGUACUGCUGUGUGUACAUUUCACUAACUAAAUACGCGCUAGAAAGCCUUCAUCUUUUGUUCAGACACUGUGAUAAGAAGCUGAUAAUCACAGGUAACCGGCAUGACUUCGUUCUCAUUCAUCCUCGCAGCGCCUCAGUGCUUCACACAGCCGGACGCUCAGCGUCUUCUGACUUCAAUGUGGAAGCUCAAAGUGGGUUGUUCCAGCAGCGAAACUAGACGCUCAUUGGAUAAAUGCUGGGCUUUGUCCCGCCCAUCGGACGCUCAGCGUCUCUGGAGUUCUAUGACGAGAGGGCGGUCCCAACUUUCUCGCGGACGCUGAGCUUCUGCAUCCAUGAUGGGAUGAGCUGUCUGAGGCGAAAUCCUUUUUUAAUUGACAGCUAAACAAGCGAAUCAGCGAUCUUGAAGAAUAAAACAUCUACCAGAGCAUUUUCAAAGUUAUUUAUUCCAUUGUUCUUAACUGCUCCGGAGACUUUACCGAUCCUCAGCGACUUUUGUCUUUGUUAAAAACGACUACCGUUGUGUUUGGCGACUCUGUUCUGUUACAUACAAAUAAAAAAACACAAUUAUGAUGUAGGCCAGAAAAAUGAGCUCCCCCUCCUUGAAAGACCAGCAGCCGCCACUGCUCGGAAGCAACAUCUCAAAUACUGAAGGCAUGGAGAAAGACGUACAGACCAGAACUGGCAAAGCUGCAGGAGUCUUCCAACGACCCCGGAAAAUCUGGUUGUCGAAAUCCAUCACUAUGGCCACAAAGCUAUGGCUCUAUAUGUCAGUGGUCAUCCCUACAGGGACCUACGCCUGUGAGACGUGGACAAAGACAGCCAGCAUCACCAACAAGUUGGAUGUCUUCUAUCGACGGUGCCCCAGAUCCAUCCUAAAGAUAUCAUGGAGAGACUCGACUGACAUGGAUUUUUUGGGGGCUGAUGCCGAUACUGAUUAUUUGGGGGGAAAAAUCUGAUUACUGAUUAAUCGGCCAAUUUUUUAAUUUUUUUAUGAAGUUAUAAAAAUUAUAUAUAUACAGUAGAUAUCUACAGUAUACUAUAUACUGUAGAUAUACUGUAGGCUACUGCUCUUCAUGCCGACAGGAAGACCGACUGAUCAAACUCAGACCAGAAAAGCAUUUUCAACUAGGGAGGGGAGGGUUCCUGUUCUUUAUGAGCUGUAUUAAUAUGUCUGUGAAUUAAUGUUCUGCUGCAGUCUUACCUGCUGCUCUGGUCAUGUGGAUCAGCUCAGGUGUUCUGAUCCCAUCAUCAUCAUCCAGCCCAGUUUUUCUCGGUCGGUAGAGCUCCUCUUCUUCUCCAGAUCUUGUUGUUUGUCCUGUCAGGAGCAGAUCUUUCAGAUCCUCAAACCCGGACAUUUUACACACAUCCAAAAACCGGACCAGGACCACACACCGGGACCAGGACGGACCAACAGACCUGUAACCCGCUCAGAAACAACGUUAGCUUAUCCUGCUACAUGCUAACUGUUUUCGGUUCGAGAGGAGCAGAGGUGACCCGGAAAUAAAAACACGGGCUGUGUCCGAAAUGGCAUACUACUCCUACUACUCCUACUAACCCCGCCCCUGAAUUGAGUAGGCAGUGCGUUCACACUGUACAGUAUGUGAAUUUUGUGUAUGCGAGAAAUGCCCGGAUGUAUACUCAAUCAGCUUCGAUUUCUGAGUGUGCAACGGAGCUUGCUUCAACUGAAAGUAAAUAGAUGGCAUGUGAUUGCAAUAAUAAUUAUAUAUAUAUAAAUAGAUAAACAAUAUUUAGUCAGUAUACAUUACACAAUUUUUAUCAUUUUAUCAUUUUGAUCUUUUUACCAGAUUUAUUUGUAUUUUAAAUUACGAUUAUAGGUAAUGUUUUUAACUAUUCCUAUGAAUUGACUUUAUUUAUUUAAGUGUCUAUUAAAGAUGUAUUUAUUACAUCAAGUUUGAGCAUCUUCUCAUCUCUGAAUGCAUCAUCAAAGUGGUCGCUCAUAUUAAGCACAGACCUCUGAUUAAUAAAAAUUAUUAUUGGUAGAGAGCACAUGGUUCAGAAUAUACAAACGGGGGAGUUUCCAGUUGACAAUGUAUGUGAGCUUUACUAAUUCUUACUUGUGGUUGAAAAUCUGAUGGUUUCUGAAAUUAUCAUUGUACAUGAAAAGAAUGUAGUCGGGAAAUGAUGUAUUUGCCAAGGAAUAACCGAACAAGGUCAUAAUAAUUAUGUUGUGUGUUGGUCAUUUUGCAGCCCUCUGCUGCUCAUCACAUGCCUAGCAGGUGGUGUAUAGCAUUAUCACCAUGGAUACACGGAUGUUUGUGUGAUUUUUUUCAUCCACUGCUGCCCGGUUUGUGUCGUGUAGAUGGUGAUUAUGAAAACACUUUGCAAUAAUUUGGAAACGUGAAGGGGGAGCUGCUGCUGCCCGGUGUUUACGGUAAAUAGACGCAAACACCCACCAAGCGGACGCUUCGGUCUCCGAAAACGCCGAGACAAAUUUACAAACAGCCACUAUUUCAAACAACUGGGCUCAUAAUCGUGAUGUUAACACUUACUUUCUCGCUAGAAAAAAUAUUAUUAUUGAAUGAAUUUAUAUAAUUUGUCCAGAAUGCAGUUGUUUUGUGUAGCUUGUUGUAGGACUAUUUAAAUUUUCCCGGCGCUGCAUCCGGCCGGCACGAAAUGCAUUCUGGGGUAUUUAGUAUGCAUCUGUAUGUAAACGCUCGGGCAGCCAUGGCAUACUCAAAUCAUCUUUGAGUAGUCAGUAUGCAGUAGGUACUGCUUGAGUAGGUAAGUAGAUAGUAGGCAGUAUGCCAUUUCGGACACAGCCACAUUCUUCUUCUUCUUCUUCUGUUUGGUUUAAUGGCAGUUUACUCCUUAGUGUCUGGAGCAUUACCGCCACCUACUGGGUCUACGGUGGAACAGGAGAUUAGGCAGUUACAGACUAUAACCCUUUAGUGACGGAGACUCCUAAAUCCUUUCUAUUAACCUUGUAUCCCGCACAAAAUCCAUCAGUCGCCCCAGCCUUGCCCUAUUGUCCACUUCUAGCAAGUUUUCUAACUUAAAUGAUUCCUUAUCUUUCUCAAUUGCUGCUUUCAAGGUCUUCCUUUCUUCUUCGUAUCUCAUACAUUCCAUCAGCACAUGCUGCACUGAUUCCGUUACCCCACACUGUUGACAUUUUCCAUCUGUGUGUUAACCUAUUUUAUUCAAUGUUCCAUUUAACCCUGUAUGACCGAUCAUAAAAACACAUUUACCCGGCCUUCAGAAUAAAAGUCGUGUAGUCUUUAUUGAAGUUCUGACACAGAUGGAGCCUCCAGAGUCAUGUAAACCACAUAUUUGAACGGUGUCAUCUUAUAACUCCAUCAAGUCUGAGUCAGAACUAUGAACACAUGAAAAGAUUAAAAAAAAAAAAACUCUCCUUAGUUUCAUCUUUGGACAUUUUUACCUGAAGGACUUUAGUCUCCGAUCACCAGGACACGGACCCCCGACAACAUAAGGAACAACAAAAAUAACUCUUAUUUUUUUAAGAAAAACAAUAUCUUUAUUGAGUUUUAAACAUUUUUUAAAGACACACAAUGACAAUUAAAAUCUAAAGAGAAAAAAUAAUAAAAACACAUAAACAUGCAUGAACAUAUACACACAAAAAAGACAAAGUUUAAAAAUAAACGAAAAGCAAAAAACUGGAUUCAUUUUGCCUCGUUGUUUCUUUCUGUUCUAAAUUAAAAUAAACUCCGGAAGUUCACAGAUGGUUAACCAAUAAGAGAAGAGUUUCUACAAAGGCCCUCACAUUUACAGAAGGUCCAACUCUUUACUAGGUCCAGGUCCAGACGUGUGACAGAACUUUAUCCUGAUGAUAUCCUCACAUGUUCUGGUUUUUCUUUAAGAGUGUGUGUGUUAUCUUUUCUAGAGACUUUUCAUUAAACCACCAUGUUAUACUCAGCCUAAUGAAGCAUAGGGGUAGUUCAGGCAGGUCACGUCAUGGUCACGGCAUGUCAAAAUGGCGCCCUAUUUAAGCUGCUUCUCCUGCCUACUCUGCCUCCUGCAACUACUCUGCAACCCACCUCCACCCCAGCUCCUCCUGUUUAUGUUGUGUCUGAUCUUACCAUAUGUAUUGUCACUGAUGCUUGCUCUGUUCUCAUAUUCUCAUAAAUCAUAUUUAUUUGCUGCUGCUUUCUCUGCCUUGGCAUUUCAUGUAUGCACAUAAAAGGGAGGGGAGGAGCUCUCCCCUGUUACAGCCGUGGCAUUUCCAUACAAGCGCAUGGAAGGGCAGAGAACUCUCCGAACAGAGCCAUACCGCCAAUGUAAAAAAAUGUUUGCUUGUAAUAAAUAAUUAAUUUUGACUAAAGUGAUCCUGACUGAACUGCUGUUUUUCCAGGUUCUUUUAGUCUGAGGUCCACUGAGGUCUACAAAGACCUGAUCUCUGCGGGUCACAUUACAUCUUUUUGGGUCGAUGCCAAGAAGGAAAAACAACUUCUUGAGAUGAUCAGCAGAGAACUGCCGAUCUCACAAACCCAGAGCCGGCCCGAGGUAUAAGCGAACUAAGCGCCUGUUUAGGGCUCCGCGACCAAUAGGGGGACCCAAGAGCAAUCAAAAUAAUAAUAAUAAUAAUUUUUUAUUUUUUCCAUGUAUAUAUAUUAUUGUAAAAAUAAAAUAAAAUAAAUCAUUUUACUGCUGCUCCUGAUGUAGGCAUAUAAUUCUUACUGCCGAUAUGUCAAAGCUCCUCUACCGUUAUGUCCCUCCUGCUGUGAAAUGUGCAGUGAGCAUCCAAAGAGCAGGUAGUUGUGGGACAAAAAAGGACAUAUCUUUCAGGAGCAGAGAAAAGAAUGUGGAAGAACAGAAAAAACGCCGAGAUAAAGGUAUGUUUGCAUGUCAGGGAAGGUAAGUCAAAGAUUUGUGAACGAUCAACAAUCAAUAUUAUUGGCAGAAAUAGAGGGCCCCAAAAUUACAUUUUGCUUAGGGCCCCAUUGAGGCUUGGGCCGGCUCAGUAAAGCUUCAUUCCAACAGAAAUCAUCAGUUACAGGCGAACAGAACCGACCCGAAAUUCAUCAUUUAGUGAAACAUGAACGAUUCAGUUUUUCUACUCAGACUCUCUAUGCUGAUAUUUCCUAGCAAAGGAGUGAUUCAACGAUCAGCCUGAAGAACUUCUGCUGUAUAUAUGACUGUCCUUCACUCAGAGCAGCUGAUUGGUUUCUCUCUCCUGUUGAGGGAACUCCUGGACUGAACCUUGAGGUUCCUCACCUAUGUGAACACUCAUGUGUUUGUUGAGAUCUUUUUUGCAGCUGUAGCUUUUCUCACACUCAGAGCAGCUGUAUGGUUUCUCUCCGGUGUGACACCUAAUGUGCGUAGCGAGAUGACCUUUUUGGAUGAAGCUUUUGCUGCACUUGGAGCAGCUGUAGGAUCGCUCUCCUGUGUGAAUUUUCAUGUGUGUGGUCAGAUAUCUUUUCAGGGUGAAAGUUUUGCUGCACUCUGAGCAGUGGAAAGGUUUCUCACCUGUGUGAAUUCUCAUGUGUAGGGUGAGAUCAUGCCUUCGGGUAAACAUCUUACCACACUGCUUGCAGCCGAAGGGUUUCUCUCCUGUGUGAACGCGUAAGUGUCUGUUCAGCUCACCUUUAUGUCGACAGCUUUUCCCACACUUUGAACAGAGAACUGGUUCCUCCUCCAUGUGAAUUCUCAUGUGUAUGGACAGAUGAUUUUUUCGAGUAAAUCUUUUUCCGCACUGAAGGCAGCUGAAGGGUUUCUCUUCCGUGUGAAAUUUGAUGUGUGUGGUCAGGUUACUUUUCCAUUUGAACCUUUUGUCGCACUGAGGGCAGCUGAGAGAUUUGUCUUCUGCGUGAAGAAACAUGUGUCGAGUCAAAUCCCCUUUUCGAGUAAAUCUUUUACUGCACUCUGAACAACUGAAGGGUUUCUCUCCCGUGUGAAUUUUCAUGUGUGUGAUCACGUUACGUUUAUGGCCAAAGCUCUUCCCACACUUGAAGCAGCUGAAGGGUUUGUCUGCCACAUGGAUUCUGAUGUGUGCUGUAAGCGAACUUUUCUGUGUGAAUCUCAUGCCGCAUUCGAAGCAGCUGAAGGGUUUCUCUCCUGUGUGAGUUCUCAUAUGUAAGGUCAGAAUCCAUUUCGUUUUGAAGGUUUUCCUGCAGUAAGAGCAAAUGAAGGAUCGCACACUCGCCUUCACACCAUUCUCUGUAACCUUCAAACACGACUGCUGUUCUGUCCUCGACCUCCAGUCCUCACUGUCAUCAGUAUCAGGUCCAGAAAAGUCCUCGAUCUCCACCUCAAUCUCUGCUUGUAAAGAGCUCUCCAGUCCUGAGUCCCUGUCUGGUUCUGGUCCCCCACAGUCCUCUCCAUCAGCUCCUGGUUCCAUCUGUGAGGCCUGAGGUUCUUCUUCAUCAUCUUCACUCUUCACAUAGACAGGAGUGAAGGAGAACUUGCUGGUAUCAGCCUCCUCCAGUCCUUGAAGCUGCUCUCCCUCCUGACUGCUCCACACUUCCUCCUCUUCCUCUUUAAUGUGGGGGGGUUCUGGUUCUGUUGGGUCCUCCAGGUCCACUCGACUUACAGUCAGCUGCUGGGCGUCUGCAGGAGAGUCUAUGAUAUAAAGACACAAACCAGAGCAGAGAGAGUGAGCCCUCAUUUCUGAAAUCUGGUAAAUCUGAAAACGAUCGAACCAAUGAGAGACUGAGAAGCAGACAAGAACAGGAGCAGCUCAGCGGUCUCACCCUUACAGGAAGAACCAGAGCAGGUUCUUGUGGGUUUGGAGCAGACACAUUCUUGGUUCCUGUGUUCGAGUUUCUGACCUAUCUUCUCACUCUAAUUGGUCAACAGAGAGCUGUCAAUCAAUCGGUGUGAAAUUAUAUAAUUUCAAACUAAACUCAUCAGGAGAUACUGCGACAGAAAUCUGGGGUGUGUACAGUCGGAUCAGAACUGUCCCGGAUCAGUGAAUCGGUCUCAGCUGUUGGCCUGGCCUGAGACUCACAGGUUGCUAUGGCAACUUGAGCCGGUUGCCCGAGACGAUAGACUGCAGGCUGAGGCGGUCAAAACAAGGAAGAGAGUGAUUUUUCAGCUCAGCGCUGGUCUCACAUUUGAACUUAUUCUGAUAAAAAAGCUGAUCUGAUUGGAGCGCGGUCCUGGUCAGGACUUCCUGAACGAUCUGAUGCGGUUCUGGUGUUUCUAACCGAAACAGUUUGGACUCACAAGCAGGUCACAAACAGGAGUCAUUUCUGCCUCUCUGAGGAGCAGACAGAGACGUCACUUCACUGAGAGACUCAGAGUUUAAAUUCUGUUUGUCUCUCUGUUUAGAUGAACACAUGGAUAGAACCAGAACCAGAACCAGUCUGUCUACACCUGUGGAAAAGAGUGUAAUGUCUGUCCAAUACACACCCAUUAUAAUCUAUAAACAUGAUCAUUGAACAGUUAAUGAUCGAAACUAUUAGACUGAUCAGAACCCAGAUCAACACUCCAAUAGAGCAGACUUUAAAUGGUUCAAUAGAGUCUCCGGGUGGAAGUUUUGCUUAGCUGAGCGCACUGCUGUUAUGCGGACUUGAGUACCCUGAGUGUGAGAUGGUCCGGUUUUUGUAAAAUGGGACACACUACCCUUUGGAGGACUUCUUGGUUGAGUCGCCAAAUGUCCCCACUCUCAGGCUCGCGUCACGACUGACUUGAAGAAAAGCCGCGGAGCGCAGCAGUUAUUUUUUUUUACUGUGCGACCUUGCACAGACACAAAACAAUAGAUACGCUGAAGCCAAGAUCAUUCCCACAAAAUUCAUCCAAUGAUUGUUUUGUAUGAGGGCCAUAUUGAGAUUUUUUUUUAAAGACUUUGAGAUUUAAGUCGUGAAUUUACGAGAAUAAAGUCAUUAAUUUUUGAGAAUAAAGUCAUAAGGUUCCCUGUUACUUCAAAGGAGAGUUGUUAGAAUUUAAAGGAACUGUGCUUCAGUAUAGGUUUCACAAACAAGGAGAUACAUCAUCCUUUGGCACAUCAGCAUCACAUUGUCACAAGUAUAAAGACUUAAAAAAAGAAUACAUGAGAAAUACGUCUUUUCCACGGGGAAAAAAACAGGUGGACUUGGAGGAAAUCGCUGCUUUUGUGGAGGCAGAAAUGAAUAUGCUGAGGAUAAAUCUGUCAAUGCGGCUGUAAAUAUCCGUGAAUGACAUUGAGCUUUAAUUUAUGAUAUGAAUCCAUAUGCCAUAAUAAGGCAUUGGUGUCUCUGCAGGUGUAGGUAAUGUCAAGAAAUGUGACCUUUUUCCUUUAAAGGACAAACCUGCCAAUUUAACUGAAAUAUGUGAGAUCCCGGUGAAAGAUGUGGUAACAUACCUAGGCACUAAAAUUUGCAAAAAUCAAGAAGAAAGAGCCAAAUUAAAUUUUAUUCCACUAAUAGGGAAAAUGAGUAAAAAUUUCAACAGCUGGCUAGAACGAGAUCUAUUAUUAUACGGUGCCCAGGCAUUGGAUGUUCCUCAAGGAUUAAUUAAACAAGUUGAUUGUUGAUUGUUGUGGGGCGGCAGUAGCUCAGGAGGUAGAGCGGUCAUCCAAUAACUGGAAGGUUGGCAGUUCGAUUCCCCCCUAUCCCAAGUCUGUCCAUUGUGUCCUUGGGCAAGACACUUAACCCACCUUGCUCCCAGUGUGUGUCCUCCACUGGUGUGUGAUUGUGAGUGUUGUGUGGUGGUGGUCGGAGAGGCCGUAGGCGCAAAAUGGCAGCCACGUUUCCGUCAGUCUGCCCCAGGGCAGCUGUGACUACUAAGGUAGUUUACCACCACCAAAGUGUGACUGUGUGAGUGAAUGAAUGAUGUAUCCAAUGUAAAGCGCUUUGAGGGUCUCUGAUAAAGCGCUAUAUGAAAUCUGAUGCAUUUUUGAUUCUAAAUUGCUUAAUUUUAUUUGGAGAAACAAACCUCAUUAUCUUAAAAGGGUGUCUUGUGUAACCCGUGUUCUCAAGGUGGGCUCAAUGUUCUUGACUUUAACUCCUCAAACACUAUGUUAAAGAUUAAAUGGCUAAAAAACUAUAUGCUUGGUAAGGAAAAAAUGUGGUAUAUUAUUCCAAAUUUGAUAUGUAAAAAUGUCGGAAUUAUUGAUUUUCUAUUGAAGUGUGACUUUGACCUGAACAAAAUUCCCGCUCAGUUAUCUAGUUUUCACAGUGUUGAUAAACGAUAAACGAUUUCUGCCGACUUUGCAAAGUCAACUGCAGAAUUAACGGCAGUUGACUCCUGCAGCAUGUGUUAGACGUCACCAUCUACACAUGGACCAAUCAGGGGCUGCCUUUCCACGUUGUCUGGGGAACAGUGGAAACACAGUCACUGAUUGGCCCGGUUAUUUUCUGAUCGCUAAUACACGCUCCCAAUAGGCCGAAGUCCAGACUGUUGUGUGAAGGAACGGCAAGUGAUUCAUGCAACAGGAUGGCCCAGCCAGGCUAGUGCAGACUUACUGCAGGAUUUGCAGGUAGUGCGCCCGCAAAAAUGGAGAGGGAGGAAACAACAAACAAAUAUAAGUUCAGUAUGUGCCCACCUUUGUCUACCUGACAAAAAAAAUUCACAAAAGACGUGGUUUGGAAAGAUCAGACGGAAGUCGGAAAUCUUACUCUGUGCUGAGGUUUGAUUUGAUUGUGCAGGCAGACAUGUCAAACAGUAAAGGGAUUUCAGAGACGUGUGAAAUCACUAACAAUCAGAAGUUUAAUUUAGCUUCUGUCAUUGUGAUGGUUGCUAGUUUAUGAUUUUACUGGGAGGAUGAAGAAAUGAGGAUGAAGAAACGACAUGAUGUCCGUUUACUAAGAAAAUAAACGCUGGCAUGCACAGGACGCGUCUUUGUGUUGCUAUGGCGAUGAAUCUUUUCGUUUUGUAGUGGAGUGAGGAGGGCGUCCCAUACCCGCCCGUCUUGUUUAUACACUCCCAUUUCAAUUGAGGCGCACUCCACAGCUGCGAGUAUAAUUUUAUUACGAGUGACACUCGGUAGUGAAGGCUGAGUGUGUAGGGGCAGUUUGGGAUUGGGCCAGCCAGAGAUGUCAGAGCAGUCCCUAAUUAGUGAAUCAGUCUCAGCUGUGGGCCUAGCCUGAGGCUCACAGGUUGCCAUGGCAACUUAAGCUGGUUGCCCAUGAGGAUAUAAGCACCCCAGGGUGGAGCAGUCUAAACUAUAACAAAAGAGAGACUGGUCUCACAUUUGGGAGUUUUUUUUCUUUUUGACUUCGAUGCAAAAAACUGACGUCACAAAAAAAUUCAUGCACAGCAGAGAAAAUUUAAAUAUCACCGAUCCCGAUCGAUCGGCACGUAUCGAUAUUGAAUUUGUGUUUAAACUCUUGAAGCUGUUGGACUAAAACGGAUCUGAGGCUGUGUCUCAUUUCAGAGACCGCAUCGUGAUAAGCGCGCUUAACGGCGCUUAGCUGAGUGCACUGCCGUUUUGAGCCGUUUUACGCCAUUUUGCGCCGUUCUGUGCCCUUCCUGUGUCCCAAUUCAGAUACAGCAGCCAUCGAACGGCGCAUCUGACGCGUACGUGAGGUCACCACGCGGCACGAACGGUGUCCCGUUUGGCACAAAAUACUAAGCGCGCUUCAAAUUCGGUCUCAAAACCACACUACCCCCGCCUCUUUUUCAAGCGUGCAUGUAUGCACGCUUUCGUGCCGUCGGUAUCCCAGAAUUCUUUGCGUGCCGCUGCACAGCUGUGCAUUUCAGGUGAGAGGCUGGACUCGCUUGGAGACACAGCGCGUCUUCAAAGAAAAUACAAGCAAUCCAAAAACAGCAGACAGUCAGCUCAGGCUGUAUGAGAGCAUGAUCUCUGAACUCACUAAAAUCUGUAAACCAAACAUUAUAGAUUUAGAGACGAACUGAUCCGCUCUGCUUCAACUAUCAAAAACAUUAGAAAUAAGAAAGCUGACAAAACUACAGCAGAGUAUCAGGACAACAUUGAGGUUUUUUUUUCUUUUAAGAUUUAGAGAUUAAAGUUGUAAAUUUAGGAGAAUAAAGUCAUAAAGUAAAUAAAGUCAUAAAGCUGCUUUUGUGGAGGGGGAAAUGACUGAAGCUGGUCAUCUGCAGGGUUAUCUGUGGAUGUAUCAGCGGGUCAUUCAGAGAGAUUUUGUGGUUUCUGAAGAAACAAUCAAACUGAUGAUGAUCAACAUUUGUGAUCCAGAGGGAGUCGAGCUCCGACGAGCACCACGUCUCUGACACCGGCGGUAACCUACACCUGCAGAGACACCAACACCUUAUUACGGCAUAUGGAUUCAUAUCAUAAACUAAAGCUCAAUGUCAUUCACGGAUAUUAACGGCUGCAUUGACAGAUAUAUCCUCAGCAUAUUCAUUUCUGCCUCCACAAAAGCAGCGAUUUCCUUCAAGUACACCAAUAUUUUUCCCCGUGGAAAAGACGUAUUUCUCACAUAUUCUUUUUAAAGUCUUUAUACUUAUGACAAUGUGAUGCUGAUGUGCCAGAGGAUGAAGAAUCUCCUUGUUUGUGAAAUCUAUACUGAAGCACAGUUCCUUUAAAUGCUUCAUGGCCCUAAUUUUAACAAGUCUCUCUGAAAUAACAGGUUAUGACUUCAUUCUCAUAAAUUAAUGACUUUAUUCUCGUAAAUUCACGACUUAAAUCUCGAAGUCCUUAAAGUCUUAAAUCUCAAUAUGGCCCUCAUACUCCUUCUUACAAAACAAUCAUUGGAUGAAUUGUGCUUGUAUGUAUCUACUAUUUUGUGUCUGUGCAAGGUCGCACAAUUAAAACAAUAAAUGCUGCGCUCCGCGGGUUUCCUUUAAGUCAGUCGUGACGCGAGCCUGAGGGCGGGGACAUUUGGCAACUCCACCAGGAAGUCCUCCGAAGGUCUCCAAAUGUCCCCGCCCUCAGGCUUACGUCACGACUGAUUAGAAAAAAAGCUGCGGAGCGCAGCAUGUAUUGUUUUAAUUGUGCGACCUUGCACAGACACAAAAUAGUAGAUACAUACAAGCCCAGAUCAUUCCCACAAAAUUCAUCCAAUGAUUGUUUUGUAUGAAGGAGUAUGAGGGCCAUAUUGAGAAGGAGGAUAGGAGAUUCUUCAUCCUCUGGCACAUCAGCAUCACAUUGUCAUAAGUAUAAAGACUUUAAAAAGAAUAUAUGAGAAAUACGUCUUUUCCACGGGGAAAAAACUGGUGUACUUGAAGGAAAUCGCUGCUUUUGUGGAGGCAGAAAUGAAUAUGCUGAGGAUAUAUCUGUCAAUGCAGCCGUAAAUAUCCGUGAAUGACAUUGAGCUUUAAUUUAUGAUAUGAAUCCAUAUGCAGUAAUAAGGUGUUGGUGUCUCUGCAGGUGUAGGCUACGGCCGGUGUCAGAGACGUGGUGCUCGUCGGAGCUCGACUCCCUCUGGAUCACAAAUGUUGAUCAUCAUCAGUUUGAUUGUUUCUUCAGAAACCACAAAAUCUCUCUGAAUGACCCGCUGAUACAUCCACAGAUAACCCUGCAGAUGACCAACUUCAGUCAUUUCCCCCUCCACAAAAGCAGCUUUAUGACUUUAUUUACUUUAUGACUUUAUUCUCCUAAAUUUACAACUUUAAUCUCUAAAUCUUAAAAGAAAAAAACCUCAAUGUUGUCCUGAUCCUCUGCUGUAGUUUUGUCAGCUUUCUCAUUUCUAAUGUUUUUGAUUGUUGAAGCAGAGCGGAUCAGUUCGUCUCUAAAUCUAUAAUGUUUGGUUUACAGAUUUUAGUGAGUUCAGAGAUCAAGCUCUCAUACAGCCUGAGCUGACUGUCUGCUGUUUUUGGAUUGCUUGUAAUUUCUUUGAAGACGCGCUGUGUCUCCAAGCGAGUCCAGCCUCUCACCUGAAAUGCGCAGCUGUGCAGCGGCACGCAAAGCAUUCUGGGAUACCGACGGCACGAAAGCGUGCAUAAAUGCACGCUUGAAAACAUGCUAAGCGCGCUUAGCAUUUUUUAGCAUCUCGUGCCAAAUGGGACACCGUUCGCACCGUCGUGACGUCAUGCACACUUCAAAUGCACCGUUCGACGGUGCAGAAGGGCACUUAGGUCGAUGCAGUCUCUGAAAUGAGACACAGCCUAAGUUUAUCCGGAAGAGGAAGAAGAAAAUCCACGGAACAACAACAACAGCGCGUGAGCCCGCGGCACUAAUAAUGAUCAACAUACAUGAUCGAAUCAACAUGAUCAUUAUAUCAAUAUUAUCAAUAAUCGGAGCACACAGCUGGUUUCCCAACAUGCACACCGACACUAAACAAUCGUCUCCACCACCCCACCUGGUUUUCUUUUUACACAGCUGGACUCCGGAUCUCCGGGGAGCCAAAGUCUGAAACCUUUGAGACCUUCACAGACCCGGACUAAAGAAAGGAGACCCACCUGGUCUCUGUAGACCUGUCUCAGCUCUGAAGACCCCCUUCAUCACGUCCAUGUGGUGGACUAACACUCAGACUUUACUCUCUUUCCUAAAUCCAUUUGAUCUUAGACCUCCUAUUCUUCACCGUCCGUGCUCAGCGGAAACACGCCUCCGAGAUCCGGAAACAAAACACUUCGGUCCUUCAGAAUAAAAUCACAGCUUCAAUUCUUUUUCACUAUCUGGAGUCAAAGGACGUAUGAAAGCAACAUUAUUCAAGACAGUACAGCUGCAGACCUCCACUGAGAGGGCCGGAGGUUGUUUGAAGUCUUUCAAAAUAAAAGCAAAUAUAACGGGAGUACGUUUCUUUUUUUAUUCAUGAUCUUAAACACCAGAAUAACAUGGUCUCAUAUUUUCUUACAAAUAUCUUUAACAGUGAAGCAGCUGUUGAACAUUAACAUGAAACCAAAACUUCACAAGGAUCCAUGACAAGGUGGUAAAAGGUGCUUCAUUCUGAUUGGUCAAAACCACUGUGUUUCCUAUAUAUAUAUAUAUAUGUACACAACAGGCCAAAUGUUUGGAAGCAAGGCCAUUACAGGCCAAACAGUUGGGAGUAACUUCAAGUUUUUGUUCACAAUGCUUUUUUUUUUUUAAAUCCAGCACGGGUUUUAUGUAUUUUGGGAUGCAUUACUCCAUGUUCAGAUGUUGUUUUCAUGGAAAUGCACCAUUUUACUCCAUUUACCUUUAGAUAUACAUUGAUGUUAACAGACCAUUGCUAAAUACAUGUCAGCAAAAGAUAAUAAGAGCUUAGUUUUUGGGUUGAAAACAUUUGCAAGAGUCACAACUUUAGUGCAAAAGCAAAAACCAAAUCACAGUUGGAUUAUUCACUUCAACGUUUUGGCUUUUGAGAGCCUGCAUACAAAAAUCCUAAUAAAUCUCAACUGCGUUCAAACUACCACAAAAAUGGCUAGAAAGAAGCAACUGAGUAAAGAAACAAAAGUACAGAUUUGUACAUUGAGGAAAGAAGGAUACUGUGAGAAGAACUUUAUUGAAGGGAAAUUCAAUUGUCUGUUGUCUCACAUAAUAUGUCUAUAAAAGUUAUCUAUUAUUUACAUAAGAGUUAUAAAGCCUGAUGGCUGUUGGUACAAAAGAUCUUCUAAAUCUUUCUGUCCUGCAGCGAAGAGAGAGGAGCCGUCCACCACCAUUUGCCCUCUGGUCCAUCAAGGUGUUGUGAAGUGGGUGAUCCAUGUUCUUGAGAAUAGUCUCCACCUUCCUCAGUGUAGAUCUCUCCACCACAUCCUCCACUGAGUCCAGCUUGAGCCCUACCACAGAGCCAGCCUUUUUCACCAGUUUGUUAAGACGGCUUGCAUCUUUGUGUUUGAUGCUUCCUCCCCAGCAGACUGCAGCGUAGAACAGAACACUUGCCACCACAGACUGAUAAAACAUCUGCAGCGUCUUACUACAGAUGUCUAUUGAUCGGAGUCUUCUCAGGCAAAAGAGGCGGCUCUGCCCCUUUCUGUAUGUUGGGUCUAAAACCUGCAACAAAUGACUGAAAACAUAUAAAGAAGAGAAAGACAAUGGUUUCUUACUCAAGGAGAAUGGACAGAGAUAGUUUCAGUUGCAAUCUCAAAACCAUUCUGAAGGUAUUUCUGUCCAGUCUCUUUUAUUUAGGGUUGUCCUUGGUUACACAUUGUUACUAAAGGAUGGGGGGAAAAUAUGUGCAGCAACGUAAGCACUCUCAUAAAACAUAAUAAUGAACAACAGAUAAUAUGUGAGGGUCAAGGCAACAUUGUUGACAUUAAACGAGCUCCUUCUGAUAGGAGCGGAUCCUCCUCAUUACUUCCCACGAUUCACAGUGGCGGAUACAUCACACACAUACCUGCUGAUAGGAGAAACAAGGUGACAAAGAAGUUAAGAAACAUUCAUGUGCUGUGUAAUAAAGCUAUUGGAGAGAGAAGUUAAAAAACACUCUUAUAUGAUGUGUAACAAGAGGUUAAAACAGUUCAUACUUGUAGCAAACUCUUACAUAAGAAUUUGAGUAAGAUGAUAACUUCUAUAUACAUUUAUACCAGUGGUUCUUAACUGGGGUUCUAUCGAACCCUAGGGGUUCGGUGAGUCAGUCUCAGGGGUUCGGCAGAGCCUCCGCCACGGUAGCCUGGCUGGGCCAUCCUGUUGCGUGAAUCACUUGAUGUUCCUUCCCACCACAGUCUGGACUUCGGCCCAUAGAGAGCGUGUAUUCCCGAUCAGAAAAUAAUCGGGCCAAUCAGAGACCAUGUUUCCACUGUUACGCGGACAACAGGGAAAGGCAGCCCCUGAUUGGUCCAUGUGUAGUGGUGACGUCUAACACAUGCUGCGGGACUUUUCAAAGCCCCGUUCAUUCAGAACGCCGUUAAUUCUGCAGUUGACUCUGCAAAGUCGGCAGAAAUCGUUUAUAUCAGCAGAAGACGUCGGAUAUAAACGAUUUGUCAUGUCAAAGUACCCAAUUAUUGCUAAGAGAGCCCUGGAAUUUUUUAUACCAUUUGUUACAACAUAUCUCUGCGAACAAUCCUUUUCGAGGAUGCUGGACAUAAAAACAAAGAAAAGGAACAGACUUUGCUGUGAAAAUGACAUGAGAGUAGCACUUGCCAAGGUGAAGCCACGCAUAUCUGAACUGGUCUUUAGAAAACAACAGCAGAAGUCACACUGAUUUGCAGGUAUGUAAUUUGUUGUGAGUUCAUGCAUUGUGUUGGUUUUGUUCUUUGAUCAAGGUGAUGUUCAUGCACGGUUCAUUUUGUGUACCAGUAAAAAAACAUAUACCUAUGUCUUAAAUUUGGAAAAAAAUCAUAUUUGAUUUAUCACUAAAGAAGGGUUCGGUGAAUGUGCAUAUGAAACUGGUGGGUUCGGUACCUCAAACAAGGUUAAGAACCACUGAUUUAUACACAUUAUUCUGACACUGUAGAUGUAGUCUACAUUCUUAGACCAAUCCAACUUAUUAUCCAGAUGUACACCUAGGUAUUUAUAUGAUGUCACCACUUCGAUGUCCACUCCACAGGUGUUCACUGGCUGAAGAGGGGGUUUGGAGCUACGGAAGUCUAUGACCAUCUCCUUUGUCUUUGAGGUGUUGAGGAGGAGGCAGUUUUUGUGACUCCAGUCACUGAAGGCUCCUCUCUGUAUUCAGCUUCUUGUCCAUUUCUGAUACAUGCCACAAUAGCGGUGUCAUCUGAGUAUUUCUGGAUGUGGCAGGACUCAGUACUGUAUUUGAAGUCUGACGUGUACAGUGUGAACAGGAAUGGUGCCAGCACUGUCCCUUGUGGAGCCCCUGUACUGCUCAUUAAUGUCCCAGAAACACAGUUCCCUAGCCUGACAAACUGUGGCCUUCCUGUAAGGUAAUCUGUGAUCCAGGAAAGGAGUGUGUACCACAGAGUGGUCGCCCAAUGUGUAUAAGCGAAAGCGAUUUUUCGGACCGGCGAAUAUUUUCGCACUUUCAUCUCGCUUUUUUGCUUCGCUCCACAAAUUCGCUAGUGUGUAAGGACCUCAAGAAUUGGACAUAUAGGACUCAAUCAGAGCCUGGAUUAAAUAGGACUUUGUGAUUUCUGUAAGACAUCAGAAACAGUAAAACAUGAACGAACUGAUUGUGUUAAACACAGAAAAGGCAACAGAUUAGUCACCAACUUGACAUAGAGAAUCUGGAUCUCACUGUAGAGAAUCUGGUCCGGUCAGAAAAAAGUAUUCAAGUCAUUAUUGAAGUAUUUGAGGAAGACUGGAUUAUUGCACAGAGUUUAACUUUGAAGCUUAGUGAGUAUAUAUGUAUGUAAAGGCAUAUACACUACUGCCUUGUGGUCAUGUUUAUAGACUGUUUUUAUUUAUUCUUAAUUUAGUGUAAAUAUUGUAAGAGUAUCUGUAUUCGUAGAACGUGUACCGUGUUUCACUGCUGCUGACUAUCUAUCUAUCUGUCUUCCUAACCUACCUACCUUACUACCCACUUACCUACAUACAUUCCUACAUUCCUACUAUCUAUCUAUCUAUCUAUCUAUCUAUCUAUCUAUCUAUCUAUCUAUCUAUCUAUCUAUCUAUCUAUCUAUCUAUCUAUCUAUCUAUCUAUCUAUCUAUCUAUCUAUCUAUCUAUCAUGUUUUUUUUCUGCUUCAUUGCCUGUGUCACACUCCAAUCCAAUAGGUGGCGGUAAUGCUCCUUAAGCUGGUUGCCAACCGCCAAUAAAACUAGAAGAAGAAGAAGAAGCCUUUUUUUGUUUGUUUGUUUCCGGGUCUGUGUUUACCCGCCGAUCCUCGUUCCCGUGUUUCUUUUUUAUUUAAUGAACCCGGCCGUCCUGGUCCCGGUGUGUGGUCCUGGUCCGGUUCUUGAAUGUGUGUAAAAUGUCCGGGUUUGAGAAUCUGAAAGAUCUGCUCCUGACAGGACAAACAACAAGAUCUGGAGAAGAAGAGGAACUCCACCGACCGAGAAAAACUGGGCUGGAUGAUGAUGAUGGGAUCAGAACACCUGAGCUGAUCAACAUGACCAGAGCAGCAGGUAAGAGCAGAAGAAGACAGGGUUAGAAGAUCCUGAGGAGACCUGGGUAAUGUGUUUACUGUAAAAGUGUCAUCGGCAGUAAGAAUCAUAGGCCUACAUCAGCAGCAGCACUAAAAUAUUUUUACUUUAUUUUAUUUUUACAAUAAUAUAUAUUUGAUCAUACAGAAAGCAUCAUUCAUACAUGCAAAAAAUAAAAAAUCUAUUUUUUUGUUUGGAUUGCUUUCUGGGGCCCCCUACUAGCCAUGGGGCCCUAAGCAGGCGCUUAGUUCGCUUAUGCCUUGGGCCAGCUCUGGAUAAUGUAAUAAAAAAUUAAUAAUGAUGGUUAUAGUAAUGAUAAAAUGGAAUAACAAAAAUGAGCAGGAAAAACAAUAAAAUCAAUAAAAGGCCUAAAAGGUAAAAUAAGAAAAGAUUUCAAGUAAAACAAAGGCUAAAAAGACAGGAAGUCGAAAUAAUAUAAAAGAGGUUAAAGAUAAAAUUUUAUCAGCAUCACAUAAAAGCAAGUCCGUCAAAGUUGAUUGUUUAAUUUUGACUUAAAUGAAGCGACUGUCUCUGAAUGCCUUUUCUCCUCUGACAGGAAACAACAACAGUUUGAACAAACUGACAUGAACUCAUAGCUUCAUUUGUGUCUCUUUGUGUCUCUUUGUCAUUCCUGCAGAUGUCCAGCAGCAGUCCGGGGUUAAAGAAGAAUCUCCUGAGCAGCAGGAGCGAAGCUCCAGUCUGGAUCAGGAGGACCCAGCAGAACCAGAACCCCCCCACAUUAAAGAGGAAGAGGAGGAAAUGUGGAGCAGUCAGGAGGGAGAGCAGCUUCAAGGACUGGAGGAGGCUGAUACCAGCAAGUUCUCCUUCACUCCCGUCUGUGUGAAGAGUGAAGAUGAUGAAGAGGAACCUCAGUCCUCACAGCUUCAUCAGAGACCAAGGGACCAGAUGGAACCAGGAGCUGAUGGAGAGGACUGUGGACGACCAGAACCAGACAGGGACUCAGAUCCAGAGAGUUCUUUAAGAGCAGGGAUCAAAGUUAAGAUUGAAGACUCUGCUAAAUGUCAAACUGAUGAUGAGAAUGAUGAGAACUGGAAGAUGAGAGCAGAUUAUCAGCCGAGUUUACACAUGAGAACAAACUCUGAGGAAAAGAAACCAAAGGUCGCAGAGAUAGAGGUGGAGAUCGAAGAGUUCUCUGAACCUGAGACUGAAGACAGGAGGAAGUCCAAUCAUCAGAGAAGAAACCAAACAACACAAGAGAAACCGUUCAGCUGCUCUGUGUGCGGAAUAAGAUUUACCUACAAAGUUAGUUUAAAUAUACACAUGAAACUUCACACAGGAAAGAAACCUUUCAGAUGCUCCGUAUUCAGUAAAAAACUGACCCUGAAACAAAGUCUCACCAUACUCUCAAAAUCUCAUUCAAAAGAGAAACCUUUCAGCUGCUUUCAGUGCAGCAAAAGAUUCUCCCGCCCAAAAGAACUGACAGACCACCUGAAAAUCCACUCUGUGAAGAAACCGUUCGACUGUUCGACAUGUGGUAACAGAUUCACCAAAAAGAAGAAUCUUUCCAGACACAUGAGAGUUCACACUGGGGAGAAACCAUUUGGCUGCUCUCUCUGUGGUAAAAGAUUUAAUCAAAAGGAACAUCUUAAAAAACACAUGUUCAUUCACCGAGGAUACAAACCGUUAGGCUGCUCUGUUUGUGGGAAAAGGUUCGCCUUUAACGUUAGUCUGAACAUCCACAUGUCCAUCCAUGGUGAAGAGAGUUGUCACAGCUAUGAGAAAACAUUCAGCUGUUCAGCGUGUCAAAAAAACUUCAGCUCUAAACUGGAAUUGACGAGACAUAUGAGUGUUCACCCCAAAACGGGACAUCUGAGCUGUUUCGAGUGUGGGAAAACAUUUACUCACAGUGGACAUCUCAACAGACACAUGAGACUUCACACAGGAGAGAAACCAUUCAGCUGCUCUGUGUGUGGUAAGAACUUUUCUGGGAAGAGUAAUCUGACCAUACACAUGAGACUUCACACAGGGGAGAAACCGUUCAGCUGCUCCGUCUGUACCAAGACAUUUGCUCAGAAAGGAUAUCUGACCAGACAUAUGUCAGUUCACAUCGGAGAGAAACCGUUCAGCUGCUCUGAGUGUGGUAAGAGAUUUAUCCAAAGUGGACAUCUGACCAGACACAUGAGACUUCACACAGGGGAGAAACCAUUUCGCUGCUCUGUGUGUGGUAAGGACUUCUCUGGGAAGAGUAAUUUGACCAUACACAUGAGAGUUCAUACAGGUGAGAAACCGUUCAGCUGCUCUGUCUGUACUAAGAGAUUUGCUCAAAAAGGAUAUCUGACUCGACAUAUGUCAGUUCACAUUGGAGAGAAACUGCCUAGAGGACCAGAUCAGAAAGCAGCUGAUGAAUCUUCAUGUGUUGAAACUUGGAACGAGGAUUUAUGA